UGGUGGCAUCCUUCAUCCCUCACUGAUAUGAGUUGAAUUCCAGUCUGUAUCUUAAUUGGCAGAAUUUAAUUAUCAUAAGCUGUCUACACCAAGGGGAGGCUCAAGCCUCAGAAUUGCUCCUGUCAUUAAUAAUUCCUCAGGAUGGCUGAGAGUGGUUUUUUAUUUUUUGUUUUUUUACAGUCUCUGUGGUUUUCUCAUAUCUCAGGGUUGGUUCCUUUAUUGUUAUUUUUUAAUUUCAAAGCCACCAAUUUUCUUUGCUCUAUAAGUAAUGUGGACUUGGAUGCUUGCUUUGUAGCAGUGACAAUCCAUUUCUUAUUUUCACUGCUCCAGUAAAAGUCAGCACACAGCAGAAAAUGAGUUAUGUAAAGUCAUUGGCAGAUGAGGUUUUUUUGUGGAGGAAAAGUCUUGAGUAAAUGUUUCCUGAACAAGACGGGAGAUCAAGAAUGGAAAUGAGUCAUCGCUGGAGUGACAAGCAUUAACUGUAUAGCUCAUGCAAGUCUUAUCUUGGAGUGGCCAUGCCUCGAUCUCGAGCCCAGCUCUGCUCCUGGCUGGUUAUAUGAGUCUGCUCUGCUUACCUAACUUUGUAUCUCUGUUUCCUCGUCUGUACAAUGGGAAUACGAAUUAGUGCCUCACAUGAGUAUUUGUGGAGACUUUGGGUCUCUUUAGGCAGAGAGGAGGAUAUCUUUAGGCAGCUAAGGGUAUUGAGAGAGAAAAGCCAUUAUUUCACCAUGUUGGGUUUGAGAUGAGAUAGUGAAAUUCAUUUUAGUUUUGUCCCAGUCUGGUUGAGCUCCUGUCACAAAAUACUGUUCCCUGAAUAUUUUAAAUAAGAGAAAUUUACUUCUCACAAUUGUGGAGACUGGAAAUCCAAGAUUGAAGUGUCCCCAAGAUAGAUUUUAUCCUGGGAUCUCUGAUCUUAGCGGGUAGAUGGCGGCUACUAUCUUGCUGCCCGUGGUCAUGAGUUGUGUGUGUGAGAGAGGAAAGGGAUAGAUGCCAUCUAAAGUCUUUUCUGAUAAGGGCGCUAUUCCCAUCCCAAGGGCCUCAUCCUCCUGACCUCGUCUAACCCUAAUUUCUUCCCAAAAGCCCUGUCUCCAAAUACCGUCACACUGGGGCUUAGCACUGCAGCAUGGCGACUCGGGAAGGACACUGCGUUUCUAGUUAUGUACCCAGCGUGUCCUCAGGCCUGCUUCAAGGCUUCCACUUCCUUUUCCUCUACGUCCCCAGAAACCCAGCCUGCUUUCCUUCCUACUCAGAACCGCCUCUUCUAUUUUUUGGGCUUCCUUUGGCUUGUCCCCAAAGUAACUCUGAAGUGAGAGAUGAUUCACUUUCUGUGCCCAAACAUCAGUCCACAGACCCAAAAAUCUUCAUACCAGUCACUUUGGGGAAGGAAAGAGAAUGAGAGACAUAGAAAAGUCUAUGCAAAAAGUCACAGCAGUUCUUAAAAUCUUAAGCAGUCCUGUGGUAGACACUGUUUGUGUUUUCUGACCCUGUUUCUCAGAAGCUUCAGUGCCCUGUAGCUGUGAUUUAAUUCUUGAGGUAAAAAUGACCCUCUGGUCCCCUAAUUGUCUAAAUCAUGGCCCUACUGACUGAGCCCCUUUGCCCUGGCCAAGGUCAUCUACGUUCUGUCUUUGUACCGAUUGCUUAAAGGAUGAGGAUGCAGCUCACUGGUGCAGAAAUGGGAAGGGGUGGGUGCCGGCUAAAGUCUCCUCCAAAAUGCAGCUGGAGAGGAGGAGUGAGUGCGGGUGUCCUGCAGCACAGCGGGGUGGCUCUGGCCACAAGGGUUUAUCAUACGUUCAUAGAAUACUAGACAAGAGGAGCUCGAAGUUCCCCAACACAAAGAAAUGGUAAAUGUUUAAGGAGAAACGAAUGCUAAUUACCCUGGUUUGAUCAUUAUAUAGUAUGUGCAAUGCAUCAGAUUAUUACACUGUAAUGCAUAAAGAUAUACAAUGAUGUGUCCAUUAUAGAAAGAAUUUUUAAAAACCAGCUAAAUGAAAUGUAUUUUGUAGGCAAGGUCAGGUAUAGGAUAGUGAACAGAAGGAAAAUAGAAGUGUUCUAUAAACAGUGAAAAAAAAUCCCACCUGACUUUGCUAUGCAAAAUGGUUCAUCAUAAUACAAACACACGUCAUUUAAAUAAUUGCCAUUUAUAGGCUUGAAUCCCUAAGUACUGGGGUGGUUUAUGCACUUCCUUCUGGCAAAUCAGGGGCUUUGAUGAAUUCCUUUGGCAAGGCCACAGGCAAAGCCCCAGUCCUGCUCCCUGACUGCCUCUGCUGACAUCUUCGAGACCCUGGAAAACUUGUCCUUUCAAUGGAUGCGAAUACAAAGACAGCAAAUUACUCAUGAAUCAUUUAAAAUCUGGAAAGUUUUCAUUCUUUUGGAGGAAAGAAUCUAAACAUGUGACAAGCAAAGUUGCUACCUUUAAAUUAUGCUCACACCACUCCCAGGAACGUUUUGUGAUCAACAUAGCCAAGCUGACUAAUUUGGCAGCUAAAUACAAUAUUUAUAUAUAAUUUUUGUUUGUGUUAAUUAAGAAAAUUGCUUCUGAAUCGGAGAAGGUAACGGAUACACUAUAGAAUAUCUUUAUAUGAUAAGAGAUGGAUGAAUUCAUCAUAUAAUUGAAGUUAUUUUAGUAAAAAUGUUCAGUGUUUUACCUCAUAGUACUUUUUCUUCUUAAGUGGAUUCUGAACUUUUAUUACUUAGUUUUGCAAAGAAAAUACUUCCUGGGCUAGAUCAUAACCCAAAGAAGAAAUAUGACCACCUAAGGAUGUUCAACAUAAUAAAUUGUACAUAGGUCCAAAUAGUACUUUAUUUUCUUACAUGCGAAUGAGUCACUACAAAUACACAAGAAGAUUACCAGUAUGCAUAUAUUUGUCUUGCAUAGAUAUUGAUAAAAAAAUUAUGGAAUGAUUCUUGUUGAAUAAAAGUCAACUUUAUUCAGGACCAUCACAAUAGGAGCUUGGGGGAACCUGAGAGGAGUUUGGUUAAUAAGAAAAUCUUCAUCAAUAUAUUAAAAAUAUCCUUUGCCAUGGACAGUAAUGCCCACAGUUUUAACAAUAAGCCCACAUACUGCCUUUCUGUUGUUAAAAUUGUAUACCCUGUUGAACACACAGGAGGAGAUCAGCCUGACGCAUGGUUGGCCUAUUGUAGCUUACACAUCUGUAAUUUGCCACACUUAGCUGGCUACAGUUUCACUGUAACUCAAGUUCCAGGAGAGUAACAGUACAUACAACACCUUCAAAUACCAAAGAAACUGCAUCAGGAAAUUACGCUGUCAACAUUUUGGUCCUUUUUGGCAUCCAUAGUGACUGAAUCUUUUGAAAUCAGAUCGCCACAUUGCACGCUCCCCACACAUCCUGCAUGUUGUAAGCUGAAGGUUUGUGUGCUCAGAAGGCCUGAGCAUUAAGACCCAGAGGCUGGGCUGCCUCUGGAGUAGCUCAGCCAUAGAGCACCUGCCUAGCAGGCCCUGAAUUCCAUCCCUAGCACCAAAACCUCAGUAGCAAUAGUGAAACUCAGGGUCGAAGCCUCUGGGUCUGGCAAAGCUCUCGAGAUAGAGGUCUCUUGGAAGCUCUGCUGUAAGAUCCUAGCAUAAGGAGUCCUCAGGGAGAUGAGCCCUGUGUUCCAGCAGCCCAGGGGCCGUGAGGCAGUUAGCCCAGCUUCGUAGGGGUUCAGGCAACAGCUGCCCUCAGCGUGUCUGGACCCCCACCUGGGAAUGGAGACAGAUGAUUGCAGCUUCUCCAAAACAGGGCAGACAGAGCAUCCCCAAAUAGUCUGCUGCAGUGAUCAUUUCUGAAUUCCUGGGAGACAGAACUGUAUUAUAGGAAAAUGGGACCAACAGGCAUCCACUGUGACAGGACCACUGAGUAAUGCCUUUAUUUCCCCUUAAUAUAAAAUGAGGAGCCACAGGGGUUGAUUUCCUAUGCACUCAGGGUGUGGGGUGGAAAAGCAGGAAAAUCAUCCACUGAGUGCCCACCAUGUACCAGGAUGUCCUUGGCUCGGGGGAUGUCUUGAGAGCCACACUAGACCUGGCUGGUGACCUCAUGGCGUGCACAAUUUAAAGGAAGGGGCAGAGCAUCAAUUCACAAAGUAAAGAUAAGAUCACACCUGUGACAGGGCAGGGCAGAAAAGGAAGAAAGAGAAUGGGAAAGAGAGAGUGAAAGGGGACUUGGCCUUAGUGUCAGGAAGGUCUUUUUAAGGAAGAGAUCUGAGGGAGGGGUAGGAAUGAAGGAAAAGAAUACUCCAUGUGGUAGAAAUAGCAUGUGAAAAGGCCCUGUGGUUGAAGAAACAGGCAUGAGCAGUCUAGGAAAGCAAGAAAGAUCAGUGACUGGAGAGUGGAAAGCUGGAAGAAAUACAGAGAAACAUGUGCCUCCAAUCAGCUACAGGUCAUCAGAGGCUUACCAAGAGCUGUCUGUGUGUAUUCUUGGGAGCAGAUGCUAGGUUACUAUGGAAUGAGGAAUUGGGGUGAAAUAGGAAUUUUUUAAAGAAGUUUGGAAGCAAAGUGGGGAAUAAACUGGGAAAUAGUGGGUAAUGAAACUGAGCCUGUAGGGGUGUGUGUAUGCGUGCGUGCGCCUGUGCGUGUGUUUUCACUGGCUGCAUCUGUGCCUUCUGGUGUGUCUACAUUGCUUCAUGAUGGAAGAGACAGAACCAAGAAAAACCAAUAGGAACAAUCCAGAAAAAAGGUACAGAUUCAGAAAAUAUAUGAGACAAGACAGAGAGGUGGGGGAGCUGAGAAGCAGGAGUGAGGUGCAUAAAAGGACAGGAAGAAAAAGAAUGAACUUCCUUGAAAUAAGAAGGAUGCAGGAGGCUGCUGCGGUGGAAGGUGGGAUGAUAGAUGUGCUUGAUGACCCUGUCUGCUGGCUGAUUUUUUAAAAGUAAUAGCUGAGGUUAUCUCCAAGUGGCCAGAGAGAGGGAGUUUUUAAAGUUGAGCAUGAUCCAGAUUGAUGACUGAAUCUACAGCAGUCCCACCUUCCCUGCUGGGAUGUGUUCAUACCCGAAGCCAGGGAUCAUUCUGAGCCUUAUAUGUACUGUGUCUUUUCUACAAUACAUCCUAAGAUAAAAUUUCAUUUAUAACUUAGACACUUAAGAAGUAACAACUAAUGGUAAAAUAGAACAACUGUAACAAUAUGCUGCAGUAAUAAUUAUGUGGUAUGAACUAUGGACUUUGAAGGACCAGCAUCACUACCCUGGUGCUUGGAGGUUGCUGAGUAAAGUAAUGGUUACUUGAACUCAAGUACUGCCAGAUGGAGACGGCAAAUCUGAUCACCAAGAAGGCAGCUUAGGGGCUAGUAGGGUGGAUACCGUGGGCAAAAGAUGAUUCAAGUCCUGGGCUGGACAGAGCAAGACCAGGAAAGAUUUCAUCACACUACAGUACUAGACAUGAUGACAGUUUAAAACCGGUUGCCUAGGCCAGGUGUGGUGGUGCAGGCCUGUAAUCCCAGUCCUUAGGAGGCUGAGGCAGGACGAUCACUGUGACUUUGAGGUCAGCCUGGACUACAAAGAAAGUUCAAGGCCAACCUGAACUGCAGAAUGAGACCCUAUCUCAAAGGGGGCUAAAAACUGAUAAACUAAAGCAGGUGUGGUGGACCACACCUGUUAUCCCAGCACUCUGGGACACCAAGGGAUGAAGAUGGGGACUGUAAACCCAGUUUGAAUGACUUAGCAAGACCCUGUCUCACAAUAAAAAGGGAAAGGGGCUGGAGAUUAGCUGAAUGUGAAGGCCUUAGGUUCAGUCCCCAGUGCUGCAAAACUAAAACUAUUGUUUAUCUGUGUAAUUUUCUGUUUAAUGUUUUUGGGUCCCUGUUGAUGGGUAACUGAAACCACAAACACAGAACCACGGAUGAGGGGUAUUGCUACACGUGAACCUCCCGACUCUGCUCAGUGGCUUGGGCUGCCCCGGCAUAGCUCUGGGCAGAGAAGAUAGUGGAAUUCAUCUUGGCCUGGAGUUUUGCCAGAUAAAUGAAAAGAAGUUCAGAGGAGGGAAACUGAGGUAUUUGCAUUAGUCUUCUAAGGCUGUUUGUAAAUUACCAGAAAUGUGAUAGCUUAAAGCACCAGAUCUUUAUUUCCUCUCCGCUCCCAUGGCCUGAAGUCUAAAAAGAGCAUCAGCUGGAUUGGUUCCCCUAAAAGGCUGAGGGAGAAUGUGUUCCAUCUCUGCUCCUGCCUGUUGGUGGCUGCUGUCAAUCCUUAACCACCACCACGUCUUCAGAUGGUUUCUCCUCUCAGUCUCCCUCGUCCCAAACCUCUUUCCUUUCUCUGAUCAGGACACAACGCCUUGCAGUCAACGCCCAUCCAUAUCCAGAGUAAUCUCAUUCAGAUCCCUUUCCUAUUAAUGUCACAUUCACGAGCACCAGGAGUUGUAACUUUUGCGAGGACAUGCUGCAGAAUCGAACUUGCAAUGAGAAUGGAAAGAAGAGGUCUGGCAGAUGGAAAGAAUUAGCAAAAAUCAAUAGACCGCAAAUUCCAAAGAGGGCAGAGAAUGUUAAAUAGUGAGUCGGAAUCACUGCAGAAGUCCUCUGGGCAGGCAGGCACUUGGGAGUAAAGAGCGGCACUCUUUACUGAUUUGUAUAAAUCAGUGAUUCGCCAGGCAGUGCCAUGGGGAGAAAAAUGCAGCCUAAAACCAUGGCAGGGAGCAGCCGAGGGGGGAGGUGCAAACUAAGAAGUUGUCGGGUCCCUGUUUAAGACACAGUGCACGAUCCAGCCUUCUCCUAAACAGUUGUGUGUCUGUUUUCUAAUAAUAAUUCGCUAUUUUUAUUCACAAGGAAAAUAAAAGGAACUUUCCUCUUUGGCUUUAGUAGUCAACGAAUUGUAGAACUGGCAUUUCCUCGGGGUGAUUCUAUGUGUUUUCUUUUUCCAACUUGAGAGGUCUUUCAUUCACCAUAUUUUUAAGCCACUAAAGUAUUGCAAUUUAAAUGAUUCAUGGGAAAAUCAAAGGUUGCUUUUUAAUCUCUUGCUCCAGCUGUUGGCAAACCCACCCAGUACAGGAAGUCAUAUAACAAGACCAGAACUCUCAGAGAAGAGGAAUGGCUUGCCUCUUCGGCCAGCCUUAUAAAUGAUGGCACUGGGCUUUGCCUGCGCCAGCCCCGUCCAGCUGACGGCAAUAAUGAAAGACGGCAACACUGGGAGCCACACUGACUUCUGAGCUGUCCCCCUGCCUCAGGGGAAGCCCUUGCUUCUGUCAUUUCACCAUGAUUGCUGCUAACACCAGCAACUUCUAGACCCCCAGAAUCCCUUCCCAGAAAAGCCCCUUUCUAUACAGUUGUUUAAAUAGGUAGACAGCCUAUCUUGUGUUCUUCCUUUGGACCUAUGAAGAUGUGUGAUAAGCUUCCAGGUUUUUCAGGAAGAGUCUGUCCCUAAUACCCAGGAUGGUUGACCCCAUGCUGGACCCAUGUCACUAAUUCUUCCCUCUGCUACAAAUUCUUGGCGUUCCCUGUGAUCAGGGAAGUAAUUGCAAUCCUUGGAGUAGAAGCAUGAGCCACGACAUUGCAUCAAGGCUUGUCUUGAUCCCUUUUUGUAGCACAGGAUUGCAGACCACUGUUACCCAGCACACAGCCAGCACCGUCUACCAUGAAUGAUCAGUGUCAGCCCCACGGCUGUUGAGCUGAGACUUUUGUUCUUCCCACUCACGCAGAGACACGAAACUGAUAGGAUGCAAAAAAAAUAAUGGUGAAGAGUUACUUGUGUGCCUGAAAGUGAGCUCGCUGCAGGCCUUUACACCCUAACUUCAGUGUUCCCAUAAAGUCCCCAUUUUUCUAGGUAACCAAGUAAUGCUGUUCACUUGUUCAGGGUCUGGGGCUUUAAAUCAUAAGAAUCUCAUAAAAGGUAAUGAUUUAACAUAUCAAUUGUAAUUAUUAAUGUACCAGACACUGCCCUUAUUCAUUAGAUUGCCACCAUGAGGACAGACUUGGUUCCUACUUCCCGACUUUAUGGUCUUAAAGAAAAGUUAGAUAAGUGAUUAUAAUAAACUAUAUACAUAAUAUGAUAGUAUAGGUACAUUAGCUCUGAGGAGUCAAAGGAGACAAACCUGGCAAACUUUCAAGUUGCCAGAAAAGCAUCUGUCAUAGUUAUUUUUCUCUCAUUGCUGAGACAGGAUACCUGACACCCAAAAUGAAGGAAGGAACGGUUUAUUUCAGGUUUAGCUCAGUUUGUGGAGCUUCCAGUCCAUAAUCAGCUCGUUCCAACACAGAGUGGCACGGCAGAAGUACAGCCAUUCGUGGUGAUAGAAGACACUGAAAAGCACCAAGAACAAAAUAGAGGACAAGCCUCUUUCCCUCAUUUAUAUGGCAUGCAAGUUACCUGUCCUAGGACAUAUGUAGCACUCACACCUCCAACCUUAGCAUGUGACAAUGAACCAAUCACAAACUCUAGAUUCAGACCCCUCUGAAAAGCCUGCCCCUCCAUGACUGCAUGAAGCUUUGGGGGACAUCCAGACACAAACCAUAACAGCUUCCUAGAGAAAUGGAUGUUUAACCAAAGAAUGUGGUAAUAAACAUGAAGGAGUCUUCAAUCUUCUUAGACAGAACAGAAUAUCACAAAGCAUGGAGGAGAGAGGAAAAAUAGCCUUAAAGGAGAUUAUGGUCAAAAGAAUUGUUGGCGGAGGAGCAGAGAGUAGUGAGAGAUGAGAAUAGAGAUAUGGGUAGGGGUCUGCUCUUGAAAAGUCUUGUGUGGGUUGGUAAGGAGUCUGAACAUUAUCCUAAGGCAAUAAGAAACUCUCAAAGGAGCUUCUGUAGUUUGGCAUGGCACCAAAUGUUGUCUUCAAAUUUAUAAUGUAACACCAACAUGUACAUGUUUGUGUCUAUAAUGAGAAAUAAUUUACUUAUGAUAGAAUUAAAGACAUCUCAUUACUGUCACAUCAAAUGGAAUAUUAAGUGUUGUUACUGAUUCUGUUAACAGAGAAACUGUUUAGCAGGUGGUUUAUUAUAAUGCUGGGGAGAAAUGAAGACUGCCUAAAUUAAAAUAGUGACAUUGGGAGCUGAAGGCUAUGAACAGACCAAGAGAUAUUUAGAAAACAAAAUAAGCAAGACUUGAUUAUAGAUUGGAUGUAGAAGAGAAAGGAGGAAUAAAGAACUCUUCUUAGAUUUCUCAUUGAGCAGUUAGGUGGAUGCUAGAACCAUUCUUUAUACUAGGGCCACUAAAAAGGAUCAGGUUGGUGGGGGAAAUUAUCAAUUUAUUUUGGGGAGUGCUGGCUUCCGUAUAUUUCAAGAUGUCACCUAGAGGGGACAUUGUGGGUAGAGAUUGGGGAACAGAAGAAGUUUGACUAGCAGUGGAGACUGGGAAGUCACAAGCACCACAAGGAUCACUGAGGCUGUAGGAUGAAAAGUCCAGGGAGAGUAAAGUAAGACCAAAACUCAGGGUGAGUUACCUCUGCACCCUGAGGACCACCGGCCUGGAAGGGGUAGGCAGAAACAGAGAAGGCAGAUAAGUCUCCCUCUGGAGUUUAGAGGAACCCCAGGAGCGGCGGAAAGCAUCACUGAACCAGAAGAGGGAGUCUCAGAAAGAGUCCACUCUGACAUGUCCUGGCAACAUGGCAAGGCCUGGGAAGUGGCCAGUACGUUAAUAACAACUCAUCCUUGGUGUCCUGGGGAUAAUAUUUCAGAGAAGCCUUAAGGCUGAGAUCUAAUUAGCAUAUGGUUGAGGAAUGAGUGCCAGAAGAGGAAGUAGAUAAUUCCUUUAAGAAAUUUGGCUGACAGAAAGGAGGAGAAAUAUAUAGUAAUCUCCAAACGAAGCUAUAAGCUGAAGGGAGGUGUUUAAGAUUUAUCAGGUUGUCAAGCUAUAAAAUUUGCCUUAACAUGGCUUUGACAUUCCAAGAGAAAUGGAAACAUCAGCAGAAUGUCUGGGAAGCCAAGGAAAUAUAUUUCCACACAUUUUUCAGGCAUGAAAACCCUCAUGACUGGAAAAACAAACAUUCUAAUAAGCAGAAUAUUAUUUAGCAUGUGAUUUUAAUAAAAGUCAUCAAACCAAAUUGACUAGCCUUCAGCAUCUCUCUGGAUCACAUGAUUCCUGUAGGCAGUUGUUUGGAACAUUCAUCUGGAUUCAAUCCCCCAGCACCAAAAGUAGAUAAAUAAAAAUAGAACAGGUCAAGCACAGACAGAGAAUAUUCCUGUAUGUCUCUUGUUACCCACAAAGAGAACAUUUAGGGGUGAGAAGACCAAGUAGACUUAAUGGCCUGCCAUUUUAAAAAUCUGUAAUAGGUACAAGCUAAAGACUAUAGAACCUUCUAGUAUUGGGUAUGAAAGAUGUAUAUACAAAAAAUAAAAUUUACAUUACAAUACAAAAGAUGUACGUACAGAGGACUCUGCUUGCAAGUCAAGAAUAUAAAUUGCAUUUUCUCUUUAUCUCCAUGCAGUACAUAUAAAAUUGAAAUUCAAUCCAGUGGCCAUCCAACCACACCAUUAUAAUUUAAUCUAGAUCUAAAAGGGGAGAGAAGGUAGUUAUUGCAGCAUAAGAUGAAAGACUAUUAGUUUUUGUUUUAUUAGACUUAUUUUAAGCUAAAUAACAGUACAGGUUGAAGCUCAGGUUAUGAGAAUGUAUGAGAAUGUUGUUUGAAUCACUUAUUCUAUGGAACAAAAACUCCAAAACUCAGUGACUUAAGGCAGCCACCACUUUGCUGUCUAGGGCUUAGGACAGUGAGCCUGUGGCACAUGUGCUGUAGCAGGCUGUUUGUCAUCACUAAAAGCUCUGAAAGGUUUGCAGUCACUGGCUAGGCUCAGCAGGGUGGUUCUUCUGAUGCUCGUUUGGAGUCUGUUAUGCAUUUGGAAACAGAUAGAAUUAGAGUCAUCUAGAGCCUCACAGAAUAUGGGGAAAGCUGGACUGCAUUCUCUCUCUGUAUGGUCUUGGGUCCCUAAAAGCGUCUUUCCUACGGUCUCUCUAUCAGGCAGCUCAGGGCCACCAGGAAGCACAAGUGGGAAGUGUCUGGCCUUUUUAAAAAUUAGGUCUAGGGGCUGGGGGUUUAGCUCAGUGGCGUAAGCGCCUUCCUUGCAAGCAGGCAGUCGUGAGUUCAAUCCCUGGUACCGAUAAAAAUGAAAAAGACCAAAAAAAAAAAAAAAAAAAAUUAGGUCCACAGUUGGUCCAGGUUCAUAUCCACAGUAUUCUCAAGGUCAAAGUCACUGGACUAGAGUAACGAUGAUGUGAAUUUCAAGGCCAUCUUUGAAACCAGUUUCCACUAUUUCAGAGUGUAGAUGAUAGCUCCUUCCUUCUCAGGUAGACCAUGUAUCCACAGUUUUAUACUGGUAACAGCAACAGUUGUAGUUACCCUCUAGUGCCUUUCGUCUGUGAUGUGAGUCAUGUAUGAGCCUGUCUAUGCCUGUGAACAUCAAUCUCACAACCGAUAGACGUGGUAUUGUUAACCUCAUUUGACAGGGUAAGAAAUGGAGACUAAUUGCAGUUAGAAAUUAUAGAGCUGGGAUUUGAACUGGUUUAUACAGAUAUUCCUAAUUUAAUGACCUACCUGUUUAAUGACUGUCCAGACUUACGAUUGAGGUGUCUUAUUUGGAUUUAGGACGCCCUGCUCAUACUUCAGACUUCCAUUUGGAGUAUGAUGCAGGAAUGUCAGCAGCACUGUGGCCUUAUGGCAGCUUCUACAGUACAAUACUGUAUUUUUUGAUGAUUCUACUUCAUAGUACAGUGAAGUACUGUAGUUUUAUACUCUGUUAUACAUUAUAGUACUGCAUGUAAGGGUUAUGUAAAUAAAAGCAAAAUCAUUGAGUUAGAUUUUCCUUUGACCAUUUCUUUGUUCUGAAUAUUGAAAUGUAUAUACUAUAUACAAUUCCUCAUUUAGCAAUCAAUUUAUUUAAUGACCUAGUCAAAGGAACAGAGCUCAGCUGCUAAACAAGGAAUGUCUGAAUGUUAGAAAUGGGAUUGCAUUUUAGAUCCAUAAGUGUGGGAACUUCUAAUUGAGAUGGUUUUGAAACAUUAUUUACACUUAACAGUGAUACUUCAAGAUACUUUCCUUUUCUACGUGUAAAAUUCUAUGUAAAAGCAAAAUGUGAAAAAGAAGCUCAUGAAUAAAAACUAAUGUGGGAAGUCACAACAUGAGUCUUUCUUGAAUGUCUUUAACAGCAGAAAUGAGCAUUUUUCCGGUGUAAUGCCCAGUAGUGUCUACUUCAAUGGUCAGUAGAUGGCAGAUACUAUUUGUUAAGAAUAUAAAUUGAUUGAGAAUGUAAGUUGUUACUAUAGUUAAUUGUUAAGAAUGUAAAUUGGUAGAGAUUGGGUAUCCCUAUUCUGAAAAUCUUAAAAACCAAAACGCUCUAAAGUCCAAAAGGUCUUGAGCAUUCACCUAAUGCCAAAAGUGAAAUAUUCCUCAUCAUGAAACUUUGUGUCAUGCACAAAAUUAUUAAAAAUAUUACAUAAAAUUAUCUUCACACUGUGUUUAUAAGGUGUGUAUGAAACAUAAAUGCAUUUAAACUUUGGUCUCAUCCCAAGGUAACCUCAUCUUGUAUAUGCAAAUAUUUUUAAAAAUCCAAAGUUCAGAACAUUUCUAGUCCUAAGCAUUUUGAAUGAGGAAUCCUUAACCUGCACAUUGUGUUCAUGUCUCAUUGUAAUUCUGCUUCAUUCAUUGUACAUUUAUGAUUUGUGGAGACAAAUCAUGGGUAGGGAAAUGGAGAGUGGUAACACUUGGGUUUGGAUGUCCCAGAACUUCCAUCGUUUGUGACUAAGAUGUCCCUGGGGCCAUGCACCUCCAUGUAGCACUGAACAGUGAUGGGGGACAGCUGUUCAGUCAUAACUCUGCACAGCCGCUGAGUCACCUGAGGCAGGUUGUUUGUGCCUAAAAUUGGGACCCCAUAAAGAAAAGAAAUUAUAGAAAACUCUCAGUCCGGCACACAUAACAGGUUUUAUCUGCCAUUUUUUUUCUAGACACGUUUAAAAAGCACAAGGUGUAAGAGUAAGGAAAGACUUCUUGUUUGACAUUUUGAGUCUGCGGGUGUUGGGUGGAGAUGGUGCUCAUUCUUCUCAGCUUCUCUUUGGUUUAGGCAGUGUUGAUUUGGGACUGGGGUGGAGCCUGCUUUUAGACACAUUGUGUAGUUUCAAGAAAUGGGCUUGUUUGUUUUUUAGGGUCCAACAGGUUAGUUCACUAAAGCAUUUCCUCUCCUCUCUGAUUAUAUUGAAAUGCAUAAGAGACAAUGGCCUCUGCAGAAGUGCUGCAUCGUGCUUUCUUCCUGCUACACCACAAGCAGACACAUAUAAAACAGAGGAAAAUGUAUUCUUAGAAGAGAACAUGGCUGGAGUCUCCUUUUGAAAAACUACGGCAGAUCAGAAGGCUCAAAAAAGGAGAUACAGAGCAAAGUAAACACAUCCUUUAUCUUCCAGAUAUCUACCAUAAAUACAAAGCUUGUGCCAAGCAAAGCAGGAAUUAAGUUGAUCCUGCACAAAACUAGGAGGGCAAGUAAACUGCAGGCCCUGGAACCAGUUCUGUUUUGCAAAUAGAAAAGAAUCGCCUGUUAAGCUUCAGAAAAAAGGAGAAGAUAACACUGGAACCCAGACACAUAAGAGUAUUAGAGUAGCCAUCAAUGUCUCCAAUUGCAGCUAAUGAUAGAGUUCCUGUGCUUCUUUAUAAAAUUAAAUUUAUUUGUUUCCAGACUUCAAAUUGCAUUUCUGCCUCCUGUCCCUUGCCUAUUUUCUUCUGCUGAAGGUCUUGAUUGGAAAUUCUGUCCCAGUUUGUUCCAGCAAUGUGCCCGUACCAAUUUCUUCCAACAAUAAUUUAUUCUCUCUUCCUUCAAUGCGUCUCUCAUUCUACAAAGUCUCUGAUUGCUCCUGUCCUCGGCUCCCAUGCCAGCAGCCCCAGUGCUUUCACCCCACUCCCUGCCCCUCGAGGUGCGUGACUUUUUAUGUGCUCCUUUUGUACCGGAUCUAGGAAUCACCAUUGACUCUUCUUGAGUUUAUCUCCUUUGUGUGGUGUCAUUAUUUUUUUUCCAUCUCAGAGUCAUGCACUUCAUUACAGUGAUUUAGUGACAGACCACAUAUACAAUGGUGGCUCCCCAGAUUCAGUUGCCCAGUGAUGUUCUAGUUUUCUUAGUUUGUGGAAGUGUUCUCUAUGAAGUUUAUACAACAAAGUCACCCAACAAUGCAUUUCUCAGAAGGUACCCACAUUGUUAAAUGAUGCAUGACCCCCACUGUUAAAUGAUUCUUCCUCUUUUCUUUCCUUCUUGGAGGUACUCAUUUACCAUAUUCAAACACUGAUUUUCCUAAAUCCAUUCAGCCCUUGAGCAUUUGCUGUUUUCCAUCCAUUCACCAGCACUAGACUCAGCUCUAACCUGUGGCCUGAGGCCAGCCCUCUGCAGAACACCCGAUCAGUGUUGUCUUUGUCAACCUCCUGUUGCUAAUAACAUAAUACCAUGGACUGAGCAAGUUAAAAGAAAAGAAGUUUAUUUGAUCUAUGGUUCUGGUCCAAAGUCAAAGGGCUAUAUCUGGUGAUGACCUUCUUAUUGGCAAAAUCCUGAGUGAAACAGGGGAUCAUUAAAAUGAGACACACAGGGUACUCCAAAGUCCUACCACACUGACUGUUAUAACAGAUCUACUUCCAAGAAACCCUUUAACUCAUCAGUCUGCUCAUCUAUUAAUUAUAUGAAUGGGCUAACCGAUUCAUGAAGGCAGAGACCUAAUUAUCUCUUAAGGAGAUGGUCUCACCUCUUAAUACCUCAUAAUAACAAUGAAACUCAAAUGUGAGCUUCAGAGAGGACAACUUAACAUUCAAAGCACAGGAAGUAUGUCUUUGCUGAGUGCCUCAUUUUUAUAGUGCUUCAUUUUUAGGCUAUAUUGGUCUGCUUUCCUGUUGCUGGGGCAAAAGAACCUGACAUCCACAUGUUAGAGGUGGAGAGAUUCAUUGUAGCUUAGCUAGAGAGGUUUUAGUCUGUGAUCUGCUGGGCCAAAGGCAGAAACAUGGUGGAGGAGCAUGGUGGAGCAAAGCUGCUUACUUCAUGGUGGCCCAGAAGCAGAACACAGGGAAACAGCACCGGAGAGGAAGGGGCAGGGACCAGAUGCGGUCCCCAAGUUUGUACCUGCACGCCCCACCUGGAUACACUCGCAAGUGUGCUUCACUAAUCUCCUAGGUGGCUCUCCUGCCAGUCAAGUUCACAAUCAAGAGUAAACUAAAGUGUGAAUUAUUUAAAGAGCAAAAUAAAAGAUAGGUAACAGAAAACAGGGAGCUAGGUCUUUUGCAAGUGAGAAGGGAGCCAGACAAUGGAGGGAAGGAAGGAAAAGGGGAAGAAGUAAAAUCAAUUAAGAUGUGUUAUGUGCAUGUAGCAGUCCCCGUGAUGAAUGUCACCAGUGUGUACUGCAAACAUAUAUUAAUAAGAAUUCUUGUAAAAGAUCAGCUGUCACACAGUCUCCCCCUCCAGAAACAUCCUGACUCUGUAAAUGAGUCAGCCUUCAUUCUGAGGACAUCUCUGAAUCAAGGCUCAGUUGCAUUUCCAGAUGCAGUCCAGUUGCAGAUAGGCCCUCUCCUUUAUCCGUCAUGGCUUUCGCUAGACAUUUAUCUGGGUUUUCUGGGGUCUCCCAGAAUUCUUGAAUCAUUCAUUUCCCUUUGACACUUUUACUUUCAACAAUCUAAUGCUUGCAUGUUACUUUCGUCCAUUAACACUACCAGUACCAAAGACCACAGCCAACUGUUGACAAAGGAUGAGCUUCUGUGGCUUCCACCACCCUAUGAAACAGUUCCUGUUAAUACCUGCUUUAUCAAAGAGGAUACUGAGCUUAGGAAAAAGUCUCAAUAACUUUCCAAGGAUCACAGGACUGCUUAAUGUUAAAGCCCUGGAGGAUUCAAGGCAAGUCUGUAUCACUCCAGGGUCUUCUGCAUUUUGAGUAGUAAAUAGGUCAGCUUUAGUGGACAUCUUGGUGGAUAACUUUGAAACAUGCUUGAAGUCAGAAAGCUGAUCUCAUUAGGAAAGCAGAACAAAUAUUGAAAUAGAUUUGGUGAUUUUAGUGACUAAUACUGGAGCAGGGAAAGACACCCAUGUGGUGCAUCAACUUGUCAGUACUUUUAAAAUCUUGUUGGGUGGUUGGUGGUUGGUUAAUUUAGUUGAUUUCCUUGUUAAAUUCUAAGUUGUAGAAAAUCACAGGAAUGACAUUAGAUAAUGAAUCAGUUAUGAUUUCAGACUUGCUCAACUAAAACGUAUUUAGUAAUCUUAUAAUGAUAUCUAAAAUAGUCCACGAGUGCUCCCACGAAUUCAGUGUUCUUGAAAGUCAGUGUAAAAGUUUUCCCCAUCUUUGUGUCAGUCUCAGGAAGAUUUUGGGGAUAGUAAAGUGAGAAUAUAAAGUAUGCAAGAUACUGAUGAAUUCACAUAAAUGAAAGGAACUGUUGUAUGUAAGAGCCUGCCUGGAGUGGAGUGGGUCUGACCUGAGAUUGCCAGGCUUGGGUGAUAACCUCAGAUGCCCCCAGAAUUUUCCCUGUUUCAUCACAAUAAGGGAGAAUUUUUUUCUUCAACUUUUUAUAGUAAGGGAGAAUUAAGUGCAGCGAUGUGAAAAGCCUCUGUGAGUAGAAGUCAGAGGAGUGCUAAGGAUGCUCGGAUACACAGAUAUUUGGUCACAGAAGACUGUUGUAAUGUUCAGUAUAUUUUUGUCCUCAAAUUAUUAGCCCAGUAUGAGUUUCUAAGGGAAUGAGCAUCUCUUCUAUGGGAUACCAACAUCCCUGUGUCCUUGCAAAAAAAAAUUACCCCAUACUGUUAGGAUUUGUGUUCUCUGGGUUGUUAGGAAGCAUGAAUGGCUUUACUGAUAGGUGAGAAACUAUCUGCAUGCUUUAGCAGCAUACAAGGAUGGGUUGCAUCAUGCUACAGGUUACAUUUCCAGAUGUAUCUGUGAGGAUUGUCUAAAGCAACCAUGAACUGUAGUUCUGAAGCAUUGUGCAUUAAUAUAUUCCUUUGCAAACAAAAGUCAUAUAAUUUAUCCACUGUAGAACAAAACUAUUUCAUGCACACACAACUAGAGAGAUUCAUUACAAGAAAAGUUGCUAUUACAACAAGGGUGGUCUUCACCUAUCUGACAAAUGGUUGGAGCAUCACUUAAUAGACCUGGGCCAAGUAUCUGCAGAGAUAUUCAUAACAAUAUGCCUUUCUGUGAGGGCUACUGUCACAUCAGGGUCUGCUGCUUCAGAAAAGAUCAAUGGGUUCUUGCGUGUUAACUUCUAAUUGCCGGAAAAUAAUUAAAUGUCUCUAAAGAAAUCAUUUAACAUGCUCAUCACUGCCUAUGUGACUGUUACUCUCAUAAUUUUAUCUGUAGGUUCCACAUAGAAAACCUGAGUUUUAAAAAUAACAAUGAAGGCUGAGGAUGGAGGAUCAUAAGUUAGAGACUUACCAAGACCUUAUGUUGAAUGAAUGAAUGAAUGAACGAACAAAUGAAUGAAUGAAUGAGAAAGAGAGACUGGGGAUAUCACUUAGUCCAAAGACUCUGGCUUCAAUCCCCAGUACUGCAGAACUGAAUCAAUUAACUUCAUUAAAGUUUCAAGGUAGAGAGAAAGUAAACCCUUACUGCUCAGACUCCUAUAGAUUAUGUCCUUGUGUAUGUACUCACUAAUAUUCUUUGAUAAUAAUUUCACAUAGUUGCAAUCAAAAUAAAAAUACAAAGUUUAUCUCUGCCAUUUUAACAUAAUAUCAUGACAAUCCCUCGUUCAGUGACCCUGCUAUGUAUUCCAUUGGGUGUAAAUUCUUAUAAAUAAUCCUACCACAGACAUCUAUGUGGGUAGCAUUUCUUCCUUCAGACUAGUUCUUUGGAGUUGAGACCAGGUUCACUGUCAUAUUGGGUGUGAAUACUUUUGUGGCCUUCACUUUCCCAAAAAGUCAUAAUAAUUUUCACUCCCUGUGGCGUGGAGAGUAAUGACUUCACACUUAGUGGAGGAGCUGGAAUACAGAAAUGUGUAGCAGUGCGAAGUGAAAAGUAGUUAGUGAGAAGUCAAAUAGAGAAGAUGCUGCUGAUUCCCAAAAUGUUCCAGCACUGGGCAGUCUAUUGGAAAUGGCCCCAGGGAAGCCAGCUCAUCGACCUCUUUUUGGACUGAUUUCUUCUCUUGUUUAUUAUGAACUCCUGGUGUGAAUAUUGUAUGGGGCCAGUCCAGCCUGGCCUAACAUGUUUCCCAUCAGAAUAACUGAACUUCAGUACAGGGGAACUUUAGUAAGGGACAGGAGGAAGAUACCAGGUAUAUUAGUUACUUUUUACUCAUUGCUGAGACAAAAUACUCGACACCCAAAAUGAAGGAAGGAAAGGUUUAUUUCUUACAGUUCUUGGAGGUGUCAGAACAUACUCAGUUGGUUCCAAGGCAGUGUGACAUGCGGGGCAGCCAUUCAUAGCUGCUGCAAAAAACAAAGCAUGAACUGGCAAGAGAGAGAGACACACACCUUCUUCCCGCUGAUACAUCAUAUCCUGGCCCCACCCCUGGGUGGAUGUAGCACUCACACCACCAGUCUGAGCACUAGCCAAUGAACCAAUCACAAUCACUUGAUUUGGUUGUAUCCAUAAUUGCAUGAGGCUUAGAGACCACUGGCAUAAACCAUGACACCUGGGUAUCCUUACUGAUGUAAACUAACAGAAGCCAUAAACAACAAACUACUUACAAAUGGAUUCUGACAAGACGAUUAAUAGGAAAAAGGAAAUACUAGAGAUUGAGUGUUUAAUAGCUUCUUAAAGUAUAUGAAAAUUGAAAUUCCUACAGCUGCAGUGAAUUUUUAUUGAACAAGAUACAGGAGAGCUGGGACCACAGACAGGUGGUCACAGAUGUCAUUGUGCCAUCAUAUUUGAGGAAACCACUUGAGAGAAGAGGCACGAAAGGAAACAGAUCAGAGAUUCCUUUUUUGUCAUAUUCAAAUCCAAAAUUCCAAUAGGUCAUUGGGGAAGGUUUUUUAAGCAGGGCAAUGCCUGAGUUCAUAUUUUCAAAACAGCCUGGGCAGAGGGUCUGAAUGCACAAGUCAAAGAAUACAAAUGUCCCAUAAGAAAAUAUAGAUAUAUGAAACUCACACUGACAUAAUUGAGGAAACAUGAAUUGAGUGAGAUAUUGUUUUCCACGUGCUUUGGCAAAGUUAUAAGAAAUUGAUAAACAACCUGUCCCAACCAGCAUGAGGAUGGACUGAGAAACAGCUUUGCUCCUAUGAUGUUGCUGGCAGGAUGAAUCACGGCAGGGGUUUGUGGAUACAGUGUGGCAGAAGUAAGUCAUCAGAAUUGUAAAUGCACUUAGCCUUGACUUUGCAAUUUAUCAACCUAGCAAAGGUCGGUGAGGCACAGAAGAGCAUUCCAAAUACAUGGGGAAAAAAUAUGUCACAGAAUUCCACCCUUGAUGGAAGGGCAUGUCCCAAAGAAAUUAUAAAUUGCCAGGAACUCAUCCUACCUAUGUGCUUCCAGAAAUAUAGUAAGAUUAAUGCACACAGUUAUUCAUUACAGAUUGUGUAUAAUAGCAGACUACUGGAAACAAGAUAAUGCAAUCACCGGAGAAUGGUUACAUAAAUGGUGUCAUCUUUCUACACAAUGGAGUAUCUGGGAGCCACAGUUAUGUCUAAAUAAGGUUUAUAUCUUCAGAUAUGGAAGGAACUUUCAGACUCACAGUCAAGUGGAAGAAAUGAGAUAGGUUAUAGACAGUAUAUAUGUUAUGAUUCUGCUUGGGUUGAGUUUUGUAAUAGUUUGUAUGCAACACCUUGAUGAUGAAAAUACAGAAAAAUGUGUUACAGUAUGAUGGCCUUUAGGGAAUAGAACUAAAUGUUCACAUUAGAUUUUAUUUGAAUUAUUACCCUAAGUAUGAACAGUUGUAAAAGAUACAUUUCCACUGAAUUUUACCCACGUAUCAUCUUUGGAUAAUUUAAUCUUGGCUUGUCAAGAUGUAUUUAUGUGCUAUUCAUCCUUUCCAGUUCUUUGCAUUUGUUAGCUCCAUUCUCUCUUCUCAAACCCACUCAUGAGACCUGGCAUUGUUUUUAUUCCCUCUUCACGGUGGAGGCAGCUAAGACAGAGAUGUUAAGCAAAUUGCCCUAAGGUCACAGAGCAAAGGCAGAAUUUGGGAUCUAGUACCUUGGUCCUUGAGCUCACUCUACUUUUGAUCAAUUAUUUUUAAUUUUUCAAUGUUGAAACAAGAAACAUUUUGCUAGAGUAAGGGCUUGACCUACAUGCAUUACUUAUAUCAGCCUGAGGUUCGGGCAGUCAAAGUUUUAUUAGUAAAGGCUAAAGUUGUUUAUGUCUCUGCUGCAGUAAGUGAAGAAUUAUUUCCAACUUCAUCUGAAGGUGAUGAAACCCCUACAUAAAGAAGAGAAUUAUCCUGGUAUUGUUCUGGGUUUGAAAUGUCCUCUCGGGGCCAUGGUCUAAAGGCUUGGUUAGUCCUAAGUGCCCAGCACUAUUAAAUGUGGUGGAAUCCUUAAGAGAUAGAGCUCAGCAGGAGGAAGUUAGGUCAUGGGGCCCUGGCGGGGAUAUUAGGACCCCCAGCCCUUUGUGUUUCAUUUUGUUUCCUGGCCACCAUGAGUCGAGUGAUUUCCUCUGCUCCCCCCAUAACACGCUGCCUCACCACAAUCCCAAAAGCAACCGAGUCAAAUAACUAAUGGCUACAGCCUCCAAAAUUGUGAACCAAAAAGCCUUUCUUGCUUAUAAGUUGAUUUACUGCAGAUAUUUUGUUACAGUGGCAGAAAAUCAAACAUGCCAGUUGUGGCCUGUCUCUUUUCUCAAUCCUGACUUUGCUUUCUGAAAAAGGAAACCAUGUGUUACCCCUCCCAGCCAUGCUGUGAGCCCUGAGACCAGCCAGGGGCCAGGAAGCAUCCACUUUUCCUUUCUCCAGUCUUUUGAAGCUUAGGCUCCCGGGCUGGGAUGCAGGAUUACCCCACUGUGGAGCACUUUAUAGCCCCGGGUCACAUGCCAAGGGACUCUAUCCUCUAACUCACCACAUCAAGUUUGGAAAGCAAAAUACUGCAAACCAAGCAGCAUCCAGGGCCAGCAUGAUUAGAUGAAUAUGGAUAAGUAUGUACUCUUUUUAGAAUUAUUUUAUAGAAAAAGCAAUAGUAUUUGAUCAGAAGAACUUUCUAAAUAGUAAGUUGUUUGAAGAAUACAAUGAAAGGAUCUUUCUUUCUUUCUUUCUUUCUUUCUUUCUUUCUUUCUUUCUUUCUUUCUUUUUCUUUCUUUCCUGGCCAGCUAAUGGUACCAGUGUUUCACAGUGUCCCAUUAUUUGCUGUGGAUUUCUCCUACAAAGUCCUUUGUUCAACACAACUUACCCAAGAUCUCCUAAAUGCCAAGUACAGAAAAUUGAGAGCUAAAGAAGCAGAGUCGCCCACACUGAGCCACACACUCAGGGAAGAAAUAGAACUGGGAACCAGUAAUUACAGUUUCACAAGUUAAGUGAUCAAGAGGUACAUACAACAUGUUCUAGAAGCACAAAACAAGUGAUCCCUAGAUUGUCUUAAUCUAGUGCCAGUUGAUAAUCACUGCCCAAAGAAAUGACGUGAAGUGUCCUUGGGGAAGAUCCUAAUGCCUCAGAUUAAUUUAGCCCUUCACCUCUUGCACCUGCAAAAACUACAGACUCCUAGCAUCGGUGCUGCAGGGAAAGGUAUUAUGGAAUCCUUCCCAUUGGGGUGUUCACACUUUCUAGUGGUUCAGCAUUCAGCCUUCCAUUUGUUUUGGGAGCAUUUUGUACUCACUAAGUGCUAAGUAUUAAGUGCUAAGUCCUAGGUUAGGCACUCAGACACAGAAUUGAAAGAAUACAAUUUCUUACUGUGAAGUACUUGAGUACAGCCAAGUUGGGGCAGAAGCAGUGUAAAUAAAGACCAAGAUGUUUAAUAGAUAUUAGGAAAUGGGGUGAAAAUGGUCAAAUGAGAUGGGGAACAAGGUAGGAGGAGGGGAAAGGAAAGAAGGGACAGGAAAAAAUAGAAGGAAAAAAUGGAAACAGAUCUUUGUAAAUAGGGAGUGAGAGAGGGGCUGAAGGGAAGGGAGGGGAAUGAGAAAAGAAGCAAGACAUGUCAUGUAAAGGUACAGAUUCCCUAUGAUGAAUGUGAUCGUUGCAAAACUCUAGAAUGAUCCUAUAAAAUAAAACAUUGCAAAAGCAAAAAGGAGACAGCAGAGAAGAAUUUGAGGGGAGUCAAUAACAAUAAUUAAAAGUUACUAAAAGCUUCCUGAGCCAGGUGCUAUCCUAACUGUAGUUCACACAUUUGCUUCUCUGAUCCCCAGUGUCACCCUGUGAGGUAUCAUUUCCCCUUCUUUCCAGUUGUGGAACCUGAAAGAUGGGGAAGUCUGAUAAUUUGCCAUUGCCUUUAUAUCUUAAUUGGGAGCCGGGAUUGAUCUAGUUCAUUCCAGAGCGUACAGAACUGUGGCACCACAACUACAAUCCUUACACAAUGGCCAAGAUUCUGACAAGAAGAAUUAGGUGAGAGGACUUUCCAAACCCAGCCAGUGGGAUAAAUGAAGGGCACAGAGGUGGAAAAUGAGACGUGUAUUUUGGGGCUGGAGAUGCUCAGUAGGAGAGCAUUUGCCCAGCAGACAUGAGGCUCCGGGUUGUAACCCCACUGAUGCAAAAUUUAAGUCUGCCUUAGACCUGGUUGGGACUUGGGUUAUGAGAGCUAAGUGCUGGGAGGUAGAAGCCGGAAGCAGCUCGGGGACAGUCACAAAGACUGCAGACUUGGGCUGUCAUUCCACUGGGGGCUUUCGAGCAAGGAGGUGAUAGAAUCACAGCUGGCCUUCAGUGAGUCACUGAUGGUUACAGAUAUAACCGAGGAUGGGCACAGUGGGGAGCCUGGCAGGGGGAGGCCAUGAAAAGGCUAUUGUGACAGUCCAGGCAGGAGAUAAUUGGCACCCGCAUGAGGUAGGGCACCAAAAAUGAAACAAAGAAGAAAAAGAGGGAAGGCACGGAGGAGGCAGAAAUGGAUGGAGCUGUGGCAAAGCAAAUGUAGGAGUGAGGGAAAAGGAGAAGCCUGAGGUAGAGUUUUCUGCCCAGGUGACUCAUGACCGGGAGUUAUUUUAUAACAGGAGUGGGUAAGAGUUGACGUUAGGGGAUUAUAAAAAGGACACAGAGCCCUGCUGUUGUUUGGAUCUUAAAUGUCGCCCCAAAGACCUCGGUGUUAAAGGCCAGGUCAUGGGCCCACGGUGCUAGGAAGAGGUGGAAACCGGAAGAGGUAGAGUCACGGUGGGAGAAAUCGGGUAACUGGGAGCGUGCCCUGGCAGGGCUGCUGGGACACCACCUGUCUCUGCUGCUUUGCUUCCCUCUGCCACACACUGUGUCUGCGAUUGAUACCAUUCCACUGUGGUUAAAAGCCACAAGGCCAACCAGCCAUGGACUAAAACCUCUGGAACCGGAGGUCUGAAAUAAACCUUCCUCCUUGCAAGUUGGUUAUCCCUUGCAUUUUGGUUACUCUGGUGGGAAGCUGACUUCUCUGCACCCCCUGGCCCAGGAAAGUCCAGGAGCUCUCCCCACACAAGGAAAGCAUUCCAUCUUCUGGGAGAGCAGGGAGCCAAGGUCAGAUUUAGUCAUGACAUGCAAAGGAGAGCAGCCCAGACCCCACAGCUUCCUGCCAGGCUGUGAGACAGAAUCUGCUGCCUGCCUCUCCCCUGGAUGCUGGUGUUUGCUGGCAAGCUUUGCCACUUCCUGGCUUGUUGAUGCACUGCUGCCAUCUCUGCCUUCUUCUUCACAUGGCACUCCUGUGCCUACAUCUGUUCAAAUUCUUCUCUUUCUACAGAAACCAGAGUCUAACUGUUCCAUCAGGACUGCACCUUAACCCUCCUUGCCACAUCUUCAACAACCCGAUUUCCAAGUCAGGUCACACCCUGAGAUGCUGGGGAUUAGGGGGCCAGCGUGUGAAUUUUGGUGGAUACACCUCACUCCAGAACAUCCAUAAACGAGAUGAAAGCUUGUUGUUCUCAAAAGAAGGCCAGGUUUCUCUUGUCCUUAGACAUCUUCUGGAGAUUGGCAGGCAAUUUAUUGUUGGCUUAAAAAUAUUCUGUAAUCAUGUGGAGCUGUGGUCUGUUGACAGCUCAUUACUGGGACUGCAAAUAUUUUUAACCGGUCAAAGAAGGUCAGGCAUGAAUUAUUCCCAUGCUUGGCACAUUCUCCUGGUUCCCCAGCUCUAGAGCACUAGUAACCCUUCCCUGAGAUAUUUUGGAAAAGUAGCUCUCUGGCCAGUAGCAUAUGCAUGUGAGCUAGAGAGCUGUCCCUUGGGUAGAAGCUGCUUAAGAGAAAGAACAGGUGAAGGUCAGAGCCUGCACCGGGGACACCCAGGAUGUUCAGGUUCAGACAGAGUCCCACAUCUAAGGCCUAUUCUGAAGUGACUUGUGUCCAUUUUGUCUGGAUCAAAGUUCUGGGUUCUUCCUUGUGGGGGAAAAAAAACAACUCAAGGGCACCAGGCCAUACUGAAUAUAUCCAGUGCCUGGAGGACUGGGCAUCGUGGAGAUAGAUGGGCAUCCAUGAAUGGUAAAUUCUGGAUGUUUAUCAUUCAGCUCCAGUGCCUCCCUAAAUAGCUCUUUGGUGGUACUGCAUUUUCAUGUGGCUAUAUUUACAUUUACACCCCAUUUAUAUGAUUUUCCAGAGCUUGAAGCUGAUAGCUUAAAACCUUUCCCUUCAAUUUCAGUUUGCUUUGCUCUCCCAGCCUCUGUAUCCUUGAAAAUGAGCUUCUCUGAGCUCCUCAUUAAUUUUUCACUCCUCUCACUGUGGGAGACUUACACAUACAUGGCAUUAGGAUUGCAGGCCAAGGAAUACUUGGCAAGCAGUAAGUUUCAGAAACAACCUCCAGAGAUUUGACGGGUAAAAUACCCCGUACCUGCCUGUGCACUAAUUAUGGGAUUCCCAUGAGACCUUAAGAAAGAUGCUUGAUGUCCCGAAAUCAGGAUACACAGUGACUUCUUCUGUUUUUUUUUUCUAAUUGGAUGUUAAGUUAAGAUUAGCAAUGUGAUACACUAGCAAGAUUACCACUGUUCUGGCUGUAAGUAACCACAUGGAUGACCUUAAGCAAGUGUACACCUCUCUCUGAACUCUAUCAGCUCAUCCUGUAAAAGUGUAUCCCACUAGGCCAUCUAAAAGGACUGUGUUACCUCUAAGCCUUUCUCACAUUCUGGCAGUGGCCAGGUAUUCUUCUCAUUGGUACCAAAAAAAAAAAAAAAGUCAUUUAAUAAGGGUUCCUCAUUCCCAUUAUUUCUGUAGCCAGACAGGAUCUGUGGGUUGGAGAACUAAAGAACUCACCUGCUCCAGCUUUAUGUAAGAAAUGUGCUAUGUAGAAAUCUCCCACUUAAAAUAGGCCUGCAGCCAGCUCUGCCAGGACUUUGGAUGCUGUCGCCUUGACCUGCCUGUCCCACACAAGCAUCACGCCCAUUAGAUUUGAAUGUGUUUGAGGGAACUUCGAAAAAGUUACUCAGAGUGCUGCAGUUUGGAGUUUUGUAGGACAAGUGUGGGGAAGAGACAUCUGUAAUGAGACUGGAAACUCAGUAAACCACCAGCACAACCACCUGGCAGAUCGAUGGCAUCAAAACUUUUACCCAGCUGGUUUAAUUGUCAGUGGAGCGUGUACCGGGUCAAAGUGGGAAGAUUUACAUUGGUUUAGUCCAUUUAUAAGUAAACCAACAGUGUGUGAGGUUCCUUUUUGCAAAGUCUUCUAGGAUGAGGUUGCCUUCUGAGUACAUAGAUGACCUUCCAAGAACUAAUAACUCAAAUGCUCAGUGACCAAAAUAAGAGUAAGUUGAGGCCAAGGGCAUGGCUCAGUGGCACAACACCUGUCUGGCAAGCUUGACGUCCUGAGUUCAAUUCCCAAUUCCAAAAAGAAAAAAAGUUGAAAUGUCGUGUUUUGUUACCUUGUGCCACCUGUAUCUGCCUUGCAGAAGUACUCUUGGGAAUGAAUCUUGUAAGUAAGACUCAGUGGAAAAAAAAGCAAACGUGUUAGGGAUUAAAUAGAAUCAUAAUGACAGAACUUUCUCCCCCAAAAUUUCCUUCCUUCCUUAGUACUUUUGUAAGAGAGGAAAAGGCUGUAAUGGUUUGCCUCUAUGACUAAUAAAAAACCAAAGGAAUCUUCAGGCUGAGCUAAAGAUGAGAGUAUUUUUAGGAAAAUACAGCAAAUAGGCACUAGAGUACAAUUUGUUACACCAACAGUAAAUCAGAAUGUGUUGGAUAACAAUGCAUUAUUCAUAUGAGCAGGGAGUGGUACACAGUACAGUGCUUAAAAUGCUGGGUGCAGAAGUCCCAAGCGUGUCUCUCUCAUUAUGUACCCAAGAAGUUGCUGUAUAAGAGUGGGUUAAAGCAGAGGUGUCUGUGAGUGGAGCUCUGCCCAUACUUAAAAUCCUUGGCAUGACCCCACUGUACUUCCCAAACAGGUUCUACUUCAGAUGAAUUGACGAAUUUCCCUGGAGUUUGAUUUCCUCCUGCAUGAAGUGAAGCAUUCAGAAUGGAUGUUCUCUGAGGCUCCCACCAGACAGCCUAAUAUUCUUUACUUUUAUAGCAACCAAUUUGCAAAAAGAUGUGCACAAUUUUAUUAAGCAUAUCUUCAGUUGCAUUCCAAUAUCAUAGCAGCAGAAAUGCUAGGUCCAGUGUUUACCCUUUCUGUUAGCAAAACAUCCUUCUUUGUACAAUGCCCUCCCCAGCCACUGCUCCUGAAAGUAUUUUAUGAUGUUUCUGAAAGCUUCUUUUAAAAACAACCCCUACAGGAAGUAUGACUGUGCUCUUUAAAGGCAAUAGCAGUGGGCUUCAUAACAGGAACACAGGAAUACAAUGUCCCUCUCGUCACUGUUAGUUUCUCUCCACAAAGAUGUACUUACUCCUCCUGCCAUGCUUUCUUCAAAGCAAGAAGAGGGCUUCCUACUUAACAGGAAAGAGCUGUGAAUGGCUAAGACAGCUUGAGGAAUGGACUUGAGAUUUCACUGUUGGUCCUUUCUCUCUCUCUGACCAGCUGCGUGGUCCACCUACUUCUGCCUACCAUGACACCUUCUUCCCUUUUCUUCUACACUCUGUGUAUCUGCUCCUCUCUCUCUCUCUCUCUCUCUCUCUCUCUCUCUCUCUCUCUCUCUCUCUCUCUCUCUCUCCUUCUGUGUUGCAUCAACCAAGGCUCUGGUGGGCAUCCAUCUGCUCCAUCAGCACAUUGCAGAUGACGGGCCAUGGACAUUAUUAUGUCUUCGGUGUGCUGAGGGGGAAAUACCAUCGGCCAACAGUUUUGUGCCCAGUUAAACCAUCAUUCAGGGGAGAUGAAGAUACUCUUAAAAGCUAUGUGUAAAAUUCUAAAAGAGAUGGCCCCAAAGAGACAUCUCUCCCAAGAAAUGUGAAAGACACGGCAAAGAAAUGUGAAGAGGCUUCAGAAAGAGCUGGGAGCCCUAACGGAGGAGGAGAACGUGGAAUUGGUAAUGGGUAAAGACACCAGGAGGCUUUUAUAAAUGCAGAUAGGCAUUCGUCGUGCAGAAAUGAAGAUGUAAUAAUAAGGAGCAAUUGGAUGAUUGUUUUUCAGAAAGGCAGAACUAGUAUACAUGAAACAGGAGGGGGUGAUCUGAGCAAAGAAGCUCUGAGCAAACUGUUAUUCUGGGGUUGGAGGGAAACAGAGAUAGGAAGACAUUCUGAACUUUCCUUACAAGCAUACUGGGAACAAGUCAGGUUGCCACUAAAAACACAGAAGUACAGUAUAGAGUAUAACUUGAACCAGGGAAGAGAGAAAAAGAGAAUAAUGAAAUCCUUUAACACUUAAAGAGAAGAUAAUAAAGAGGGACAAAUAGCAGGAAAAUCAUGGUAAUUAGCAUUAAAUAACAUGGCAGAAAUAAAUCCAAAUAUGUCAAUAAUCACAAUGUACAUGAGCUUUCUGUAUGUACCAGUUAAAAGAUUGGUGUUGUGUAAAACUAUACAGCAGAGCUCAGAUAUAUGCUAUUUAGAAAAGUACUUACAGAUGAAGGCUAUAGAAAAAGUUUAAAAUAAUGUAAAGACAUACCAACUAAUAUUUAAAAAGGAGUGUCAGUUUACAUAAAUGUCAUGCAGAGUAGAUGUUAAAGGGGAAAUGUUUUAAAUGGGAGUCUUUCUGUAUGGAUAAAGAGAACAAUUCAAAAUACGAAUAGGUAUAGCUAACUUCAUAGUCUCAGAGUGUGCACAGCACAAGCUGGCAGAAUCUGAGGAUAAAUGUGUGCCUCUCAAGAACUGAUAGAUCAGGCAGAGAAAAAGAAGUCAGGAUAAAAAAUGAAUGUACAUAAUUAACAAGCUGUGAGAUAGCCAACCCCAUCACAAGACUAGAAAUUUAAUGAUAAAUACGUAUUUUAUAAAUUGCAUUCAAUAUUAAAUACAUCUUUAGAACCAAUGGAAAAUAGAUAUAUUCUCUGUCAAACUCAUGCAACCUGUAGCAUGUCCCGUAUGUAGAGGAAAGUGUAUAACCUUCAAGAUGUACCUUACAAAAACAAAUUGGAAGACACCAAAGUUAAUAAACCAAAAAGAAUUUAAAAAAUCAGUUAUUGGGUUUUGUUUUCUUUUGUUUUUGUGGAUCGAAUUGACAACCUCGUGCUUGCCAGGCAGGUGCUAUGCUGCUGAGCUAAAUCCCCCGGCCCUUAAAAAAAUAAGUUUAUAAAAUCUAAAAAUAGUUACUUAAAAAGACUUCUAAGAUACAUUAAAAAAAACCUAAUCAAAUUACCUACAAAUAAGACACACAUUUUAAAACUAGAAGUGAAAACAAUAUCACUAUAGAGUAGAAUUUUUAAUUUUUUAGUUCCACUGAUACAUGUUAGAUAUACAUAAUGAUCACAUUCAUUACAUCAGGGAGUUUGUACCCAUAUGUAAUGUGUCUUGAUUCCUUUUUUUCAGCCCUCUUCCCCUCCCUUCAAUCUUCUUUCCCUCAAGAAAAACUUAGAAUAGUAUUUUUUCAAAAUUUGAAAAUCUAGGUUAAAAAGACAGCUUGCUAGAAAAUAGUAUAAAUUGCCAAGAUAAGCACUGGUGCAGCUAGAAAACUUGAAUAAACUAUAAUCCGUAUGCAAUUAAGUCAGUAAUUUAAAAUCCUUCCUCUUUUCUGCAACAUUUUAAAAUCGGAGUGUGAUUGACAGACACGAAUAUUCAUUUGUCUUAAUCACUUCCUUGUCUCUGAGGCAAAAUACCCAACGCACACUACCUAAAAAAGAGGUCUGUCUGGGCUUCCGGCCACAGUCUGAGGUCAGCUGGACCCGAGGCCAGAGCAGCAUAGUGGGAGUGGCCGGACAGAGGAGGCUGCUCACACCAUGGCAGCCAGGAAGCAGAGAGAGCAGGCGCAGGGAGGCGGAUCAGCCCUUCCAGGUUACGCCCCCCGGUGGCCCCUCAGCCAGGCUCUAUCUCCUCACAGCACUUUUAGCUAUGGGUGGAGCCACUGAUGAGCAUAGCAUCCCCACGACCCAAUCACCUUCCGCAUGCCCAGCCUGAGUCUCUCUAGAGCCAAUCAGUUUUCAUGCACAGUUCUAUGAGUUCUAACCAUCAUACACAGAAUGAAACCUCAUCACAACCAAGAGACAUCUCAGCUUUGUUGCCCUUAGCUCAGGCUCUUUUAUAAAUUACUUAUCCUCUCACCUCAGACCCCAGUAACCAUGGAUCUGUUUUCUACCCCUAUAAUUUCAUCUGUUCUAGAAUGUAAUAUAAGUAGAAUCACAUGGUAUGUAGUGUUUUGAAAAUACAUUUCAGAUUUAUCCAUAAAAUGAUGUGUAUCUGUAGUCUUUUCCUUUUUCUUACUGUAUAAUAUGCCUUUGUGUAGAUGUACCACAGUUCAUCCCUUUGACUACUGAAAGACUUUUGUAGUUUUGUAGUUUGGGGCCAUUAUGUGGAAACGUGUUCAUUUCACCUGGGUAAAUAACUCAAAAUGAGAUUGCUGGGUUGUGGUAGAGUAUAUUCAAGUUUAUAAGAAAUUGAUGUUUGUUUUCAAAAGUGUUAGUAUCACUUUGCAUUCUUUUAAAUAGUGUGAUUUGAUUCCAGUUUCUCUCAUGCUUCUCAACACUGAAUAAUCUUUUUAAUUGUAGACAUUCUAGUGAUGUGAGUACUACCUUGCUGCAGUUGGACUUCACAUUUCUCUAAAUGAUUACUGAAGUUCUUUUCAUGUACUAAUUUGCAAUUUUAUGUUUUUUCUCAAAUCUUUUGCUUUUUUUUUUUACAUUUUCCCUAUUACUGAAUUUUCAGAUUGAUUUUCUCUAGAUAAAAAUUAUUUACAAUAAUUUAAAAUUAUCCUUUAAAAAAAGAAAAAAGAAGUAGGUCUAGGUGAUCAUUAAGCCAAAUUCUACUCAAAUCAGUAAGGAAAAACUGUAAAUUAUCCCAAAAAGUAUAAAGUAAGAGAAUGGUUAUGUUGUGAUCAUAAUACUAGAACAGCCAGAAUAAGAAAGGAAAGUUUGUUGACCAGUUUUAUUGACAACAUAGAUUAAAUACCAUGCAACCAAAUUCAACAACUUGGGAAAAGGUAUCGUGCCCAAAUGAGGCGUACCCAAACAUAGAUGGUCUCACAUUAGAAAAAUAAUUGAUAUAAUUUACCAUAAAACCAUAUUAUUAGGAAAACCAAAUAGUCCUAAAGACGAAAAAACACAUUUUGAUGAAAUUAUAUUAAGGAAAAAGACAUAAGAAAUUACAAAUAAAAGCAGUCAUUUUAAUCUGGUAGAAAGGACUUCCCAAAAAGUGCCAUAUUGAAUGGUGAGAUAUUAGAAAUCUCUCCUCACAAUGGAAAGAGAGGAGUAUUCAUCCAUACAUUCUCCAUCUCACAUAAUUUUGAAGGUUCUACCCAGAAAAGCAAGGCAUGUCUUCACAGAGAGUAAAAGAGAAUCUACGGGCAGACUUAGAAUUAGUAUGUAGCCUUGGUAAAUUUGCUAUGAAUGUAAAAUUAAUAUUUUUAAUAGAAUUUAUAUAUACCCACCGGCCAAAAGUGAUAAGAAAACAUAUUUGUAAAGAGAUUCUGUUCUUGAUGGCCAAAAAAAAAAAAUCCUAUCAAUCAAAUAAAAAGCCCAAGAAUCAGAACUAUGAUUCUGGCUUCUACAUUUCAUGCCUUAAAGGAAUUGGGUUUUUAUUUUGCCACGUAGGGGAAAUCUGAUUUCUCUUCUGACCCGUUUUACAAAUGUCUAUACUCACAUGCUUCUGUCCUUCCAAUGUGUAUAUACUGAUCCCUGUAGUUUUUUGCCAAUUCUUUAUUGAGAAGAAACUGUGUUUUAGUGGCUUUCUUUUGUAUAGUACUGAUUGAGCAAGUUUCCUUUUUUAGAUCUGGAAGAAUUCCUUCCAAAAACUUAACUCUCAGAGCCUUCUAAACAGCUAAAACAGUCUUCGUUUUGACUCUUUUCUCUUUCUCUUUGCCCAUCUUUGAGUCUCGUCCUUUUGGUUGUCCCCAUUGUCACCCUGAAAAGAGCCCUUCUAAAAUCAGCGUCAUCAUUUAAGUAGACGACACUUCCUCUGCAGGAAGGCAGGGGAGUCCAGUGAGAUCCACAGCACUGUGUUUCCUCUGGAGAACAGGGCAUCAUGCUGUUUAGCUCUGUAUCCUCUGAGCCUAAAAAACAGUCUUGAAAAAAAAGGGUACUGAUUAUAUUUUGCAAGAGUUUAUACAAAACUUCAAAUGUGCAGAAAACAGAACAAUUACUUUAGAUUUCCCAAGAGCAGAUAAAGAGACUGCUUUCUCUCUCCCAUCUUCUUUUUCUUUUCUGUCACUGUGGAAACAUAAAGGGACUUCUUUUAGGCCCCCCACUAAUCCCGGAUUAUUUCUUCUCUUUACCCAUCCCCCACCACCAAAGCCUCUGGUGUACAGGUGGAUCCCCACCUCUGGACACCCAUCAGCACACCUGCUCAAACUCCAUCCUUGGGAAGCUCUUGGCCAUGGGAUGCAGGGGCUCUCAAAUACCCAGAAUGUGGUUUAAAGAAGGGGACUCCUGGUGGGCCCACUGUUGGCAUGGUCAUCUCGCGCUUUUGAGGGCUAGCACUGCAGGGACAUUGUCACAGACCACAGGCUUAGGGUAGGCUCUCUUGGGUCUAAGUAUGCAACCAGAAAUACAUCAAUUUGUUUCCUGAAGAUUUCUGACUCACUCAACACAUUAUCAGUUUUUAAAGUAGAAUCGUAAUGUUAAGAACUCGAGGAGACCUUCACAAUUAUCUCACCUAAACUUUUCAUUAAAUGGAGAAACCAGGAGAGAGACCAGAGCUGACCUGCCAGUGGGUUAGCACUAGGUGAGGGAUAGAAAACCAGGUUUCCCCAGGCUCGGUGGGGAUCUGGCUGAUCCUUCCAGUUCCCGUACUCUGUCUACAAAUCCACAGUUUCCAUCACUGUUGUUCUGAAUGGCUUGAUAAACCACAGGCCAGCUUUGUUACUGGUGGCUAAGACGGAUCCAUUGGAACAGCCUCAUGGGACGAGGGCAGAGGAAAAUGCACCUGCGUGCCCAGCUGCUAAGAAACAAACUUAGGAGUCGCUCACUGGGAAAUAACAAAUUCCUAGUGAUGAAUAGGAAGUGUCACUUAGAAUCAGAAAUUGACCCCAGCAGGCUGUUAGAUACAAUGAAGUAUCCGAAGCCAAGUGACACAGUAGGAAGGGGACAGCAUUGCAUCGUCAACUUCUCUUAAAGUUGUCCCUUUUCAUCCCUUCUGAUCCCUUUGCAGUGAUGUUCGUACCUGAAACAGCUGCUCUGUACCUGCAUGUCAGCCAUCACUGAGCCCUGAACACUGCAGCUGUAAUUCUUUGAGUUUCUUCUCUAACAAAGUGAGAAGGACAAGAUAGUUUGCUUAUCUCUUUUCAUUGCUUUGCAUGUUUUUUGUGCUUUUAACAAAUUACAUUUUGAAUAGUUGCUGUUUGCAGAUAGCUCCUGACUGAAUUUGUUUUUUCAACUUUACUGUGGCAUGAAAGCAUCUACAUUUAGCAGAAACUACUUAAUAUUCUGAAUUUAGAUCUUUUCUAGGCAAGUGACAUGUGGCCCUGUCCUGUUCCUGUCUCAUGUGAUUCUGGGUAGUGAUAGCAGCUGCAGCUCCGAGAUCACCGGAGAUAUCACUGACUCUCAGGGCGCUGUGCUGGGAUGUCCAGUCGUAGCUAGGAUGUGUGAGAUGUAUUUUUGACUCAUGAUAUUUUUAGCUCAUGAUGGGCCUUAUUCUUUAGAUUGAAAAUGUCCCCCUAAAGUCUCAUGUGUUCAGAGAUGGGGUAUUCAGGUGAUGGGCUCACAAGAGCUCUGCCUUCAUCAGUGGGUUAACUCACUCAUAAGAUCAUGAUUUGGUGACAUUAUUGGGAGGUGAUGGAAACUUGGUAGGGAAGGCCAGUAGAAAGUCAUAGAUCAUGGAAUGUUACCUUGGGGGGUAUGUCUAGCCCCCAGCCCCUUUCUCUUGGGCUGUCCCCUGCUCUCCUUUCUGUCUGCCAUGAGCAGCUUUCUUCCACUCCACCCUCCCACUGUGAUAUUCUGCCUCAUCUCUGGUCAAGGCCAGUUGGCCGUGAACUAAAACCUCUGAAACCCUGAGCCAAAAUUAACCUUUCCUUCUUUAAAUCAUUUACAUUGAGUGUUUGUCAUGGUGACGAAACAUUGACUAACACAACAGGCUUAUUGAGACAUAACCUGGUUGAUAGGAGCUUCUGUGCUAGGUCUUGUGCUAGGUACAAAGAAUAUAGAGGUAAACAAGGCAGACUUCACCCUGUUCUUGAUGAUCACUAGGGAGAACCACAAGAGAGCUUCAGGAGAUGAAGCAAGUGUGUGCAAAGGCUACACAGAGAACUUCAGAAACCCUAUAGAGGAAUGGCCAAAGGGACUGUCCGUUAGCAGGGCCAGGCGAAAAUGCCAGAAUAGAUGCUUUGAUACUUCUUAUCUUCAUUGGGAACAACGUGAGCGACCCCCUGCAAGAUUUAGGCAACGAGGUGAUGUUUCCGUAGUUUAAAAGUUCUUAGAAUAGGAAAUAGGGACCUAGAACAGGCUGUGGAGUAUCUUGUUAAAUGAUCUUUAAAGCAGACUCCCUGGCCUGAGGUAGCUCAGCCACGAUGAUGAAUCAGAGAGUUCCCCGGAUCAGUCUGAACAUGGCUUGCAUUUGUAUGAUAGGCAAAGUGCUCAGUGAUACCAGACAGCAGUGUGCGGCUACUGGGUUAUUAGAAACUGGCAUUGCAGCAUUGGAAACUGCUGCUAGGUUUUGUGAACUAUGGAAAAGCCAGAAGUCAAAAGCUCCUAACUUUUAAUGAGCUUACUUUGUUAUUGCAUUAAUAUGAGUUAAAGAAGAAAGGAAGAAGGAAGGAAGGAAGCGAGCAUCUUCUGAUCCAGCCAUGUAGUUUCAUAUACAUAUACAUACAUAUAUAUGUUGCAUUCAUAUUAUAUCAUAUCAUAUAUUACAUUAUAUUAUAUGCAACAACUUAGAAAUAUGUUAGAGGUCAGCUGUGUUUAGCCAAAAGAAUGCUGGGUGUAUCCAAAUCCAUAAACUGGGAAUUAACUAGGCUGUGUCUGCAGGAAUUGUCAGAGUAUUAGGAAUGUUGAGCAGCCCGUUGCUGUCAGCAUUCCCCGUGUCACAGCUGUUUCCUGUCCAGCCAGCUUGCUGCCUUAAGCCCUAUGGCCUGCAAGAAGCAGCUGUGUCCCACACUCCAGGCAGGCUUAAUUCGUCACUGUGCCCUCUGCACUUUGUACGAAGGAGGCAUUCCAGAGACCGAGCACCAGAGCAGCCCGUCUCAGAGGAGCUCCUUCCAGGACACAGCUGACAUGUGCUCCAGUCUGGAUCCUCUAUAUUGGGCCUCAGUCUAGUUCUUCUGUGAAUAUUAUGUUUAUGAAUGGCUCUUCUGUUCAACAGAAAUUAAAUACUAAACAUAGACCAAAAGCUAGGACUGAAAGUUAAGAUAAUCAUGGUUCCUAGAGAGAAUCUGAUUUCAAAGAAGCAUUAUCCAACAGGGUGUGUGAUUUUUAUUCUAUGGUAAAAUUACUAAACAAAUUUUCCAUUUUAAAGUGAAAGUGACUUAUCCAGGCACAGUGGCGCACAUCUGUCAUUCUAGCACUGAGCCAAGAGGACAGUAAGUUCUAGCCCACCGUGUGCAACUUAGUGACUUAGUAAGAUCCUGUCUCGAUACAAAAGGUGCAAAGGGGGCUGGAGUGUGGCUCAGUGCAAAGGCCUGGUUUCACUUCUCACCACCAAAACAUUUUAAAAAGAUUUAUCUGUGUCAUGCUUCCCCUAUACCUCUGUCAUUUUGUAACAGUGGUGAUGUAGGGGGUGUGGUGCAGCUUAAAGUAUUGUGGUUUAGAAAAAGAGCAGGAAACAGCAAAGGUGCCCAGGAAAGAGACUGAGAUAAAAGAGUUGAAAGCAUAAAAUUGAUACGUUUACGUGAUGACACAAACAUGCUACACAUUUUUGAUACAGAUGAGAGUAUAAAACAAUGUAAACAUUGAUUACAGCAGUACAAACCUGCAUGACAGUUGUAUUUAUCACUCACCCCUUCUUUCUCUCUGUUUGCCCACCCUCACAUGUUGGGGAUAUGUUGAAACCCUCCCUGUCCUCAGUGUGUCUGCCUUUGAAUAUGGGAGCAUUAAGGAAGAAAUAAAGGUAAAAGAAGGUUGGAAGUGUGGGGCCCUGAGCUGAUAGGAUUAGUGCCCUUGUAAGCAGAUACAGUAGAGAUUUUUCUUGUAUCUGUCAUACUAUGCACAAAGAGGCGGUAGGUGGGCACACUGCAAGAUAGCAGCCGUCUACAUCCAGAAGAACUCUCAGAAUGAACCUACCUGGUCUUGAACUCCCUACCUUUCAGACUGUGAGAAAUAAGUUCAUAUUGUUUAAGCCAUAUAGUUUCUGGGAUUUUAUUUUGGCUAGGUGUUUUUCCCCCAAUAUUAGGGAUUGAUUGAACCCAGGUCCUUCGCACUGAGCUACAUCCCUAGAUAGGGUCUUGCUAAGUUGCCUAGGUGUGGCUCAAAUGUUUCAUCCUCCUGCCUCAGCCUCCCUGCGGGCUGAAGCAGAAGUGUGUGCUACCAAACCUGGCUUUUGGCAAUCUUGAGCAGACUGGUACUUUCCCUCUUCGCAACCUCACUCUUAAAAGAGAAAGCUCAGUGGAAAAAGUGGUGGAGUUGAUAGAUUUUUAAUUUACAAGCAGUGAAAAGACAGAGCAUAUGAUCUGCUGGGUGAAUGAUUUCAGUAGUGAGUCACUGGCCAUCUUCUCCGUUCCCAGCCCUCUGUGUGGGUCACUGUCAUGUGAGGCAUUCCUAGGUCACUGGAAGGAAGUGGAACAGGUUUCAUCUCGGCCUUCUUGAGUUUUCCUUGUCAACGGAUUUCUGAGUGUGAUAAUCUCAGUUUGAAUCACAGUAAAAACUUUGGUGGGAACAUCCUGACUUCACUUUGGCACGGGAACAGGCAGACUAAGAAAAUAAACCUACCCAUAACCGGAAGUUCACCCAAAGACUGAAGUGAACAGGGCGGGGGUGGAGAUGGAGGUGAAGGAAAAGGCAUAUGAAUUUGCACUUAACUUGGAAAUGCAGUUGAUCCUGCAUUUUAUCAGCUCGAGUCGAUUAUAAGGAAGUUUCCUGUUAGAUCAGAGACUUCCCCAACUAACUGGGUAACUCGGCAAAAGGAAGAGUUGCAUUUUGAUCUGUCGGCUUAUCCCAUUUCAUGGUCUGUGUGUUCAGACGUGUAGAAUAGGAAAGCAGGUAGACAGAGCAGUCGGGCUUUCUGAAACCCGGAAGGCAGGUCUCCCUUGAUCUUUGUGUCAUUUCUUCUACCUGCACGAAUAACUGGACUCUGAAAGCAUCACUACUAGGAAUGACACUCCUCUCCUUCGUGCUGCCUGUUUCUGUUUAAAUGUCAUCCCCACAAAGGAUGUUAACUUGUGACUUUUUAAUGCUAGGGCACCGCCAAUGUAUUCAGGCAACCUGUGGAGGUUACCAUGAAAAUCUUUCCAACACACACUUCCUUUUUCCUUCUUAACCUGGGGAAAAUGUACUCGGGAAGCUUCUCAGGGAAGCAGAUAAAAUCUCAGUGACAGAGUUGGUGUAGAUUAAUAUCAGCAAUUAAAUUUGAGAGGCUCUGGACGUUUUUAAGAGAUGCCUUUGUACACAGCAGGGAAAAGAAGAGGCACAGGGACCGAGGAUUUGACAGAACUCAAGGGGCAGAAGCAUAUGAAGAAGCUCCCGUGGUGUUAGUUCUCUGUGUGGUUUUAAAGCAUUCUGCUUUUGGAGUUGCCCGUGUUGUUUAUCAAGUGUGGGUUUUGCAAGCCUUGUCCUUGGGGACCGUCCUUGUGUAUAGAGGUGCCAGGAAAGAUAAAGUUGCACCUGCAGUGAGUUCUUCUGAGAGACUUGUGGUUUCUCCACGCUACCAGCCAGGACCUCUGGGUGUCACAAAGGAUUUUAUUGCAUCCUCACUACUAGGAACAAAGUCAGGAUAAGAAGAUGGCAUGGCAGAAGUUGCUUUUUGGGUUUUGUCCUGGAAUUCUGGGGACUGAAACCAAGGCCUCGCUAGUGCUAGGCACACACUCUGCCCCUGAGCUACAGUCCCAGCCCAGCAUAGUAAAAGUGUAAAUGCAGAGGGAAGAAUUAAUCCUUUUCAAAAUGAGAACACAUAGGCUGUCUGUUAUUCCACGCCGUAAUAAAGUAGAAGGAAAUGAUUGGGUACGGGGUUGCCUAUGGAUGCAAGUUUUGACAAACUCAGCCUUGUACUUUCAUUCUGAAACCACGUUAACUCUUUGUGACUCACAUAAUUGCAGCCUGGGGCUCUUUAUUCCCUUGGGUGCUCUGUCGGUGUUUUCGCUCAGGGAUAAGGGCGCUGAACUUCCAAACAGCCUCUAAAAUCUCUUUGUGUUUUCUGUGUACAAUGGAAAAUGUUGUAGUUAUGAAAGGUGGAUUUAUUUCUGAAAAAAGAUUAUGCAAGUUAAUCCAUGCCUGGAUCUCCCGAGCUCCACUUUUCCAUCCAAGUCUCAUGCCCAGGGCCACCACUCACGUUAUAAAGGAGGGACUGAACUAUAAAAUAAUUCACUGGGAUAAUUUAUUUAUAGUCUAUACUUAAAAUGCAUAUCGGUGGUAGUACUCUAGAUGCUACUGUUUCUGUUGUUAGAGGGAGGAAGUGACAGUACUUUGAAACCUUACACAACCCUUUGACAAGGAAACAGUUCAUGUUGAAGAAUGUCCGCCAGCCCCAGCUACGUGUCCAGAUGGGGACCGAGUAGUGAAUAGCCAGAUUCCCUGUCCUCCACAGCACAAAGCUCUGCUGUCCACUGAGCAGCUUGGUGGGCUUGUUGCUGCUUCUUGAGAGAGUUCAGGACUGGUGUCCCUUUCCUCCCUCCUUCCCUGCCCUCAGUCCCUCCCACCCGCCCUGUGCGAUCAUACCUUAUAAACCUAACGCAGAGCACAGCAGUACCCCGCCAGCAGUUGCCCAGCUUCCCGCUGUCUGACCCAGCUGCUCUCUGUGUCAGUCCUCCCAUGACACUCGAGCGUCCCUCGAUGGUUUCCAGAGCAGUCUGCACCCUGCUCACCUACUCCGAAUCCCACACCGUCUCCUCUCUGUCCUGGUUUUUAGUUUUCACUCAUAACUGAACCUUUGCACUCCCCAGUCAAGCACACGGCUUCUCCCAUCUGACAGAAUCCUUCUCUGACCUUGCACUCACCUCCACAUGCCAAGGCCACAUCUCUCACAGCUGAACUUCUCCAGCCACUCACUCCUUUAUUGAAGCUGCUGGUCCAUGGCUCCACACCCUCCGUGGUGCUACUUCAAAGUCUUCCUCUGAGCUAACUCAUGAAGACCUUUCGCACUCGGCCAGUUCCUCUCCUGUCCUGUGUCCUCUCCUCUUGGCCUCUGUCUUGCUUCCUUCUCUCCCCUUUCCUUCUCCGUCCGUUUCCUCUCGUCUACCUCUCCUGACCUCUACCUGUUAGCCUCCCGGUGGGCUUGGCCUGGCCCCUUCAUCCCAGGACUUCCUUUAUGGAAGAUUUUCAAUACAUACCUGACUUUGUAGAUUACGUUAGUCAGCUUGACAUUGCUGGGCCAAAAUACCUGACAUAUACAAAGGAGGAAAAAUUUGUAUUUUGCCUCGGAGUUUAGAGGAUUAAGUCCAUAGGUAGCUAGUGUUAGGGCACAAAUAUGGCAGAAGAGAGGCAGACGAAGGCUGCUCACUUCAUGGUAACCAGGAAGCUGAGAGAAAGAGCUAGGGAGAGAAGAGGGACCUGGGACAAUGUACAUCCUUCAAAGUCACACUCCCAGUGACCUGCUUCCUCCUACUGGUCCCCACCUCCUAACAGUGCACUCUGCCAUGAACCCGUCAGUGGGUUAAUGGAUCAAUGGGUUAACCCGCUGAUGACGUUAGCACUCUCCUGACAUGAUCAGCUAUCCAGGUCCCACUUCUGAACACUGUUGCUUUGAGAAUCAAACCCUCAUUUCAUGUGAGGUUUUGGGGACACAUCAUAUUUAAAUCAUAGUAGGAAUCAUCUGCCAGCUGACAAAACCCACACUUACAUCUCCUUCUGCAUUCUCUUCUAAGCACUAGAUACGUAUCUGACACCUCCAUUCUGCCUUGCGAGGACCUCACAAUCAGUAUAGCCAGAGCCAGUCACAGUCCACUCCCUUCCCUCUGAGCCUUCUGUGUUUCCUCCUUCCAUAAAAAAGGCUUCUGUCCAUACUCACUGAGGUAAAUCAAUACUGAUUUUAACACUUCCCCACACACCACCUAUCACCUUUGAUCACUCAUUGUCCUUUUGAUCUUAAAUUAUGUUCAGUUUUCUAUAGUUCCAGUGAGUAUUUCCCAAGCCAACCACUAAUGCUUCUUGGCUGGUCCAUCAAAAUAACCUCCUGUUGUCUUCCUGUGUCCACUUGGAGAGCCUGUGAUCAUGUCUCAGAAGUGUGUCCAUGGCAAUCGUAUGACUGGGGAAGCAUUGUCAUGUUUGUUCCCUCUCUACGACACUUGAUUUUCAAGUCCAGCAUGCUACUUAUCCUGUGGGACCCCUUGUGACCUUGCCCUGCCUACAAACCUUCACACCCCUGCCUCCACCCUGGCUCAGCAGCUGCAGACACCCCACCUUUCCUGUGCUUUGUCCUUCCCGCUCCUUGACCUCAGCACAUGACCUCAGAGUGUUGCUUCUAAAUGUUACUUGCUCAGGCAUCCUCCAGCUGACGUCAGGCACCAUCAUCAGCACUGUUCAGCAUACUGUUCUGUUUUCCAAGAACUUCCUUCUGUUCACACGCAUGUGUCUCCUCUUCCGAUGACACAGUAUUUGCCCCUCUGAGGAACCUGUAAACUGCGGCCUCCCUGUCUGCUCGGUCCAGAUAUCCAGGCCCACGCUAGGUGCUCGGUAAGAGCUGCUGAGUGAAUUGUGAGUGACCAACAGGAAUGUCCUCUGGAACUUCUCUAGUGACGCAGACUGCUCUGUCAAUGCCACUCGUGACAGGACUGUGGGAUGCAGCUUUCUUCCAGGGAACAAGGAUGAGAUUCCUAUUUCCUAUGGAAACUCUCUCCUGAUUGAGAAGCUCUACCUGUGUGUGUGUGUACCCUUUUACCUUCUGUCAUAUAGGACUCUUUGAUCUUUUAAGAAUUUCGAAGCAGACAUCAGAAAGAAUUUGUCAACUAAAAUUCAGACCCAGUAAGAUAGCAAUAGCUGUUUCAACCACAGCAGCGAAUGCUUACGUACAUUUUGCAGUUUUCUCUUUACCUGGGUAGUUGAUAGCUUUUGCAUAUAUGUUUCAAUUGCAAGAAGUGCCGAAAUACACACCUGAAAACUCUGGCCCGCCUCAGUGAAAAUCUCCGUCAUUCCUAACCCUCAUGGAUGAUGAUGAAAGAGAAAAGGUGGCUAACGCAGUGUCACAGACUAGACUCAUUCCGUUCUGUUCCACUGUACAAUGCUCAGGAACACUCGGUCAAGGAAAUACUGAGUGUAGACUCGAAAUCCUGACGGUGAGGGAUUCAUAAAGGACCAUAGUCAUAAAACUACAAGAAGAAAAGAAAGAAGAAAGAAUCAAAUUUCCCCAGAAGGGCAACAUUGAUCCUAACCACUGAAUUUGAUUUGGUUCUUGUCCAAUUGAGUUUUCAACCAGAAUCAUGGAAAGCAUCAGGUUUGUAAAGCAAGGUAUCUCUUUCUGUCUGUCUGUCUGUCUGUCUGUCUGUCUGUCUGUCUGUCUCCCUUGUAUGUCUCAUAUCCCAUAAGGGAGAAAAAACAAUAUCAUACCCUUCCUCAUUAUUAAGUUCAUGGCUCAGGCUCCCAUACUGAAAGGCAGAUUAACAAGCCUUAGAAACUUACCUUUAAUACACGUUUUAUGGACGUAGGCACCUUUGGAGAUGAAGCACCAAAGAAAAUGGAAAGGGCUGGGAAUGUACCUCAGUGGUAGAAUGUUCACCUAGUGUGCACAAAGCCCUGGGUUCCAUCGUAGGACUGCAAACAAAAUACAGACAGGGAAACUUGAACAUUGCUAGUCAUAGGUUUAAAUGAAGAAGUGGAUAAUCACAAGGAAAUACAAUUUAAGAAAAGCAUCUCCUUUAAUGGUAAUCACUUUUUGUCAUAUUUGCCAAACAGGAUUAUUGGCCUCAAAUACCUCACCAACAGACACUCCUUGUGUGAGUAGUUAAUUCCCAGUAUUUGGUAAACAGUGUACCUAUGGUAAGGGACUGAAGGACAAAAAUUCUUUUACAGCUUCCUACCCACCUCCAAAAUUCUAUCUCCAUACUCUAGCACCAGUUGAUACAUAUUAUAUUUAUUCAGCGAUGCUUCUCCCAGUCCACAGUCCUGGUAUCCUCAUCCAUCGGGUUCUCUAAUUCCUGCUUUGUGAGCCAGCACAUUUGGCUGUUGCUUUAGCAGAGUUGCCUUUAUCAAACUGUGUGAUUAUCAGUUUCAGGAAAUCCUUUCUCUAGGAAACCCAGCUGAUCAAUCAACAAGUAAUUUACUGUGCAGCUGUAAUUUGAACGAACACAAGAUAAGCUUGAUGCUUCAAUCCUGCUCAUACAUCUAAUUACAUAGUGAGGCUGAGUUAAUGAGGAUAAAAUACAGGCUCAAGAGAAAAGGAGAUAAUGCUGAUUGUAGCGGCAAUGAUCCUAGUUUAUUCACCCACUUCUUCCCACAGUUCAGUGCGCCCCAGGAUCUCUUGAGAGUCUGGUUAGAACUCAUGUUUUAGACCCUGUUCUUCAACCCUUCGGAAGCCGUACUUGGAAUGUCUUAGGGCCAAUAAAUGUUCAUUUCUACAGCAUUCCAGGCGAAGCUGAUAUUGCUGGUCAUUGCAUGGACCUGGCUUAGUGUAUCCCACAGCAAGUGCAGCCCACUCACAAAAUUUUCCUCCCUUCUCAUUUACCACUUUUGCAAAACAUGAUGUUAAAAGAAAGAGAAGAACCAGGGCUGGUGAUGCACACCUAUAAUCACAGCUCCUCAAGAGGCUGAGACAAGAAGAUAGGAAGUUCAAGAUCAGCCAGGACAAGUGGAGAGCCCUGACUCAGAAUACAGUCAAUGGAGAUGUUGUUCAGUGUGGAAAUCCACACAGAAAUUAUCAAUAUGUGGGUGUUCCCGUUACCCUGACCUGAUCAUUACACGUUGUAUAUGUGUGAAAAAUCACACUGUAUUGUCAUGUGUCAUUUAAAAAUAAAUUUUAAAAAUUUAAAAAGAGAGAGGGGAAUCCAAGCUCCCCUAGUUGCUGCAUUUGUAAUCUUAGGUGAAUAAUUAUCUACUAUAAGCAUUCUCAUCUGGAAAAAUGAAAUAAUCCCUAUUCUCAGAGGACCUCGUUGGGUGAGAUAAUAUCAUAACUUCUUUAAUAAGGACACUGGGACUUGGUGUAUGGGGUUGAUAUCACCAUGUGAAGAGAUUUGGAAAAUGUAGAUAACAGGAUGUAGCUCAGAUGCGUAGCACUGCCGAGCAUGCACAGUGCACAAGCUCCUGGCUUCUAGAUAAAGGCUAUAGAACAAUAUGCUUGAUAAGUGCAGUGUGGGAGAAGGUUAUCUUUUCCAUGCAAUAUCCAAUUAUCUUUUUAUUAAAAAUAAAACCAGGCUGGGGAUAUAGCUCAGUGGCCUAAGUUCCUGCCUGGCAAGCGCAAGGUCCUGAGUUUGAUUCCCUGUACCAAAAAUUUUUUUAACUAAUAAAUAAGUAAACCAAGCCACUUUGAAUAUGGGUUGGGUGGAGGAUAGCACCACCCCUUCUGCCCUCUAAAGCACGUGGGCCAGUUAAGCUGUUAACCCAGCCCCAUAAAAGCAUUUCUGGUUGGUGUUUGAAUAGAAAGCCAUUUUUCACAAACUGAUUUUAAUAAGCCGUUGGGGGUGGUCUGCAAACUCCUUGGAAUUUCCAAGGGACAUCUAUGAAACAAAAUAUGACAUGUGCCAUUUUCUGUGUUGAUGUUUUCCACGAAGGCCCAAAAGCAAGAUUAGCUAGGCUUGCUGGGAAUUUAGCACACAUUAAGGCAAGAGCAAAUAUUCAUUAUAUUCAUUAUUAGCAAGCACUCCCAUUGAGAAGUCAUACUAAGAAUAUUCUUGAUAAAGCAUUAAAAAUUAUUUUUUAUUAAAUUUCCACCUGUGAAAGUAUAUCUUUUUUUAUUAUUCUGCAUAAGCAAAUGGGAAGUACACGUAAAGCUUUUUUUGCCCAUACAGUGUGUGAUGGGUCCAAAUCUGAAGAAAGGCUUUGUAUGAGUUUGUGAGCUAAAGUAGCCACACUCUUUAUGGAACACCAUUUUUACUUGAAAGAGUGAGCAAGGAAUUAACCAUGGUUAUCCAGACUUGAGAACGUAGUAGACAUUUUCUCUAAAAUGGAAGAAAGAGAUCCCACAACUACAAGGAAGCCAUUGAUGUGGUUUUUGCCAAGGAUAAAACUAAGCUUUCAAACACAAAGAGAAAUUUACAAAAUUUGUAUGAUCCACCAUGAAUCCAAAAGCACACUAGUGUCCAUACAUAUCUAAUGAGAUCAAUGGGCAUGGUAAGGAACUUUUUGAUACUGUAAAAUGAAAUGUGUCAACAUUUGGAAGAAAUUCCGAACUCAGAAAACCAAUAGUUUCCAAAUAAUUAAUUUGUGGCAUCACAAAAUACUUCAUGUGAAAAUAUCCAUUCAAGUGGAAGACAGACCAACCAAUUCUGAUAUAUCGGAAUACAAAAAGUUCAUUCAUACUGAUUUCACAUUGAAAAUGGCUUUACAGUAGUACUUGUACAGUUUUUUAUCGUAUCAAAGAAAAAUGUUUUUAAUUAUCUGGAGAGAUGAUUAAAAUAUUCCUUCCUUUACCAGUUGCAUAUCUCUAUGGCCUAGACAUUCAGGCAUCACAAUAUACUUCAGCAAAUAGAAUGCAGAGGUAGAUGUUAAAAUAUAACUGCCUUCUGCUAAGCUAGAAGCUAAAGAUGUUACUGAACUAGGCCUGUUUUGCUCACUGCAUGGAAUGCCACUCGCUUAAAUGAUGUGUAUUGCAAAAAAUGAUAUAUUCAUGAAGCAGCUAAAUAUGAGGAGAUGGAGACAUAAGUCUAAAGUCUGCCUUCUAAGGAUAGGAGGUAGGAGAUUCUAUAAGAUAAAGAAGCAAGGGGGUCUAAGGCAUGGGGAAAAGUGAAGUAAUAGGUGGCCUGCAUAUGUGUCGUCAAACUUCAUGACUCUUCAAGGACUGCAUGUACAGAUAGAUGCAGGCGGUCAGCUUUCCUGUUGUUGAAAUGGAAUCUUGAUACCCACAAUUUAAAGGAGAAGAGGUUACUUUGGGCUCAUGGUUUCAGGGAGUGGUCAGCUACCUUUAAGGCAGAGACAUCAUGGCAGAAAGGAAAGCUGUUCAAGUCAUGGCCACCAGGAAGCAGAGUGAAUUCCAAAAAGCUCCAAAAGGCCAAGGGACAAAUAUAACCCCCGCAUCCCACCCAGAUAGAUGGGCUCAGAAGUGUGCUUUGUUAUUCCCUUAAACCAAUCAACUUGACAGUCAAGAUUCAUCAUCAUAUCAGAAAACGACAGCAUUCACAUACUCUGAUGGUAGUUUUUGGCCCUGUGACAUUAGAAGGUCCCCAUCAGAUGUUUGGGUGGGGCUAUGCAUAGAGACAGGAGUUUCCACCACUUUGAGAUAGACAAAAACUGUGUCGAAAUUUUGAAAAAACAACUGAAGUCAGAGGUAUUACCUUCCACAAAGCUAAUGGGAGUUCAGAUCUUUCCUUGCUUAAUGACUGAGUCCUAUUCCUUUAACUAGGUCAUUAAAUGAAUUGAUUCUGAAAUGAAUUUUAUAUAGUAUAUGCAUUACAAUAUUCAAAACAAAGAAAUGGUCAAAGGAAACUCCAAUUUGAUGACUUUUUAUUUGCAUAGUUGUUACAUGCAGUGCUGUAAUACAUAACAGAACAUGAAACUACAGUACUGAACAGAACAAUCAGCAGAAAGUAUAGUAUGUACAUUCAAGGUAUACUGUACAAAACACAUUGAGGCUCUCUAUAAACAAGAUGUACAGAGCUGUGCAAAAAAAAAAAAAAAAAAAAAAAAGAUGAGUGGUAAUUCUGAGCAGUGGACAGUAAGUCCAGACAGUUGUUAAAUGAGUAGGUUGUUAAACAAGAAAUAUAUGUAUAUUGCUUAUGUAGGUGACCUUUAGAAUUAGGAGACAAGUAACCUUUAGAAUUUAGUUAGACAAGUAACUAAAACUAGUUACCUACACUAUUUAAUCAGGUUUCCCAGAGACCAGCAAAAUUAUAAAAACCAAUGUCAUUCUUUUCACUAUUUUAAUGGCUAUUUUAAACAAAAUUAUGUUAUCUCUUGGGUGGUAUAGGAUAGCUGAGAACAUAUAGGUGAACUUUGAGCGUACAGCUCCAAAUCAUGCACUCAGAAUGUGUUGGACGUGAACCUCAAGACAGUGGCUUGAGUGUUGACAGACUCCUUGUUGGUCCAAGCAUUACAUGGGCUGACCAUGUUGGGGAGCUGUUGAAAUCAAAUUGUCUAUUGAGGUGCAGAAAAUAUGGAGACAGAGUCUGAGCAGAGAGGAAAGAACAAGUCAUCUUGAAGGGAUAAUUAGAAACUUCUGGAGCUCAAGGUGCGGUCCAGUGGUGUUACUUAAACCUAUGAAGAGUUUACAGUGGAGACCCCCCACACACCCCCAUCCACGAAGGAUCUUUUCUGGGUCUAGUGAGAUGCAUAGAAUGUCUGUUUCCCUGCUGUGUUCCUGCUCCCCCAGGUUUCCCUCGUUAGAUUUCACAAAGGUCUUACUGGACAUCUAUUCUAGCUAUCCCAGAAAGUCCCUGAACGCUGGCUUCCCCAUCAGCCAGAGGUUACUUAACAAAAUUGGGCUAACUGGGAACAGGCUUGUAUGCUCACUGACCCAGAGUUUCACCCUCACAAUUAGUAGCUUUUUUUGUAUUGUUUUGUUUUGUUUUCCCUGCGGACAGGGCAAUUGCCAAGUAUUUAGCAAUUGGCUUUUAACAAGCAGGGUCCAAGGAGCUAUUGAUUGGGCUGGAGGAAAAACAAGUACAAUUAAGUUGCAAAUAAUCCUUAGAAUUCAGCAUUAACUGAAUUGUUCUGCAGAUUUAUUAAAACCUGUCCCAUUGGCUCACAGGUGUUAACUGGGUUUGGGGAGAAGGUCAUUGACAGCAUGAAACACCAUGGCUCUGCAAUUUGUACUGUUUUGUACUUAAGGGGAACCAAAACUCCAAUGAGUAAAAUUUGUAAAUCCCCAGGGUAGGAACUGUAAUUAGAAAUGAAAGGCAAGGAGAAUUUUAACAUUUAACAGAAUAGCCUGUUGAUUCAUGGCAAUUACGCUGUGAAUGAUGGAUAUUUUGUAGUCAACAAUGUUUGCCUUCUUUUGGGGGCUUUGAGACAUCGUAGACCAACCAAAGUUAUUGCCAAAUGUGUUUUAAGUUUUAGGUAGACUGUGCAGGACCUGAGGGUGUAUAGUUUCACCCUGGGAGAAAAAGACAUUUCCAUGCAGUUAGCAACAAAAAACGUUCUUAUUUUGAAGAGCUUGCAAAACACCCUGGUGCGAUAGCAGCAUAUACUGUGUUGAAAAUGCAUUUAAUGUUAUAUUUUGUUAUUCAUAUGCAAAUCAUGGCUCUUUCAGUGACCUCUAAAGUGACAGCUUGCAUCCCCCGUUGCUUCCUUCCUGACCAGGCCACCUCUGUUCCAGUUUAAGCAUUGUUCAUGACCUUUGCAGUAUAAGGCAGCCGUGCAAUGCUAUUUUGUUUCUUCAUGGAAUUAAAGAGGCUCAGCUUGCCUGGCCCUAAUAUGAUUGGAAUCCAUUUUACGAUACCAUCACAACACAAGAGAUAAAUUUCUACUCGUUUCCACCUAUUAAGGUUUGUCACAAAUUCGGCUUGCAAGCAUUUGAAAUAAAUUACUCCAGCCUGUUGGAAAAAGUGCCAUGCUGUCAAUUUUAUUGCUUUUUUGGCAAGCAUAUGGGUGUUAAGCAGGAGAUAUAAUUGGCGGCUUAUUAUAAAUUAGACAUGACCGCUACUAAAGACAAGAUCUAUACCAGCUUAGAUACAGAACAUCUGAGUUGCUUUCCAAGGAGAAACAGGAAAGAUGCUGACAGCAAGACAGCAGAGGUUUGUUAUGGUGAGAAUUUGCAAGACUUUUGACAGCAUUUAAGUGGGGAUUACGUUUCUUUCUUAAUAAAUUGUACUAAAAAUGACACGUGUGUUAACAAUUUGAGGAACAACUAAUAUUUCCUUCAUAUCCUAAUACUUGCAGUCAUUUCUUGAGGUGAAAAUUUCCCUUGCUAAAACAUACUUGUAAAAGAAGGGAAAAGUGUUUUGGAUAAGUAAAAAUGUUUUGUUUUUAUUUUGAACUUUUGUAUUGAACUAAUUUUAGACCUUAGUAAGAAAACAGGUCUCACACAAGUCACUAGGUUGCUAGGCUAGGUAUGAACUUGCUGUUCUCCUGCCUCAGCCUCUCAGACCAUGAAACUUAAGUUGUGCAGUUCCACACCCAGCUAUUGUAAAAACCAAAACAAAACCCUUAAUGGCUUUCCUUUUGAUUCUAGAGUCCUUCUGUUAAAGUAAAAUAAAGUGCUCUGAUGAGUCCGGUAGAAGAGGUUGGUUUAAGAAACAGAAAAGUUUCAAAGAAAGCAGAAACAACAAGAAGCAGAUUGGUCAUUUGAAGGUUAUUUUCCUUGCAAGGCGGAGAACAGACAGAGCAAGUAGAGAUAUAACUGAUGGCUUAACUCCAGAUUGAUCACCUUUUGCAAGAGGAUUAAGAACUUGUUUAUCUUGCAGGUUGAAACUGGCCUCUUGUGGAAAUUUGGCUGUUGUCUCCGUAAUUAUGAUCUCUCCUGGAGGCCAGAUAACUGUUUAGUUUGAACUUGAGUGAAUUUUAACCUGCUCUGUGCUGGAGCUUAGCCCAAAACAGUGGCCUCCUGUGAUUUUUAUUUCAUGUUUAUUGUCCCAAUGUCGGAAUUUCACAUAACACAGCACCAUGGUCAGGAAGCCUGGACUAACGUUGGUGGUGUUUCAGUAACUAAACUAUAGGCUUUAAUAGAAUUUCACCUAAUUAUCUGUUAUUAUUCUUUUUCUUUCCUUGUGUGGCUUUUCCCCCCUUUUCCUGGAAUAUUCUGUUGUUUUAAAUGUUUUUCUUUUAUUCCUGCAGUGUCUUCUUUAUGGUAAUAUAUUUUAUUCUCAGUAUAUUUGUUAAACAUUGUUUUUCUGUGAGUAUCUCACUUUUGUCUUCCUUUUUGAAUAUGAGCUAUGUAUUCUCCAGACCUGCAACUUUGUUAUCAGGAAAUUUUCCCUUAGUUAUUCACUGUAUGAAACCCACAGUUUUCUGGAUGCCCUGGUUUUGUUUUUUCGAUGGUUGGGUCUGCAUAAUUCUAAAUAAACCCAGUUUGAAUGAAGAUAGAAUUCCAACCUAUUUUCCAUUCCAACAAUUUUCAUAAAUGUUUGAAAAUAUUAUUGUAGCUUUAAAGUGUUUUGAGAUAUCAGAUUCACCUUGAUCCUGACUCACAUAGACACAAACUUUCUUCUUCUGAAUAGUUGAGAUACUUACUCUCUGUACCUCUCAUGUUCUAGAAUCUCAAAGGUGUACACUUUACUGUUUCUUCUAGUUGGUGUUUAUCUGGUUCAGCUUUUCAAUAUAAACACCUAUCCUUCAGCUCUGGGAAACUUCUUUUUAAAUUUCAUUCUGUUUGGUUUUCGCUGAUCUCUCAUUCUGGAACUUCUGUCAGUCAAAUUCAUUGAGUAAUUUGAUCUCUUUAUUUUUUUCCUUUUAUCUUGGUCUUUUGUUCCUGAUUUAUGCGAUAAUUUCUUGACUCUGUAUUUUAACCCAUAUGCAUAGCAUUUUAUUUUGGCAACCAUUUUUAGAGAGCUGUUCUUCUCUGGUCCUUUUGCAUAGCAUACAGUUUAUUUUAUAAAAAGGACUUUAUGACAUUUUUAAUUAUAUUUGUCAUUAGAACCAAUUUUUAUAUUUGUCAUAAUAGCCCUCUUUUAUAUAAGUAUUUCCCCAUCGGCCAGGCUUGGUGGCUCAUCACCUGUAAUCUCAACACUUGAGAGGCUGAGGCAGAAGGAUCACCGUGAGUUUAAGAUCAGCCUGGGCUACAAAAUGAGUUCAAGGCCAGCUUGACCUGCAUAGUGAGACCCUGUCUCAAAAUUUAAAAAAUUAAAAAAGAAUUUCCUCUCAAUUCCAGUAACCUCUAGUUCUGAUUUAUGUAAGUAUUUUGGACUAGAUUUUCUGAGGGGCCCCCGGUUACAAAGCAGUUUGACCUGAGAUAAAGAUAUACUAUAAUGCAUUGCUGAGGUUCCAGGAAGUGAUAAAAUUCUUCACUUCCUUCCAUGAAGCAGCCACUGUAAAAUCAAAAUGCCUUAUGCUGACACCUGAGUUGGACAAGUUUAGCAAAAAGAAAAAACUGUAAGAGGGUUGCUAUGAAUGUAAAUACUGAUCAAAGACAAUAACAGAAGUAAAUUUAAAAAUUUUCAUAAGAGGAGUUUUAAAAAUGUAAUCUAAAUGGUUCAUGAGCAAACUAAUUAAGUCAUAAUGAAAAUUUAAAUAUUUACAGCAAAAAUAAUUGAAAGACCACAUAUUAGAACUUGUGGGAUAAAGGGAAAUCCAUGGCCUUUAGAGUUAUAUGAGAAAAGAACAAAAAUUAAAAUAUCUAAUUUCAUAAACUAAGAGAAAUAAAGGGUAAAUCUAUACGUAGCAGAAGAGAUACCAAAGACACAGAAGCAUAUAUUAAUAAAGUAGAAAAAUAUACAAUAGAACAACAAAUAGAACCCUGGGUAAAAAAACCAAGAGAAAAAGUCAAAAGGACAUAAAAUAUAUAACAAAUGAAAAAGAUGACCAAGUUUAAGAAGACAAUAAGAUAUACCACAUAAUUUAUGUAGGUAAUUUUAAAUUUUAGAUAAAAUAAGUGCUUAUCAGAUUAAAAUUCAUCCAUGAAGAAAUAGAAACAAGUCUGUAAGCAUUAAAUAAGCUGAUAACUCAUAAAACUCAUCAAAGAACAUAUCAAAAGUUUUAAAGCAAGUUUUAUGAGACUUUCAAGAAACACACAUUAUAAUUUUAACCCGCCUAUUCCAGAAGAAGAGAAACCUCAUUCUGUUAGAUCUGGCUAAUAAUUCAUAUUAGUAAAUUAAAGCAAAAAGUGUGAGUGCAGUCAUUUUAGUAGACUCAGAAAAAAUUAUACAGUAUUGCAAAACUAACACCUGCUCAUGAUGGGCAUCAAAACCACUAGGAAUUAAAAUGAUACUAAAAGCAACAACAACAACAACAACAAAAAAAAAAAAAAAAAACCCAGAGGUAACCAUUAUUUUUAAUGCUGACAUGUGAAAAAGCAGUUAUAAUUGGGAACAAAACAAAAAUGACCACUAUUCAGGCUCCUUUUGGGUUCUGUCCAGCAUAGAACAUCAAGAGAAGUGUAUUACAACUAUGAGGAUUGGAAAGGAAGAGAAACUGUAUUUGCUGAUCAUGUGAUGGUUUAGGUAAGGAAAAAAAAAUGAACACUGGAAGUUCUAUAACAUUAUUAGAAAUAGUAAAAAUAUUAGGCAAGGUAAGCUAUGGAUAUCAAAAGUCAGCUCCAAAUGAAUAAGAAGCAGUAAAACUUCAUCAGUUUUGGAAAAACAAUAUUUAGAAAUGUGAAAAGAAAAUAUAAAGCUCUCCAAAAGCAUUUCACUAACAGCCUUGAGCACAGAACUGCUCUCUGACCACAUUGUGUGCUGGCAGCUUUUCUGUCUCUGUCUCUGUCUCUGUCUCUAUCUCUCUCUCUCUCUCUUUCUUUCUCUCUCUCUCUGCUGGGAGUUCUAUCUGGCUUAAUACCAGAGAAGACUGACUGCAGUUCUUUUCUUUCAAAAACACCUUGUCCCUUGAGUCAUCUCAGAGUUUUAGGUCUCUAGAGUGAGGAAGGAAGCAUCUGGCCUGAGUCCAUCCCCAGAGCUUUUGCUAUCCAGAUGUCCCUGGAGCAGCCCAGGAUCUCACCAGGCCCAGGCACCUCCCUUCUGACUCUCCCAGAGCAUACGGUUAAACUUGGUUUCCCUCAGGAAAUUCUCUAUGAGAGGACGGAACGAUCAAGAUACCAUGAAAACAGAGAGGCAAUAUGUGCAUACAUAACAAGAAACCUUUUUGUCAUAUGAUAAAUUACCUCUGAAAAUCAAGAAUCAGCUGGUUGAGAGUUAGAAAUCAAUUUCUCUAGCUCAGUCCUCAGUCCACAAAAGAAGGAAGACACUUGUCAAUAUCUGUUGAUAUUCCUGGGUGCAAAACUUGGGACAAGGGAGGUGAAGGUGCUACUGUCAUACAAAUGAGUAGUCUAGGAAUACUAAUAAUGUCCUUCUCUUUGGGGAACCCAUGCAUACAACCACAAAUAUUUAGUCUCAAAACAUCAUCACAAUAAUAACAGCUAAAAUAUACUGAGUACAACUUACUGAGCCCUUAUUUAGCACCAUGUUAAACUGCACACACAUUCUCAUGGAAAUGAUAACCACUCCUAGGCCAAGAAACUAUUCUUAUACCUCUUUACAUAUAAGAAAACUGAGAUUUAGAAAGGUUAAAAAUUACAUAAAGUCAAUCAGUGAAUGUGGAAUGUAAAGCUGGGAUCCAAACUCAUCUGUCUUUUAACCUGAAUUCACCUAUCACCCAAAUUAAGGCCAUGCUCUUGUUUUAGCUGCUGCUUCCUUUGGUUCUUAUAGUUAAAUGCUAUCAUGACUUCAGACAGACUUAGAACAGAACUGUGCUUAUACUACUGGAGAACUUUCGAGCUGGAGACCUGUGUUUCUUUUAUUUUACUUCUAUCCAGUUCAUCAUAAAGUUACCUUCCUAAAGCUAGUUAAGGUCUGCAUUAGUCAGCUUUCCAUUACUAUAACAAAAUGCCAAGGUAAUCCACUUAAAAAGAGGAAAGGUCUAUUCUGGCUCAUGGUUUCACAGGUUGCAGUCCAUGAUUCAUUGGCCCAAUUGCUUUCAGACCUGUGGCAAGGCAGCACAUCAAAGCAGAGAGCAUAAGGCAGAACAGAGCUGCUCACCCCAUGUUUGGGAAAUGAAUGCGAGAGAUGGGAAAGGGCUGGGUUCACUGUUGUCUUCAAGGACAUGCCCUCAGUGACCAUGGCUCUGCCUUUCAAAGUUUACUCCACCUUUCAAUGUGGGACUAACCCUUUAAUAAAGGGGCCUUGGGGGACAUUCCAGAUGUAACUACAGAAAGGUAGAACUAAUGAGCUCCCCCCACCACCAUAUUCUCCCAAACACUUCCCCCCUUCCACCCUUUCUCCAUUCCUUCCCCCCAUUUCCUUAUGCUCUUCUCCUUCCUAUCUCUGUCUCUCUGUCUCUCUCUCUCUCUCUCUCUCUCUCUCUCUCUCUGUCAUCAGCCUUUAUUUCACCCCAUUUUGUCACUCAGAAGGCCUUGCAAAACUGCACAAGACUUUCAGUGACAGUUUGUGUCAGCCUGAAUGCAGAGCCUGAAACAAGGAUAUGGACGCAGGUUUAUAAUUUAGGAGCUGAUCUCAGAAAACCAAAGUGUGGCUGCAUCAAAGAAAAUCCUCUGUAAAAGGCAUGUGAGGCUGCUAAGCCAUCAAACUGUGCGGCCAGGGCUCCCACCCCCUGCUCUCCACGCACACAUUUCUAGGCCUCACUCGUCCUUGGGCUGAUGAGAAAGGCCUUGGAGAAGAUGCUAGAGGAUGCAGAGAGCACCACAUGCUUGAGAAGGAAACUUUUGGGGCACUGACUUAGUUAUUUUUUACUUGCCGCUGAGACAAAAUAUCUGAUGCUCUAAGUUGGGAAAGGAAAGGUUUAUUUUUUACAGAUUUUGGAGGUUUUAGUCUAUAUUUAGGUGACUCCAAGGCAGGGUGGCAUGGCGGGGCCGCAGUUUAUGGUGGCUGCAAACAGCAAGUGGAAACCAGCAAGAGAGCGAGACAUGCCUUCUUCCUGCCAUUACAUCGCAUCUUACAGAGCUGCCGUGGUGUGCAGUCAGGUUUCCAGAGACGUGUGGUGUGCUCUGACAAACUCUUCCUAACACAUUAGUCCUCCACUUUUUUUUUUUUUUUUCAAAACAGUGCUGGAAUUAUUAUCUUGGUCUUUUUUCUUCUAUUUUCUGGGAAAAUCUAAUUGACAAGAUGAUCACUAAGGCUGCAGGUUGAUAAGGCUUAUAGUAAGCAACGAACUGGAUUGAAACUGGAUUUACACACAUUUACUAGCUAGAAGUCAGUGUCACAAAUCAGCAUGGUGUGAAAUGCCAGGGUGUAUCCAGCAUGAUGGCUGCAGGCUUUCUCUCCCAGAGCAGGCCAAGAGCGAAAGGCACUGAUCAAAAUACAAAUGUGACUUGAGAGCAAGGUGACAUGAGGGGGUAGAAAACUGCUCGAGAGAACCUCUUAUUUUGUUGUUUAAAAACUGAGCAAAUAAACCAAUGAACUAGCCAACCUUUGUUGAGUAGUACCAUACAUUAAGGCAUUUAAGGCCACCUUGAAAGAAGGAUAAAGUAUUUUUAAAGCAGAAUAAUGUAGACUUAGGAAAAAUAGAGAAAGUAGGUGGGAAGAACUUCAUGAAAACCUUCUGGGCAGCUGGCAGUUUUUAUUCCUUUUUUCCAGGUGGGGCUACAUAGAUACGCCCUUUUUAAUAGGCAGUACAUUCCUUGUUUAUACUUUUUUGCAAGGCCAUCCUAUUUUACAGUGUAAGGAAAUCUGAACUGCUAAAAGAUUAUUGUAUAAAAUUAUGUUCAGGCUAUGUGGAUAAGGUAUACACAAAACCUAACUGAAUUUUUGUGAUUUGGGUUCCAUCCCCGAAGUGUCCCAUUGUGUGUGGAAAUAUUCCAAAAUUCCCCCCAAAAUCUGAAACACUUUUGACCCCAGGCAUUUCAAAUAAAGGGCACUCAACUCAACCUGCAAUGGUGAGAAACUUUUAAGCCCAAGUUUGACAUUCUCCAUAAACCACUCUAUGAAGGACAUGCCAGUGUUAUUGUCCCUGUUACCACAUGGAGGAAUUCAAACAGACCACAUUUCUCCUCCUGAUCAAGUGUUUUAUUGCUGGUACAUGAUAGGUUUUCUAUUGAGACAGAAUCAUUUUCCGUGUUGGAGCAGGCCCAACGAAGGAAGACGCUCUGCAGCCUCUUAGAUAUUUAAAACCUAAGGGAAGUCUGUGCUGGCUCAGUCUUCACAUAGUUGACCUUAGACCUGCAGAGCCUUAAAACCCAAUGUCCCAAAGAGAAGAAGUCGGCAGCAUGUUAUGUCACAGCCGCGGACAGUCACCUGUAGAGCCCUGCUAGUUUCCCCAGUCCCUUGGAUUUCCCUUUAAAUUAAAAGUCACUGGUCAUUUCCAGCAGCCAGGAUGAGAGGCCAGGUGCUCUAUCCUUAGCAGACCUCACUCAGGAAAGAUGUCAUGUUUAGUGGGUUCCAGGUUUGGUUUCAGUUAGUGUCAUUUGUAUCCUGUGGUAGGUCUGGUUGGUUCUUAAAUCUUGGCUCAUCUUCAGUACUUCUGUCAUAUAGGCAUUUGUGGGAAACGGAUGUUUAUGAAGAAUCUCAGAGAACUAUUAAUAAAGACUAUUAAAUAUCAAGUUAAAAUAUGUCCUUAGCUCUUCAAAGGCUAAAAUUUGAAUCUCAAUCACCAUCUGACAUGCUUGAUUCAAUCAAGUAAGUUUUAAUAGGCACCUGCUUUGUGACUAGUUGAUGCUUCACAAAAAUGUACUUUCUGGUCAUGAAGAUGGGGUGUGCGCGACUGUGAGCACAUUUUCUCGCUCAGGCUUUUAAAAUGCAUAGAUGAUCGUUUGGAGUAAUUUAUCUUGCAGUGGUAGCCUGCAUGGAUCUCAUCAUUUUCUCCUUCCAUUCUGAUCAUCAGUGAUGGUAGCGCGGCAGCAUGCCCAUGUGUCAUCCCAGCCGUCAUAAUCUCUUUUCUUAGCCACCUUCUUUUCUACAUUUCUUAUUCACCCUUCUCAUGUCUAGCACAGGACUCGGUACAUGGCAAGCUCUCAACAGAUAUCUCAAAUAAAUUAAUGCAAUCAAUGACUUGUCUAUUCCACUCUGAUUUUUAUGACCAAGAGCAUAAUUUUAAUACUCAUGUUGAACAAGAAUAUCAUGUGACUGUCUUCCUUAAACUAAUAAUACAUCGUUCUCGGUGCCUGUCCCAGAAGUUUAAACAAAGCAAAACAAAAAGAUUCAACAUUCAUCACGUUUCCACCACUGCAUUAAAGAUAUCCAAAAUACUUUGGAAAUGGAAAAGUGAACUGAAGAAAUUGAUAGGUUCUCUCCUUCUUUUAUUUUUACUGCCCAGAAGUGCUUUGGGCUCAUGAACAUGAAGUGAGAUUGGCGUGUGCUUACCCAGUUAUGCUUGGGCACUAUGGCUUCCUUCAGUACCUUCAGAAAGACCAGAAGUUUGUCAGCCUCAGGAAAACUCAGAAUGAAGAAACUACUAGCUUGUGAGGCUUGCCCAAAUCCCAGGGGCCUAAUAAAUUCUUUUACAGCAACUCUAUGAGCUCGUGCUGUGCUGUCAACCCAACCAGAGCCCUUUCUUGGAUCAGUAUGGCGCUGUGUAAAAGUCUCAUUCUGGCAGAGUACUAGACUCAUGCCAUUGAGGCUAUUUCUGCAAUGCCCUGAGUCUCUGUUACCUCAUCUGUAAAAUAGGAAAUGCAGUAUUUAUAAUGAUUUGUAACAAUUAGGGUAUCUGUGAAUGGAAAUUCAUAUUUUGCUUCCCUUUAUUAGAGGGUUUACAAGAAACCUCCUCCCCUCCCUUUCCUCUCAUCUCUUUUUUCUGUUUUUGUUUUUUCCUCUAACUUGCAGAGAACAGAAUAAGAUUUCUUUAAACCUCUUUUUCUCUCCAAGCAUGCUUUUUAGGUGGCAAAAAUAACAGAUUAGGCUUUGGGUAUGGUAAGAAAAUCAUCAUACCUUUCAAUAAAAUACCCAGAGAUCAGUAUUGUGUCCUGCAUUUAUGAAAAUUCAUUGAAAUUAAUUUAACUGUCUGUAUUGCUUUCCCAUCACUGGAACAAAAUGCCUGACACAAGGAAAGCAGUUUAAUUUUAAGAGAUGCUAGGUUUAAUUUGGCUCACAGUUUUCAAGGGAUUCAUGCUUUCAAGGGAUUCUGUCUCAAGAGAAAAGCCAUGGUUGGCUGCUUCCAAGGCAGAAGCAAAAUACUAGAAGGGUGCUGCAGAAAAAGCUCCUCUCUUCAUGGCAGUCAGGAAACAGAGAGAGAAGAGAGGGUCAGGGACAAGAACACAGGUCACACUGUAGUGGCCUCCUUUUAAUCAGGCCUAACAGCAAAUCAGAUCAUGAUCUUAUUAGUGGACUAACCCACUGAUGAGUAUAGCUCCCUCAGGAUCCAAGCAUCUUCCAAACACAUGAGAUGUGUAGAGGCUGUUUUAAAUCUACACCACAACAACUUCUAGCACAUAUUGGAAAACACCAUUUGACUUCAGAAUUUGAGAUUUUUCAUUUAUAGAGUUUACCAAAUGUAUGAUGUCAGUCACUUUUCUCAUAAUACACACUGUCCUGUUUAGUCUGUGCUAUGGGUUAGAUGUGGUCUGCUCCCCAGAUGUUCAUGUCCUGGAAGCUUGUUCCUCAGUGUGGUGGUGGUAAGGUGGUGGAACACAAUAAGUGGUUAGAUAAUUAGGGGUGCUCCUCUCAGAAAGAAAGUUAAUGAUAGCUCACAGAGUGAGUUAAUCCCUGAGAGAAUGGGUUGUUUUAAAGAAGGGAGUCUGACCCCAGAAUUUGACUUCCUGUUACACCAUGUGAUCUCUUCCAUACCUCCUCCUGCCAUCCAUUACUAGAGCCUCACCAAGAGCUGAACAGAUGCCAGUGCCAGCCCUUAAACUUCCAAACCUGUGAGCUAAAUAAACCUCUUUUCUUUAUAAAUACCCAAGCUCAGGUGUUUUAUAAAAGCAGAAGAAAAUAAAUUAACAUAGCGCUGAAGUGAGUUUCCCCUAACUUAGAGGGAAAAAGUACUAUAAAUUGUACAAAGUGAGCCAAUGGAAGCCUUUAGAGCCCCAGCUGGUCCAAGAUAUGUGCUGGUGAAUAACUCCCGGGGCUCCCAGACCCUGCAGCUGCAGUUCCCAGUUGGUUGUUUCUCCAUGUCUGCUCCCAACAUGAGACUUGGACCUUUGUAUGUGAUGGUGGUGUGUGAGCCAUGGCCUCCACUGAUCCUUUAAGUGCAGGGUCUGGGUCACACUGAGCAGGUUCACAGCUUGCUGAAGAUUCAGCCCCUUUGAUCACUAAGGAACAGUUUCAGCAGAACAAGUGUUUUCAUGAGAAAGCUGAUAUGCUUUCUAAUUUUUCCCACUCGCCCUUGUUCUUGUUAUCUCUGAAAAAUCCAAAGUUGAGAAAGCCCAAGUAGUAAAGCAGGCUGCCAAAUGUCUCUCCUUGCCUGGAAAACACCCAAGACAAACCCAUUCCUGGAAGGUAUUUGGUGCGCAAGACUUUUGUGACGUCACAUUACUGCGCCGCGCAGGCGCAGUGGACGAAAGGAGGAACAGUUCUGCCGCCAUCGCCUCUUCGAUCCGCAGGCUGCUUAUCCAUAGUCAUGGGACGCAGGCUGUGGAAUGGGCUGUUAGGCCUUGGCCUCUUCGCCCUCGCCCAUGCCGCCUUUUCCGCCGCGCAGCAUCGUUCGUAUAUGCGAUUAACAGAAAAUGAAGGCGAAGCGAUGCCAAUGGACAUAGUCCUUCAGACACUUCUGGCCUUCGCGGUUACCUGUUACAGCAUAGUUCACACCGCAGGGGAGUUCAGGGACAUCGACACCACGUCGAAACUGAAGAACAAGACAUGCGACUCCUUAAGGAAUCACCCGUCUUUUUACGUAUUUAACCAUCGUGGCCGAGUACUGUUCCGGCCUUCGGAUACAACACAUUCUUCACACCAAAAUGCACUGACGGCUGAUACGGCGCUGAAGUUCACGGAAACUAGAGUCGAUACGCGUGAAGACUUUUGGAAAUUUUAAUACCAGGACGGAACUCAGAGCUGAAUGCAGGAGUUUAGAGUGUGAACUCCCCACCUCCCCCCAGUCAGAAUUUCCUUUGGUUUUUCAGACCCAAUUCUAAAAGAAAUAUUGGCCUCUUAUUUAUACAUUGUUGAUAAGAUUGUUAAUGAAGUUUAUAUUAUCUGUGAAAUGAGGCUUUGCUCUUCCAUAUAAUAAUUUUUUUUCCAUUUGAAACAAACUCACACCUGUGGGAAUAGUCACCGUUUCGAACACAUGAAAAAUGGUGAUGGUUUUUGUGCUUAUUUUCGUGGAUUUCUUUUGCACCCAGUUUUUAAGAAUCUCUUUGGAAGUUGCUGUAUAACUACUACGUUUCAUGGCCCAAAUCAUAGUAAAAUGAUCUUCAGUUAUCAAAUUCUAAAGUGGUAACUUUUUUUAUAGCGUCCCUAAAUGUGGUUCUGCUUUUAUAGAUACUUGCCAGUCUUUCAUUUAUUCAUGACUUUUCACCCCACCCCCUGUGCUUUCAAAAACAUCAGCUAUCUCCUUUGAUCAUUUCUCCGAGGUCAUGUGCAGUGAGCAAUGUUUGUGUCAGCAAUUCUGCCAUAACAAAUAUAUUUUAAAAGUUUACCUUACUGUAAACCUACUUGUACUCUCUUUGGUUAUCUUAAGAAAUUUCCUUCAAUGUAAUCAUCAGGUAUUCUUAUGAAUAGUUGAUGACAUCAGAAAGCCAUUUGUGAUUUCAUUACCCUGCCUAUAGAGAAUAGUAGUGAGAAACUGAUUAAGCAGUUUUAAUUUACUCAAAGUCUGUAUAUUAGUAAAUUAGCUGGGUGUGAUAGCAUUCCAGAGGUUGAGGCAGGAAGAUCGCCACAAGUUCAAGGCCAGCCUGUACUAUAUUCAGUGAGUUCAAGCAGCCUGAAUGACAGUGAGACCCUGUCUCAAAACAAACAAAAGUUAACUAAUAGAUUAAUGAAAAUAAAAGACAUGCCAAUCUAAAAUCAGACUGAAAAACAAUUGGGCCAACUAUGUUUUAAAUACUUGAAACUAAUGUAUUCAUUUUUUAAGAAAAUUAAGACCAUUUCAGAAGUUGAUAUGUAAAUUAGAAAUUUACAGCAGGUUUACCAUUUUCCAUCUUCACUUGGUUCUAAAGGUGAAGAGGAUACAGAGUUGAGUUUUUUUUAGUAACAAUUUUACUCUUAGCAAAGUUUGGAUAGCUCUGUGGGCUGAAAAACUGCAGGAAGCUCAGCUGUAUUUUUGUAGAUAAUAUUGCUUUAGUUGAAUUGUGUAUGUAUAAAAACAAUACUUCUUGUUGAAUCCUGUUAAGUGUAAAGGGAGUAACUACACAGGUUUGAAAAGGAAAUGUGCUCAAGGAGAGAGCCAUAAAAUGCCCUUGAUGGCACUUUUUCCAUUAGAAAUGAAUCUCAGCUCUUCUGUCCUGCCUAAUAAUGCACAGCCCCAAAGGACAAGAUUCUUUCAAAAGUGAAUUUUUUGUUGUUGUUUACCAGCCCAAUCUGUGUAAUACACUACUUUCUAAUGAGAACAAAGUUAGAAUCUGUUGAUAAUUAAAAUAAUUUAGAAAUGUAAAGACAGGAAUCAAAGAGUAAUAAGCCAAAAAGUGUGUGAAAAACCAGACUCUUACAUUAGGCUCCUCUAUUGUUUCUUCAUGUACAACUUGAUUUGCGGGAGCCGCCUAUAGUUUUCUCUUUGGGAGCUACCUUCUUUUCCUAGUAUGUUUUCAUAGUACUGUUCCCAAGAUAUAAUGCAUGUACCUUGUAAUUCAUCUAUUUUAUUUGUACGUAAGUGAUUUUUUUAAUAUAUCCACAAAGUUACAUGAACAUAAUCACAGUCAAAUUUAGGACACUACCCUAAAAGGAACUCUGAACCCUAUAGUGGUGACCUCAUUUCUCUCCAGUACCUCCAGCCAUAGAUAACCACUAAUCUACUUUCUUUCUGUAUGGAUAUGCCUAUUUUGAUCAUUUAACAUAUUUUCUUAGGAGGCUGAUUCAGGAGGAUCAUCACCAUGAAUUGAAGGCCAUCUUGGGCUACAUAGUGAGUUCAAGGCCAGCCUGUAGUACCUAGCAAUUCCCUGCUUCAAAAACAGUAGACACAAACCCCACUAGUUGGAGAAUUUCAUAUUAUGAUGAGCCAAAUUUAUUCUUGGUCACCUAAAAAGAAUUAGACAGUGACUCAGUGAAUUGAUUCCUUGUAAGCUUCUCAGAAAGGACUUACUUUAAACACACAUACAACUUUAAAAAUACCUUUAGAGUCCCUUAAAGGUGCAGCAACUCCCCAUAAAUAUAGGCGCUUACCCCUAAAUUGCUUGUCUAAUAGCUAGCAUACCCCCCUCCAACAUUUCAUUUCUCAUUCUUAAGGAGCUUAAGGAGGUCAUCCCUGGGAACUAUUUUCUAUGGAAUAUGCAUGUUAUGUCUUGUGUCUAGAUGUCCCCCAAAGCUUCAUGCAGUCACAGGUGGGGCUUUUUCAAAGGUGGCUGUAUCUAGAGUGUGUGAUGCUGGGAUUAAGGGUGUAUGAUUAUUAAAUCAACCCCCCACCCAAAACUCAGUAGCCUCGAUUGAACAUAAAAGGGGCAGAAAAAAGCCGCUGAGCUUCCUUCAACUUGUUGCUUGCUCCCUUCUCCCUGCCCUGCUUUGCUACGGACUGUUUCUCCUCUGUGCUGCCCUGCUGCCAUGCCACGGUGUUCUAGAGCCAGCCAACUAUGGACUGAAACCUCUGCAAAUUGUGAGCCAAAUAAACCUUUCCUCAGUCAACCGUCGGAGUCUAGUGUUUUAUCUCAGCUGUGAGAAAAGUAAUUUUCUUUUUUUCAGGGGCAAGAUAUCUUCCUUACCUUAGAGAAGUGAAAUUCUCAUGAUGCCAAAGCAAGAUCGGUCUUAGGAUCCCCAGGGGCAGCCUGUAACACUACAGCUUGAAUUCCUUUUGCAAUAGCUGUACUGCAGUAAAUCUACAAAUAAGAUCAGUAAAAUUGGUGUUUUUAAUUUAAAUAACUCAGAAAAUACAGACUUAAUGCUCCCAGAUCAGUGGUGUCAAAUGUAUGACACACAUGCUGCAGUAGGCUGUUUGUGUCAUUAAAAGCUCUGAAAGGGUCAUCCUCACUGCCCUAGAGGAUUCAGGCCAAAACACAGUUCAGCGAAUAGCCAACUAAAAGAUUAAGACAUAAAGGUUAUUAGUUACUUUAUUGUCCUUAUAAUAUUACACAGAUGCCACUAGUUACAAUGCAAUUGCGCUGAACAUGAUUUCAAGGUUCUAGUAAGACAGAAACAACAGCAUAUGUGUAUAGGUUAAACCAGAAGAGUGAAGCAAAAGCAGUCAUUCAUAGCUUGGCACUGCUUGCUUUUCUGGAUUCUUACCUUCGGUGUGAGUCUUGUUCCUGUUCACAGGAGUAAGUAUUUCUAGACUCACCAGAGUCGUUUGGUUGCUGGACUCCCUUGACUCUGCUGUGAUGAAUACAGAGUGUUAGACCUGUGAUGGAUUUUUUUCUUCUUCCCAGAUUGCUUGGAGCAGAAAAGAAGUUAGCUUGCAACAGAGUAGCUUGCCUUCUCAUUCUUUAAUCUUGCUCCAUUUCAGCCUUGCACACAUCUGUGUUGCUGAAAACCUUGAAGACUGUCUCCAGAAAUUGAGAAAGGUUAGAUUCUGUCACAGCAGUGUCUCAGGUUCUUCUGGGUACAGGAGCCCUCUGAGACAUGCAGUAGGUCUUCAAGACUAUCUGACUACUGGCCUUCAUAAACAGUUUUUGACUCGCUCAAACCUUUAGUUUUUCCGUCUCUUCCAGUCAUUCUACUUUUAGACAGAAUAUUUUUUUAGCAUUCAGAAUCGUUUCCAAAAUAUUUGGAAAAUGUCCAAUGACAUUUUCAUACUUGUAACUUUCUUUGUACCCUACUUUCCUCCUACUUACUGAUGCUUUUAUGUCUCAUUUCCUUCCCUUAAGUUUACAUUUUGAAACUUUCUGUACAAAAUUUCUGAGGUUACAUACAUAUUAAUUAGAAUUUUAACUGUCACCUGGCCUGCUGAUGAAGAUCCAAGAAGAGUGUAAUCUUAAAUUGGUUUUUUAUAUCAAAAAUUCACAAAACAUUUAUUAAUAAACCCAAAUGUAUUAUCUAUUUAUAGAAUUUAAGAAACCAAGAGGAAUCAAGCUUAUAUUUAGCAAUUGAUGUUUCAAUGUUUCGGCUUACUUAGAAAUGAUUCAGAUGUUUGUCUCUAUUGCAUACAUAAUUUUCAAACUUCAAACCACAUGAAGAACAUAUUUAUAAACACUUAUUCCAUUUACAUUUACCUAAUUUAUGUUUACCACUUAUUCCCAAAUUAGUCAUGAAAACUGAGUUAUGGAACAAGCAGAGUCAUCAUUCUAAGCUAGUUCUUUGUCAGAAAUACAAAUAAAUAAACCUUAAACAUUGCUAUACUUGACACUGGGUGCAGACCCAGUGUCAUGGCUUGUGGCUAGGUAUCCCUCCAAAGCCUCAUGCAGUCACAGGUGGCUGGAUCUAGAGAUGUAUGAUGCAGGGAUUAAGGGUGUGUGAUUACUAAAUCAGUUCGCUGAUUGGUUUGGUACCUACUUCCAGUAGCCUAGAUACAAUACAAAAGAAGCAAAAAGACACUGAUAAGGCCCCUUGCUUACUAUCCUACCUUUGGCCUACCAUCAACUGUUUCUCCUCCGUAUUCCCCUCAGCCAAGCCACCCUGCCCUGGGGCCAGCUGACUAUGGGCUAAAACCUCUACAAACUGGAAGCUAAACAAAUCUUUCUUCCCUUUAGUUUGGGCAUCAGGUCUUUCAUCUCAGCAAUAAGGAAAGCAGCCAAUCCAGCCAGUGAAGUAGGCACCAAGAUAGCACUUCCUUUUCUCUGCUCAUGACCCACUUCUGGCAAUGUAGGAGAGUUAUCCCUGACAGUUGGAAGUGGAAUAGCAAAAGCUCACAACCUUCCAAGGAAAAAAGGCCCAUGUGGAUCAUUGAUUUUAUACGCAAAUAUAAUGGAUUCCCCUCUUGAUAAGUGUAACCACCACCAAAACAAAGAGUGAAGAAAGUUUUAUUACUUGCAGCAAGUAAGGAGAACGCUGGCAAUAAUUCUGAAUGAAGCAUCUCCCUCAAGGAAGAAAACCAGGGGCUUUUACUGGGGAAACAUAUAUUCAUACAGGAAACAGUCGUUGUCACCUUUAAAUGCCAUUCCUGAGAAGGCUUCAAAGAUUGUAUAUCACGUGUUUUUAAACACUGAGGGGCAACUCUGAACCACUCUGGGUCAUUUGAGAAGGAUAAGCCAGGGUGACUUCACGAUUUGGGCUGGUUCCUUGUAACUCUCUCUGAAGGAUUUUAUUUAAAAAAAAAAAAAAAAGGCUUUGGAAGCCUGUUAAGUCAUUUAAAGCACAUGGAAGAAGGCCUAAAAGACCAAAUAAACUGCCUGAGUUGAACUCCUAGUUCUGCCACUUAAUAACUGGGUGACCUUGGGAAAUUUACUUAACCAUCCUGUGUUUCAGUUUGCUCCUCUGUAAAACUGGACCAGUAGUACUGUUAUUGAGCAGAGACUCACUGGCCUGUGCACACAGAGGUUAAUACUAUGUCCCUGAGUUUUUGCAAAAACAAAGCUUAACUACAUGGUCAACCGGAAGGAAGGCUAGGAACUAAAGAGGAGCUCAUAUCUGCUUCCCCAGUUGGCUGGUAGUGGGGGAUUUGACAGGAAGGAAGAGGGGAGGCAUUCUCUGUUGAUUGGAUGAUGAUGGGGGGGGCACAGUUUGUACAGUUCUUUGGCUCCAGUGCAAAUAGUUACCAUGACUCUUCACAGGUUGUAUGUUUCUUUUCAAGGGACUUAGCAUGUUUUGAGAAAUUUUGAGCUUCUGAUUUCAAAAGGUCAUGGGCUGGUCAGGUGGGCUUCUAUACACGUCCGCUCAGGAAAAUCUGGUUCUGGAUCAGUCUUGAGUACAUUUUGGAGGCUUCUCCUGAAAAACAGCUUGCAUGUUGUGAUAGUUAAGGAAUUUAUAUCUGAGUGUGCCCAAGACUUAGCAAAAUUCAGCACUUCUUUCACAAAUUAGUCAUAUGGAAAAAUCUCUACAGCAGUGUGAUAUAUAAUGUCAUAGUAUAUUGUUGAUCAUAUAUGUUGUAGUUGCUUUUCUGACCCUCUAAUAAAAUACCGAGACUGAGUAAUUAAUAAAGGGUAGAAAUUUAUUUAAAUCACAACCCUGGAGGUGAGAAGACCAAGAGCGUGGCUCGAGCAUCUGUCCAGGGCCUUCAUGCUGUGCAAUAUGGCAAAGGGCUUUGUACAGCAAGACAGAGAAAGCUGCUAGCUCAAGACUCUCUGCCCACCCCUCUGCUUCUUCCUCAUCUUCUUCCUCUUCUAAAACCACCAAUACUUCAUGGCAGCCCCAUCAUUGUGACUAUCAAACUCUACCUCCCAAACCUCUACUUUUUACCAUUAACAUGAAUUUGGUGGUUUUCUCCAAACCAUGAACUUUUGGAAAAACAUUCAAAGCAUAGCAAUAUAUAAUUACAUAACUAUGAUAUGCAGUAUUAUGGUUAGCUAUUAGACUAAAGUACAUAGUACACUGAUAUUAGCAUAGCUGUACCAUAACUAUACCAUGAUAAUUUGGUGAAUGUAACUUCAUUCUGUAAAUAAUGAAGAGAUACAAAAAGGGCUCAAGGUACAUUUUAUAUGAUUUUAUUAUGAGUUGGCCAAUUUCAGCACUUUCUUUGCAAGUUAUUUGUGUAGCAAUUCUCUAUUUAUGCAUCAUGGAAGCAGUGUGAAAGCUGGGUAGGAACGGUGACAGUGUGUGACAGGGAGACAGCAGAUGCCUCCUUCCAUCCAAACAGGGGCUUACUCAGGACUGCAGCAGUCUUCCUGGGAGGGAAGGAUGACUAUGAAGUGCUGAUCAUAUGAACCAUGUGUUACGGUUAUUCCGUGAGAGGAGGUGAAGGAUUCAGGCUGCCUAUCAUGCAACAUGAAGUUGAAGACCACACUGUGGAUGGAUGGGUGGACAGACAGACAGGUAGACAAAUAGAUGCAUCAGAUGCAUGUAUAAAAAUGUGUAUGCUGCAUACUCAGCCUUGUGAAUAAUAUUAUGGUGUGUCGCAUACAUAUGAUGUGACACAUUUGCCUCUGUGUGGCAGUGGAGCAAUCUAUUCCUAAGCCCUACAGCCACUGUUCUUUAAGAAGGACUAAUCCUCAUUCUUGUUGGAUGUCUGCCAGCAUUUUCUAAAUGGUGAACACACCAAUGAAAAUUAAACUCAGUUUUUAAAAAACACUUUUAAUAUUUUCAGUAUGUGAGUACUUAGUGCUGUACAAUUAAGUGACUUGUGUUUUCUAGAGAUAUUUUUAAUUAGAGUUGCAUAACCUAGUACUGAUUAAACUUCCAAAUACACAGGCAGCUCACGUCUGUAAUUAGACAAAGUUGAACUCUCCCAAAGGAAGAGAAGGUGAAGUGAGCUUCCUCCAUCCCUGGUCUCAGGAGAGCUUUAUCAUCACCAUUAGAAGCAAAGCUUUCAAGAUACGUGUGAACAUCAGCACUGUGCCUGCACGUUAAGACAGUCCUUAUAGGUGAGGACUCCCGGACAAUGUCAGUUUACUGACAUCUUGUCUUAGCCCAAUACAGGGCUUGUUGGUUGGAAAUGUGCUAACGUAUUUAUCAAACCAACAAGAAUAAUGGUGAUUGUUGAAAAUAGGGUAAUCAGUGAUAAGAUUCAUUGUAUUCAUCUCUCUCCACUUAAAAAUGUAUUUCUUCCAUGGUUAAAAAAUGCUUAAAUAGAAUAAAAUUUUUGCAAAUUGGAAAACACUGUGAGGAACCAUUCCCCAGUGGUUUGAUGUGAAGAUCAUGGGAAAGACUCUUCUCCCGUCCACUGGGAUGUUCCUAGCAUCAGCUUGACUCUGUCUGUCAAAGCCAUUGUCUUUAGCUCUUUUAAGAAAAGAUAGGGAUUACUGUUUAUGAGUUUCACAGUGCCCUACUAAUCCUUAGCAGAUAAUGGCACCUAUUGUAUGCUUUUUGCUUCUUUACUUCUGAGAAAGUAAGCACCCUUCUCAGAAACCAAGGAGGGGGGCUCCAAGAAUGGCUCACAAGAUGAAUUCGCAAGUAACAUUUUAAAAAGAUCAAGAAUGACAUAAAUGUCCCAAAUAUUGUGGCUUCCAGAAUUUGGAAGGAAAAAAGCAUCCUAGAGAAGUGAAAGAAUAAAGAGCUGUUUGACUGCAGGAGUGUUUCUUAUUUCGUUCUCCCAACAGGCAACUCAGCCUGUCUCCAGCUCCUGGAUACGGGUGCUAGCUUCAGUCUCAUUGUGUUUCAGCUCUCUGAGUGGGCAGAGUAGAGCCGAGUUUCCCAGAGAUCAGAUUUUAGAGUGAGAAUAUUUUUAAAGAUUCUUGAGGAAAUCCAGAUCUACAUGUUCUUCGACUUGGGAGGACAAUUAGCUCUGAAUGAAGCUGUCAUGGGAAUAUAAAUGAAGGACCAGCAUAAGAGCAAGAUUUAACAGUGGGGAGGAGCUUUCUCUCCCCCAGGUGCAAAGCAUUAAACAUUUAAAGGCUCAUAAGCAUGUGUCUCUUAAAAUGAAAACCGGAAGGCCACUUACAUUUCAAUCCUACAGCCAGCUGUGAUGGGAAAACGAAAGUCAUUAGUAUCCUCCAUGAAAUUAGUAGAUGUCUUUCAUUCUUGCUGAUUUAAGGUGGUAGGUACAGGUAGGGUGUUGUCAUUGUUAGGAAUCCCUGAAAUUCUGACAACAGUGUAAGCAUCUGUGACCAUUACUCAUAAACUUAAAACAGUAACAGUUUGAAAUCAAGAAAAUGUUUGUGAACUGUGUUCCUGUUGCUACUAAUCCUGGAGGGACCUGGCACAUCCUUCCAUUACCUGUGAUCCAUGCAAGCCAAGAGUCCCCUGCAUUCAGGCCCUCACAGUGGUGUGUGGUGUGAGGCAGAGCUGGCGCACAGACUGUCCUGAAGGGCGCAUCUCGGUUCACAUUCCCUCAUGGUCACAAAUGCCUGAGACAAUCAACUCAUAAAUUGAAAAGGUGGAUUUUGGCUUACAAUUUUGGAGGCACCAAUCCAUGGUUAGUCAGGAGUGAGUAGCAGAGAAAAGCUACUUGCCAUAGAAGUCAGGGAGCAAGGAAAAGAAGAAGAGAAGGCUGAAGUCCCACAGUACCUCUCAAAGACAUGUCCCCGAAGGCCUGAAGACCUUGCACUAAGCCCUACAACUCAGUGGUUCCACUGUCUCUCAACAAGGCUCUAUUUAACACAAGGGCCUUCGGGGGACAUUGAAAAUCCAAACUAUAAUAGGGUGGAGAUAUAAAUUUCUGUUUUGAAGAUAACUACUCCACCAGGGUCAGCACCACGGAUUUCAGCGGGACAUUGAACUUGCUUUCUUAACCAGAGUAGGGAUAGACCCUGGAGAGAUCCAAGGAAGUAGAGAGCCAGUACUGAGAUGAGAUCUUCACCAAGUGGAUCCAGGGGCUCUGGGGCUGUUAUGCCACAGAGAGCUCAUGUAUUGGCAGUGUCCCAGGAUCCAUGAAAGGCUCACUGAACCUGUUCACCAGAGACCUAACACUGGUCCUCUCCAGGCAGCUUUUCCAGUGGACUUGGAAGAACCAUGGAACACAACUUCCUAGAUCCUGGGAUUCCCCAGUAAGUGGUGUUCCCUAGGCUCCCGGUCCUUAAAGGUAGUCACGUCUGUUUCCAUUUCUUUUCUGAGACACAGCAAUAAAAUAAUUAUGUCAGCAUGCUUUCUAAAAUGCAGAACUAUUUGAGAACAUUCCAAUCUACAUGGAUAGUGCCCAGCGGUGGUCCAGUGAGCAGGCUGUUAUGACUGGGUCAUUUGUGCCAUUUGCUGUUCACUGGUACACCACUUGCCUGUGGGUGUGUUGGCCACUAUAUAGGUCAGGACUGUUUUUAGCAUCUGACUCUCUUCCUCCUCCUCCUGAAGCACCCACAGAAUGAUAGGAUCCCAUUGGAGUGAGAAGAGACUAAGGCAGAGAGAAAAUCCAAGGUACUUUCAAAGCUGGUAAUCAGACAAAUUGCCUGAGCAAGUGCCAAAGUUGAAAAUGAACCACAAACAGUAGAGAGGCCAAGGGCCAGACCUACGCUACUGAUGAUCAGCUGUGACUGCUUCCUGCUACGUUGUGGGUUUAUGGUGUGAGGCGAAAUUGUCCUGAAAAUUCUUCUGUAUCUGCUCUUUUUAGUUUGUAUUUGUAUUGUGAGAUUACAACUUGCAAAGACAGUAGUGCUUGCUCUCUCCUUCUCUACCGCUCUCUCUCCCUGUCUCUCUCUCCUUUUUUAGCUUGGUUUUUCUCUUUUUAAGAUCAGGAACUUUUUGAGGUCAUUCUAAUUAACCUUUCAGUCACUUUUAGUGCUACCUUUGAUGAAUAAAGCCCAUUGAAAAGUCAUGUAUAAUUGCUUCUCCUAGGAUUUUGUCUUCUGUCUUCUUCCAACAAAGGAAGAAAGGUAUUAUUCCUAAAAAGACAUGCAAGUUUCACUCUAUACUAAAGGAUUUAAAUUAGAAACUCCCUAUAUCCAGUGUUACAUUUCUUGUGCUUUGAAAAUAGUAUGCUGGACGUGGUCCAACUUCAAUAAAGGCCCUUGUACGAAGAUGAGGCCACAUGGAAGAUGCUCAGGUUUUGCAUCUGUGCCGGCUAACAUUUGGUAUUAGGAUUAAGAAUUUAAUAAUAUUUUAAAAUAUUUAUCUUAUUCAAAUCAAAUUUUCUUCCUGAGACUCAAACCAAAUAAUCAGGCAAGAAUAAAAAAAUGAUUCGAACAAUAUGACUGAAAUGUCUGUGUAUGUGAAUUAGAAUUUUUCAAUCAGUCCACUGACUGAUGAAGGUACUUGAUUUGCUUUUGUGUUUAAUUAACAAUAAACAGCAAUGUACCUGGAAUUUCCUAAGUGCCAUUGAAUGUUUUGGGGUAGCAGAAGGAAAAAGAAAGCAGGAAGAAAUGUAAUUACUAAUUUCUUAAAAGUACAAGAAAUAUAGUUAACAGUUAUGUACUGUAUGCAUCAAAAACCUAGAAAAACAUUUUUGCAUGUUUUCACCAUAAAAAUGUGGUAGAUGGUUAAGAAAACAGAUAAGAAGUGUGAUCAAAACAUGUAGAAUAUACUUAAAUUUUAAAAAUUUAUGAUGGUCAAAGUCACACUGCUAUUAAUUCCCCUCAACAUAUUCCACUUUACUUUAAAAAUGUGUGUCCCAUCACUGUCAAAGUCCCGUUCUUGCCACUUUCUGAAGCAGCUUGUAGUUCAUCUUUAUGGCCGUUUCUGUCAAUUAAAAGUAUCAGUGUGUCCAGAUUCACCGCAUCACUGUACCCUGCUCCGUGCAGCUUCUUCCUCAAAGGCACGACAGCCAUGAAAGAUAAACAUUUCAGGACACUGAGGCAGCCACAGCAGUAUAACUGAAGACACUCAGUACAGAGGACUUCCAGAAUGACCUCAGAAAGCAGUAAAAACAGUAAAAUAACUAUGUUCAAAGUGGGCGGAGUAGCAGACUGGGAUAUAGAAAAGAAAUGGGAGGAAUAUUUUGGGUGAGAUUGAGGGCCAUGUGUCUUUCAUCAUAAUAAUUUCUUUUAAUUUUAAACAUUCACCGUAUUUUUGAAUCACAUCUCAUAUGUUUAAUCUGAUUUUAAACAUAUAUUUUUUCCAACAUCACAUGGUAUCCCACUAAUAUGUGCAAUUUUAGAUUUUUAUAUAUCAGUGCAGGAAAGAUCAAAACCACAGAAUCCCACGAUCUGUUCCUUGCUAAUGGAAGCCUUCGCAGUGCUGGAUGAACCUCUGCAAGUUGGCAGAGUGACCAAGUGGCUCACCCUGAGACCGAACCCUUCCCAGUAAGGAGAGGAAUGACUUUGGCACAAGGAAAUGACCUAAAGACUCAUUAGAGAUGAGCAUUUGCACACUUAGUUGCAUUAAGUGUGUUAACUUUUGAAAAGGUAACUUCAGUGAUGGAAGGUAAUUGGGUAGAGAAAUGGCAAAGGAAGAUGCAAGUUCAUUUAACAAGGUUGGUUUGUAUCAAUUUCUCUCUGCUUUCAUUCCCCAUCAUUGGUAGGGAUGUUACUUUCCUUCUAGUAUAGGGAGGGCCUUUUCCACAUGGGAAUUUUAAUGUCUUACCUUUAAAAAACUUCAGAAGGAUCCAGGAGGUCCUCAUGCUAUUUUUCAAAGACUUUUGACCCAGAGUAGUCAAUAAGGGGAACUGGGGUGUAGCUCAGUAGAAGAGCCCUUCCCCAUCAUGCAUGGGGUCCCAGCUUUAAUUCUCAAUCUCAACAAAAAAUAAAUAGAAGAUACUCAAAAUUUAGAGAGUCUGAAUUUUUUUCAAUUCUUUAUCUGUUCUAGAUAAAAAUCCUUUUAUCUGAGGAACAAUUGGCUAAAAUUUUUCCUCACUCUGUUAAAAAAAAAUCCGAAUUUCUUUUAAUGUACAAAAGCUUUUGUACAUUAUGAGAUCCUAGUUGUUGAUUCUCUGUAGUAUUUUCCAUGCAGUCUGAGUUUACUUCAUGAACUCUCUACUCACACCUACGUCUUCAAGAUUUCUGUUUUCUCUUCCAGUAGACUUAAUAUUUCUAUUUUAAUAUUUAGAUCCUUGAUCCAUUUUGACUUUAGUGCAUGAUGAUAGACAAGAGUCUAGUUUUAGUCUUUAAAAUGUAGACAGCCAGUUUUUCCAGCACCAUGUAUUAAAGAGGCUUUCUUUCUUCCAGUCGACAUGUUUUGCCCCUUUGUCAAAGGUAAAUGAUUGAGUGUGUUUGAAGUUGUAUCUGCAUCCUGUAAUCUGUUCCACUGAGCAUCAGGUCUGUUUUUUUACCAGUACCAUGCCGAUUUUAUCACAGUAGCUUUGUAGUAUAAUUUCAAGUCAGAGAUUGUGAUGCUCCCUGCCUUGCCUUUGUUUCCCAAAAUUGCUUUAUUUAUUCUAGAUCUCUUCUGGUUCCAAAUGAAUUUUAGGGAUGUUAUUCUGUAGUUCUGUGAGGUAUGCUAAUGAUAUUUUGAUUGGGAUUGCCUCAAAUGGCAACUUCACUAUGUUGGUUCUUGCUAUCCAUGAGCAAGGGAUAUCUUUCCAUUUUUUGAUAUCCUCUUCAGUCUCCUUUCUCAGAGUACUGUAAUUUUCCAUGCACAGAUCUUUUACUUCCUUUGUUAGAUUGAUUCAUAGGUAUUUUAUUGUCUUGACACUAUAGUUUUGUUUCUUUCAGAAUGUCAUACAGUGAAAUUAUACAUAGACUUCAAGUCUGAUUUCUUUCACUUAAUACAUGCAUUUGAGACUUUUCCAUAGUGUCACACCUAUCAAUAAUCUUCUUUUUAUUGCUGACAAGUAUUCCCUUGUCCAGGUUACCACAAGUUUGUAUAUUCACUGUUUGAGAGACUGAGCUGUUUCCAGACUUUAAUGAUUGUGAAUUAAGCUGAUGUGAACAAUUUUUUUGCAAACAUAUAUUCCUAUUUAUUUGGAUAAAUGCCUAAGGAUAGACUUGCUGGAUAAGGGCAGACCUAGUUAUAUUUUUUAAAAAAUACAGAUAAAGAGCAAAAUAAAAGAAAACUUGGCAGUAGGGAGAAGUUCAAAUAAUUCCCUAAAUUCUCUGUUCCAUUGUUUCAAAAAUAUUCAAAUAUAUUUGCUAAUUUUUUCAUUUAUACUGUUAGUUAUCUUAGUUCUUCAAGAAGCAAGUCUUAUGCUUUAUCCAUUUGUCUCUUUUUUGUGAGAGUCUUUUUAGUUUAUGACUUGUACUCUGAGUAACAUUUUGGUCAUUCUUUCAAGAUUAUGGUACACAAUGUAUUAACUAGUGUUAUUCUCUGUUUCAUUGUGAGAUUUUAUUUUUUCAUAGAAUAUUUCCUUAUUAAAAUGUAUGUAUUACAUUAAAAUAAAUGCCAAAUUAUUUUUCAAAAAAUAAGAAAAGAUACUCAAUUUGCUGAAGCAGCACAUUUGGGGGCGCCACAUUCUUAAAUCCUUCAUCCUUAAUGUAUCAGCUGUCAUGAGAAAUGUGCUUCAAUGUUCUUAUUUGCCUUUUCUCUCUGUGCAAGGGACUAUCAAUGGGGACUUAGAGUCUUUUUUAAAUGUAUUCAUAUUCAGCUAGCAUUGUUUCUAAUGAAUCCUAUAGAAGAUGACUGGAGAAGUAAAUCAAUUGACUAGACUCUUUUAGGUUUUCACAGAUACUGAUUAUCUGGACAAAUUUUAACAGUUAACCAUUGGAACGUUCCUCCCUCCUUUCCCAUGUCUCCACUUGACUCCUCAAUCAAAGGUCCUCAUGAAAUAACUGUCAUAUUACUCCCCAGAAUGAGCUUUCAGGGUGAGGGCGUGUUGUGCAGCGCAUGCCAGCGUGCAUCUCACAGAGCUGGGGCAGACUCGUGAUGUGGUUGUAGGGCUCUGUUUUGCCCUCAGUCUGUGCUUUGCUGAAGGGUAACCUUGAGCAUAUGUGACCCUGAAGACCCUUGGUUCACUGAAAACUGGAACAGGAAACCUUGACUUCCAAGCCACUCAUAAAAUACCUAAUACCCUACCAAUUUGAUAUUUACUGUACACAGCAUGAAAACAUGUACUACUUAUAACUUACAGAAGCAAUUUAGAGUGAUUUUAUGUAUAAAAAUAUAAACUCAUGUAUCUCUAAUGUUACCCUGUGUGGAUGAUAAAGGAUGCUUGAUGAUUAUAUUUUUUCUAUACUAAACUUUAUCUGGUCUUUGGAUUGGGUUGUUUAUAAGAGUUAUGGCUUAACUUCAGCCAUAUUUACAUUCUGUCAUGUUUGACCAAAGAACAUUUCAUCAAGAAUUCAGAGACCACAUGGGAUCCCAGAGCAUCCUCUUAACUCUCUAUGAGCUUCUGUUAUUUUUCAUCAUUAUGAGACAAUAAUCAUGCUUCACUAAGCAUUCAAAAGUUAAGUGUUCUGCUUUUUGUCAAAAAGAAAAAAGACAGACAGACAGACAAAAAAAAAAUCCUAUCUCUAGGGUUGGGGAUUUACAGUGUAGGGCACUUGCCUAGCAUGUGGAAGGCCAUGAGUAGAAUCCCCAGCACCUCCAAAACAAAACAAGGAAACAUACACCUAUUUUAAAAAUUGAUCUCUUUCAAUGCCUUAAAGAACUUUAAAACUCCAUAUGUACUUUCUCACUUCUUAAAGAACAGAAGCCUAGGUUUAUAUCUUUUUGGUGCUGUAGAAUCUGUAUUAACACAUCACUUACUGUCCUGUGCCCUGAAUAUGGCACCAUCAGUAUAGAAAUACUUGUCCUUUGUGCCUUAAAAUCCCCUCCCCACUUCCAUUUCUGUGAGCUGUCACUUCUGUCAGCCAACUCUUGCUUUCUAUUUUAUGCUUGCAGUGGCCAAAUAACAAAACAAAACAAAAACAGCCUAUCUGAAUUCUAUCUCAAUUGCAGCUGACAUUACAGUAAAAUAGGGUGGAGUGGGAGCCAGGGCUGCUUUCUGGUGAUUUCACUGUGUGAGUUUUAACACAUGGAUUUGUGCCAUCCGUUCCAGGGCUCCAUGGCUUUUUGGCUUCCUGCUCACUAGAAAUUUGAUCGAGACACUGAUAUGCUAUGGUGACUUAAAACUCCAGAAAGCGCUUUAAAGGGAUUCUUGAAUUCACAAAGAGAAAGAAAAUUUGUUAAAUCUGUAUCAAAAAAUGUUUCUAAUUAAAGCAAUGUAAGGAAACUAUCAACUGAGUUUCAGCACAAUUGUCUAAUUUAAGAUCACUCUCUAGUCCACUGGUUUCUUUAAAUAAGAAAAAACUGACACGAUGUGAAAGGCUCUUCUCCCAUAAGCUUCAGCUCAUGGUCUGGAGGACUUUUAAUUUUCUUGCAUUUUUGCUAAGCAACCAUGAGCCCAGUAUAAAUUUUGCAAUUCCAUGGAGGCAAAUUAAAACUUUUCCUGAUUUUUUUCUAAAAACCAACAAUGUGAGGCUUGAAAACAGCUUAAUAACCUCAUUAGAGAACUUUUGCAAUCUGCAGUUCUGUCCAGGUGCAUUUUAAAAUAACCUUGUAGGUACAUUCUAAAUGAACAAAGUCUGAACAAAGGUGUUCAGAAAGUAGCCAGUCCUGUCAGAGGCCCAUCUCAAAUUGGUUGAGCUGAGACUUCAGUGUUUUAAAUCUUUUUUCUUCUACAAAUAUGUCUCUUAUAUUUGGAGUAUUGGUACUAGAACAAAAUUAUGCAUUUUCUCUACAUCUGAAUAAAUCAAUGGUAGGCAGUUUUCAUAAAUGGAGUGUCCAUGUAAGCUUUUAAAUGUAUAAUUUCCUUAUUUGUAUAAUUAAAUUUCCCAAUGAUGCAAAUUAGGAAAUUAGAUGAACUUUAAAACAACCAUUUAAAAUGUAAAAAUUUCACUUUUACUGAUAGCAUUAAGUCUCACUAAAGGUUGUAUUCAAUUCCAAACACAGUCAUCUACCUUAUCUUUGACAAAGGAGCAAACAAGGUCACUGGAAGACAGAUAAUUUCUUUAAUAAAUGGUGCUGGAAAAAAUGGUUCUCCACAUAUCGAAGACUAAAACUAGCCCCAUGUCUAUCAUCAUGCACUAAACUAAAAUCAAAAUGGAUCAAGGAUCUAAAUAUUAAAAUAGAAACACUAAAUUUAGUGGAAGAAAAAACAGGCAGAAAUCUCAAUCAUUGGUAUAGACAGAGACUUCUUGAACACAAUCCAGUUUGCAAGAGAAAUAGUACAAAGAAUUGAUAAAUGGAGUCAUCUUAUAUAUAUAUAUUUUUUUGGUCUUUUUCCUUUUUUUUUUUUUUUUUUUUUUUAUCGGUACCGGGGAUCAAACCCACGACUGCCUGCUUUCAAGGCAGGCGCUUAUGCCACUGAGCUAAAUCCCCAGCCCCUGGAGUCAUCUUAUUUAAAAAAAAAAAAAAAAAAAAAAAAAAAAACUUUUGCACAACAGAAGAAAUCACCAAUGGAGUGAAAAGACAACCUGCAAAGUGGGAAAAAGUUAUAUCCAGUUGUCCCACAGACAAAAGACUUGUAUCUAGAACACAUAAAGAAAUGAAAAAAGCAAACACCCUCCUCCCACCCAAAUUCAAAGACCCAAUCUAAAAAUGGGCACUAGAGGAAUCUGCACUUCUGAGAUAAAGAAAUACAAAUGGCAAAUAAAUACAUGAAAAAAUGUUCAACAUCAUUUGAGAGAUGCAAAUUUAAACAACACUGAGAUUCCAUCUCACCCCAGAAACAAUGGCUAUCAUCAAGAAAUAAACCAGUAACAAAUACCAGCAAGGCUGUGAGGAAAAGGAACCCUUCUCCACUGGUGGUAGGCAUGUAGGCUGGUGCAACUGCUGUGGAAAUAAAAGUAGAAAUGCCUCAAAAAAAAAAAAAAAACCCUCAGGAUUAGAGGUCCCAUUCAGUCCAGCUAUUCCCCCUAUGGGAAUCUUUCCAGAAGAAUUUAAAACCUAAUACCACUGCAAUACAUGUACAUCCAUGUUUAUAGCAGCACAGUUUUUAAUAGCUAACUCUUGGUAACAAUCCAAAUAGCCCAUCAACCAAAGAAUGGAUAAAAAAGAGAUGUGAUGUUUUUAUGUCAUGAUGUACUACUUAGCCAUAAAGAAAGAUAAACUGGAGACUCAAAGGGAUGCAACUUGAGACCACACUCAUGAGUGAAAUAAAUCAGACACAGAUGUAUGAACACAGUCUCACCGGUGUGAGGAACAAGUAAAUAAGAUCUGAAAUGUGUAACAGAUAUUGCAGAAUGGGAAGAAACUAUUCAAAACAAAAGAGAAACUGGGGUGAAAAAGGGUAAAGGGAAAAAGGAAAAAAAUAUUGGUAUGCACAAGAUAAGAUAGCAAUACAGCUCAUGUCUCUAAGUUCAUUGAAAAGAAAGUUUUGUGCUAAUAUUGUUUGGACAAGAUAUGAUGCCCAUACCUUGUACGCUGAAUAACUACUACAAAGACAACAAUAUAUAGUGUAGCAACUAUUGAAGUACUCUUACUAACCCGUUUUGAAACUCAGUUUCAUUGUUAUGUCAAAAAAAUAAUAAUCACAUAACCACCGAGUGCAGUAGUUUGGUAGUGUUCCUUCCAUCGCAUAUUCUAACCCAGAAUGUUAAAGCUGGCCUCGGCUCUGUGCUGCCCUGCAAGUCAGUGGACGCAUUUGGGAUGGGUUUCACCCAUUCGUUCUUCGUAGUUUUGUAGCUUGUAGCCUCUCCUAUGUUCCAGGCACAUUCAUGUAACCUGUGACUGCUCCAGCCACAUCACCACGGCUGCCCCCAAGGCAUCAUCCUCAGCUGAUUUCAUUUCUCCGGGAACCCCACUCCCUCCCUUGGUAUUAUACUCAUCUCCAAUUGUCCCCUCUGUCCUGGCAUCUUGUCAUUUCUCCAGAUACAUUCCGCUAACCAUAAGGCAUUUUGAUUUGGAUACUGAAGCUCAUUCCAAAAAUGAUACCACCUGCUCCAUCCCACCCUCGGCCCAAAGCAGAGACUUUCCCACCGCCCCCAUCAUGGUAGGGUCCCACUCAAGUUUGUUACAGAAGAGGAUGUCAGCUAGGCAACCAGGCCCUGGCAUAACUAGGGGAAUGGAAAAGGUGUGGAAGGUUCCCUCGAUGCAAGCACUGAGGGUAGGUGGGCGGGUGGGGCGUGUUGAGAGAUGCAUUGCAGAGAUUCACGCGGGCACAAAGGCUCAAGCACACGAUUGCAUUCUCCAGCAAAGUCCUUAGGAAGAAAACAUCCUCAGAAUAGUGUAAGAAACUGGAGGAUUGUAGUCCCUAAUAUAAAAGAGCUCAAGGACGAAACUGAGAAGAGCACUGAGUUACUGAAACUAUGGUGCCAGCAUCAGAAUAUUCUGGCAAAGCGACCUUCUCCCUGAUUCACCCAGCAGCGCUGAUACAGAUUAAGGGACUCACUUAGCACUCCACCCUCAGCACCUGGUUCUGUGCCUUAAUCACAGGCUGUGCUGAAAAUGAAACCAGUAGAAGAAUUAGUGGAAUCCACAGAUGACUUACUCACGUGCAUUCCUCGACAUGAAGCAGGGUAGAUGGUUGGGUUGCAGCUGUGCUUCCUGACUGACCUGAAAUCCCACCCUGAAUGGGCAGGCCAGAAUGCACCUCUAGUUAGGGGUGUAUCUUCCGAGAUAAAGCACCACUAAUAAGACUGUCCCUGGUAUUCCUGAGACGUUCCCUUUUGUCAUGAAGGAAGAAAUGUAAAUGCUGCGUUUCAUUUCUCAACUCUGCUAUCCAGCACAACACUUGUUUUCAUUUUUAUUAUUAUUUUCAUGUUCAUUGUCAUUGUCAUUGUCAUUUUGCAGUAGAGGGUAUUAAAUCCUGGAGCAGAUGUAUGCUCGGCCAGUGCUUACCACAUAGCUGCACUCCCAGCCCCGUUUUUAAAUUCCUCCAGUCAAUAUCUCCCAGUUUCAAAAUCCUAUUAAAAGCUUCCAGAGCUUUUCCCUUCAUUUAAUUUGAUAAUGUGUUGCAGUCCAGUUUGAAAAUAAUAAUUAACAUAGUUUGAAAGCUUCCUCAAAAUAGGUAAGUAUGUUCAAAGCUGUGCUUCGGUGAUUUGACUAAAACCGCAAACACAAACAUAACCUUCUGUUAAUCCCCUCCUCUUCUUUUUAUAAAAUACAAAACGAUAGAGAAGCAGCUUCAACUUAGCUGUCAUUCAAAACUUGCCCUUCAGGAUCAUGCCUAAUCUCCUUUCUUCCCGUAUUCCUUCCACAACCAUUAAAAUAGUGUGCUAGAACCCUUCCAAGAGCAAAUGCUGGGACCGCCCCCUUGCUGCUCUGAAGAUGGGGUCACAGCCCCUCCUGCACCCCUGCAGGACUUCAUCCACAAAAGCAGAGAGGCCAAUUCCAGUUGUCACCUAUUCACGGGACCCUUUCAGAAUUUGUAACUCAAAAGGGUUUGCAAGAGAAGUCCUAAUUCCAAUCUGCCCCCAAGAAGUUCCUGCCCAGGUAAUCAGCCUGUCAACCUCUGCCUUUCCUUCUACUCAAGUUCUACCUGGUGGCCCUGCCCCUGGGGGAGGCUCCCCUUCUGAAGCCUUAGCAGCCUCUGCUCUGUCCGCUGUUCUCUUGGCCCUGAGCUUAGCGGCUUCCUCAGCAGACAUGGGCUCUCACUUAGCUUUCUGCAAACACCCAAUGCCUCGCCAUCCUCUGUGUCUUCCCCAUAGCAAGGAGGUAGCAGGUGUCCGUUUGUGACCUCCUGGUGAUGAUGGUUACUGUUGAUUUCAUUACAUGGAGAAACUGCAUUUGGAAAGCAGAGGGGAAAAUUAGCCAUUCAGUCUAUUCAGACAAAUGUUGGAAAAUUAUUUCUCCCCAGGAUGUACAAGGUUCUCUCAAAAUCUGCAUAUCAGAGGCAUUAGAUUUUGGCUCAGUUUGAUUCUGUUCUCUUUUUAUUGGCAUUUAUUAAAUAUAGACGAUCAAAAGUUAUUUUUUAAAGAUACAGCUUGGAAUCAAAAUAAUGAAAUGCGCCUACAGCAUCCAGUGCUUAUCCAGUGCAUUAACUGAGAACAUGCUCAGUAUUUGGUGAGUCAAAUUAAACCACCAAAAGCAUAAACUUGUUUUGGACACCAGCCUUCUCAAUUCAGAGUUCAGUUUACGUUUUUGAAACAGUCCUUUUGAAAGUUACCUCCCUGGUAGGUUUGCAUUGUUUAGAUCCAAUCCUCUCCAUACCUUUUUCCACCCUGUUUUACCCAAAAUAAAAAUAAACUAUGGCUCAGGCUUGUUAGUUAGUGGUUCCCGUCAUUUCAAUCCUGGGCUGUCGUGUCGUACUGCAUGGUAACCAUAUUGCUGCAGAGACCCAGGCUCUCACCCGUGCAUUGGGAAUGGGGAUGCGUCAGGCCACUCCUGGUGGUGUUCUCCUAGGGAGAGAUUCCUGUCUCUCCAGGAAUCCCAAAGGAGAAGGAAUCUUCAGGCGGAGAGGAAAGUAUCUGUCUGCUGGACUCGGUGGGGGUGGGGAAGCAACGGCAUGCGCCUUCUGCAGUAGGAUGGUGGUGUAUCUGCAUUCAUGCUAAGGAACGUAAGAUGAGGAAGGUCUGACCUUCUUGGGGCCCAAGCAUCAAAGAUGGCCCAGUUUUCCUGAAGGCAGCAUAGGGGUAACAACACUAUCAAAGGGAAACCAAGCCAGACAAGAGUCAAAGGAGACAGCACAGAUUUUAUCCCAGAGGUUUGUAGUAGGGGAGAGAGCUAGCUCAGUGUCACCUGAGCUCUACACCAGGGCAUAAAAGGCAGGAGGCCUUUUGAACACUGGGACAUGGUAAUGGAAAAGUACUGCCUGGCUUCAAGGAUGGGACUAGACCAUCUGUGUCUGCUAACUGGUGCUUAGAAAGUUAGGAUCUCGCCUCCUGCAGGCCCUCCACCAGGAGCGCAUCCCGAGAGAGAGGUGGUUUCCUUCUUAGUGAUUACAUUUCAAAGGAAUGGCCCCAGGCCCUUCAGAAAGAGAUGUUCCCGGGUUGCAGAAGAUACACACACACACACACACACACACACACACACACACACGAUGUGAUCAAAAUACACAAUGACCGUGUUAUCUUUAAAAUGCAUGACAGUAGCUGACACAUGGUCAUGAAGCCUCCAUUCAAACAUACUCUGCCCGUCAUUCUUGCCACUUUCUGAAGCAGUUCCGGCAUUCCUCUUUCGUUAGUGUCUUUACAAAGUGUGAUUAGAAAUACUUUACAGUGAUUGCUGCUGUGGAUGGAGUAUAAUCCAAUAGAAAGGCAACUCAAAACAGUGUGUUCUCAUCCACUCUGUUCUCUGGGUCCAGUUCUGGGUGACUUCUGGACCUUCCGCAAAGCCAAAAUGAUCAUGAAAGGUAAAGGUUUGAAUCAAUUCAGGGCAUCAAGGCAGCCACAACAGUGUAACUAAAGACAAUCACAUUAAGAGGACUUUCAGAACUGCUUCAGAAAGUGGCGAGAACAUUUGUGAAGUGUGUAUGAAGUGAGGAAAGAUGUUUUUAUGCAGAUUAGCGUAAUGGAAGUGGGUCUUUUACUGUAAUAACUUGUUUCAUUUAACUAUUCAUCAUAUUUGUGAUCAUGCCACAUACACACUUCAAAAGGAUAGAGAAAGAUCUCACAAUUACAAGUUUUCUAAGUCAGUACUCUAAAAUAAGGGAGUUUAAGAGGCCCAUCAUCAGAUGUUGGCUGGAGCAAAUAGCAAAUGCUGUUGGCAGCUUUGAGCUCUCUCAGGCAAGCGUUUCUAGGGAACAUAGAUUGUUGUUCUAGGGACAUGGCUUUGAGCUGCCAAGAGCUAUGCGAGGUUCGCUGGUGUAGAGGGCAGAGGAAACCGUUUGUGCUGAGACUGCAGUCCUGGCAGGCCAGGGUGGAGGCCUCCGAGGAGGCUGACCGCAUUUCUGUCAUUGUUACCACCUUGGGAAAGUUCAAGAGGAAAACACGAAGGGAGUCACAGGGACCCUGGCCCCACCACCCACGGAGGAGGAGCCCGUCCUUCCAGUGGUGACCUCAGGGCCUCGGGAUAUACGUUAAUGAGGAAAAUGUCAUUGCUUCCACAGCCAGCGUUUGUUAAGUGACUUGUUUUGAAGCACACUGUUUCUGACUGUCCUUUGAGAUUUUCUUCUUUAUAAAGUCAAACAUUAUCUUCGGAGAAGAGUUAGGAUUGCAAAGAGCCACAUCCAAAGUUAUGAUGAUUUUCAUCUGUCUCCAGCUAUGUUAGAUCAGGUGAUUAGAAGUUUAACAUGCCACGGAGCCUUAAAAUGCAUUUUUCAAUAGUCACAGUUUUAUGCUUAGUUAUGAAGGAAAUCACAUCAAGGGUUUAUUUUAUCAUCUGUCAUUUUUUGUCACAGAGUUUGAAAUCUUGUUCUUCCUUCUAACUUAUAAGAAAGCUCCAAUUUUCAAAGUUCUUACCCUUGAAUCUGCUAUGACCAUACAUUAAUUCUGUGCCACUAAUUGUUUUUAUCAAUAAAGUUUUAUUUACAGCCACAUUCAUGCAUGUGCGUACUCCAUAUAGCUGUGGGGAUUGAGUUGAGCAGUUUCCACAGAGGCUGUGUAGCCUUCAAACCUGAAGACCUGGUUAGCAGGUCCUCACAGAAAAGGUUCAUGGACACCUGCUCUGCAUACUCAGACUAAUUCAUUUUUCCCUGGGAUUACAGGGCACACCAUCACACUGGCUCUGUCUUUAGUUUGAAAAUAAAAAUCAAACAAUAUUAAUAAGGGAUUUUCUCUUUAAAAAAUAAUAUCUUCUUUUAACCUUAUUCAUCCUUUGCAUAAAAUCUAUUUGUUUUCUCUCUCUAAAUAUCAAGAGUCUCCCCUCAAGGGGUCAAAGGAAACCCCUAAAUUGUGACACUUAUUUCCAUGUCCUGAGGUGAGGAGGCAGCAACUUUUAAAAACAUUUAGGGUCACAGACAAAUAUUAUAAUUCAUGACUUCACAAUUUCCUUCUCUCUGAGUUGUGGCAUAGUAAAACCAUACUGAUGACUUCAUACCCAUUAAGGUGGCUUUGCAAAACAGAAAACCCUAAGUGUUGGUAAGGAAGCAGAGAAAUUGGAACACAUGUACACCUUUGGUGGGAAUAGGAAGUGGUACACUGUUAUAGAAAACAUAAUGGUAGUUCUUCAAACAUUUAAAAAUAGAAUAUAUAAUCCAGCAUUUCCGAGUAUAUAUGCAAAAGAAUUAAAAAGCAGAUUCUCAAAUAUUUGCACACCAAUAUUCAUAGCAGCAUUAUACACAAAAGGCAGUCAGUGGACACAACCCAGAUGUCCAUCAACAGACAACUGGAUAAACAAAAUGUGGCAUAUAAUACAGUGGAAUACUAUAUAGCCCUAAAAGAAAGGAAAUUGUGACACAUGGGACAUCAUGGAAGAAACUACAGGGUGCUAUGCUACGUGAAAUAAACUAGUCAUAAAAAGACAGAUAUUGUAUGAUUCUACUUGCAUGGGUUACCUAGGAGACUCCAAUUCAUAAAAAACAAGAAGGAUACUUACCAGGAGCUGGGGAGUGAGGAGGUGGAGAGUUCCUGUUUGCCAGGUACAGAAUUUCAGUUUUACAAGGUGAAAAAGUUCUGGUGAUGUUUGCACAAUAAUUUGCGGUUAACACUAUAAGUGACCAAGAUGAUAAAUGUAUUUUAAGUCAUAUGUUUUUACCACAAUAUUUUUUACAAAGAAACUAGAGGGAUGGUGUCCCUGUGCUAAUAACUGUGGUGCAAAGUGACAGCGGCAGAGUUCCUGUGUCCCAAUCUGUCACUUCGCUUAGUUACCUGUGCCGCGUGGCAGGAUGCUUUACUGAGACGAUAGGUGACCUCAGGCGAGAUUUUCUAUUAUGCUGAUGAUGCUGGCACAGGGCCUUAGAUGAGUCCACCAGAAGGAAAACAAGGCAUUGAAGGCUGACGUUUGCCUUUGCACGCUGUGGAGAACACCUGGGUUCCCAUCUGUAUGAAAUACUUCACACCCUCCUCCCGCCCCUUCCCCAGAAGCCACAGCCAUCUGUGGAUCAGAACUGAAAUUCUAAAUCACCCCCUUUGCUCAGACCUUUAUUCAGAUCAACCCUCACCCCUCAGAUCCAUGGGGAGCCCAUCUUUCCAGCUGGGAAAGGGCUGGACAGCACCAUGGAGCACAGCCCAGUCAUGAUGCCAGUAAAGUCCUGUUUAAGCCAAUCAAAGGAAGUGAUUUUUGGUAUUUUUAUUUGUGAAUUCAGGAUUGCACACAUGUUGCUUCUACUGUGCAGCCCACAUUUACUUCAAAGGCAGCGCAAAAAUGCCCACGAGCAAUGAGGCUCAGAAGUUGCAAUCACAAAGAUAAGCAGAGAAGGUUCCAUAUUCACUGAGGGGUGCGAGAUGCUGCCUGCCAAGCCUUGGCUGCAUGGUCAUUGAUGCCAUGAGGACUGAGGGCAUUGCGGGAGGCUCCGGGAGCGCUGUGCACAGCUCUGCUUCCAGACCUGUCUUCUCUUCUGCGUGCUUCAUGAGCUUUCUGCUCCUUUUCUUUGCAAUGUUUGGGAGUUAGUUUGUUGUGGGUUUUUAUUUGUUUGUUUGUUUGUUUUUAGCUUUCCCAAUUACAAUGAGGGCAAAUGUUUCAUUCACAAAACUGCCAUUUCAAUACUCGGAGAUUUUUUUUCCAAGUAUGGUUUGCAGAUACCAAAGAGGGAUUGUUCUUGAAUGCAGAUGGAUAAUCCUGCUGGAGGAUAAUGGGUGUUUGGUGGUGCUGUUCGUGUCAUGAGCUGAUGAAUGCUUGGUUGAGGCACAAACACUGUUUUCAGUGAAAGCAUUAAGUCAUGGAAGAAACAGCAAUCGCAGAAAAAAAAAGACAAGGAAGGGUGAGGCGCAGAACAGAAAGGACAGUCCUGAGCUACUUAGACGUUUUCUUAGAUUUGAAAGGUUUUGUUAUUCAACAAAUACAGUUUAAAGUGAUUUAAAGAAAAAAUAAGAAACACAAUAAGUACUGUUUCUCUUGAAAAAACUUUCUGGUAAUUUAAAAACCCUCUCCAGAAGAAAACUUUAUUCCCAGAUAGCUUUACUAGUGAAUUCUUUCAAAUAGAAAGAAACAAAAUCAGCCAUACCAACUCCAGGAGAUAGAAAAAGACAAAUGUGUUACUUGUAUUAAGAGGCCAGCAUAAACUUGAGAGCCUAACGUGCUUAAGAUGUUAGAAGACAGGAGAAUUACAGGCCAGUAUCUCUCAUUAUAUAAGUGUAAGAUAUUUUAUAUACAGUGCCAGGACACUGAUUCUUUUUUUUUUUUUUUUUUUUUUAAUCGGUACCAGGGAUCGAACUCACGACUGCCUGCUUACAAGGCAGGCGCUUAUGCCGCUGAGCUAAAUCCCCAGCCCCUUGAUUCUUACAAGUAUAUUUAAAAGAAUAACAUGUUGCAAUGAAGUUGGAGUGGUUUUGGGAAAGCAGAGUUGGUUUCAUAUUAAAAAUAUUGAAAAUCAAAAAUGAAGAUGUGUACCAUGUUCAUGGACUGGAGGCCUCAAAACUGUAAAGAAAUCACUUCUCUCUGAAUGGAUAUCUAGAUUCAGUCAGUUCCAACCCAAGAUUCAAAAGGUUUUUAUGGAAAUGGACAAACCAUUUCUCUGAACUAGCAAAAGUUCAGAGGCACAGAGUAGCAAAGACAAUUGAAGAACUAAGCUGAAGGAUACAGGACUGCUAGACGUCAAGACAAAUUAUGAGGGCACUGGGAUUUAGACAGUGUUCCAACAAUUUAAACGAACAUGUAAGAUGGCUAAAGACACCAAGUGUCCAGACGGAGAUGCAUGCUUCCAUAACGCCCUGAAUAAAGUCAAAAUUGCUCUUGUAAUGAAAGAGGGUCUGCAAAAGAAGUGAUGCUUUAUCAAAUGAUUAUUAACUUACAAACGUCUCGCUACUGCUCAGUAUUUCUAGAUAAGUCAUCAGAACCAGUAGCCUAUCUACUGGUGUCCUCAUCACCCGAGAUGACGGCUGAGAAGUGACUAAGCAGACCUUUGCCUUCCUACGUAUGACCUUUGCUUUAUCAUCACAUGAAUAUGAGAGAAUGAAAUUUCAUAAUUUUGUGAGCUGAUUUCCUUUAGACAUUUUAUUUUUUUCAAAAGUAGGAGAACACUAAGAUGGAUUGAAACUCAAAAAUCUGCAUGUUCUAAAAUUUGAAAUGUUUUAAGUGCCACAGGUAGAAAGUUUCAGGCCUGACCUCAUGGGAUAUGUUAUAAUCGAAAGAUAGGUACAUAAAAAUACUGUUUUAAAUUGCUUUCAGGCUAUAUGUAUAUGAAUGUAGAGUUGGGCUCCAUCCCCAAGAGCUCAUUGUGUGUGCACAAAUAUUCCACACAUCAAAAAGAAUCUGAGCUCCAAAGCACAUUUUGGUCCCAAUGUUUUAAAUAAAGGAUCCUCAACCUAUAAAAACAGUCACAGCUAAUUAAGUUUUAUGUGCCAGCUAUGUGUUUGUUCUUCUUAUAUGAAAUCUCAUUUAAUGAUAAUUAAUUAUAAAACUUUUUUUAAAAUUUUAUUUAAGGAGAAAAAGAAAAAAAAAGCAGAGAAAGGGUACAAGUUAUACAGAUUUACAGAAAAAAAUAAACAGUAGGAAAUCACUAGUUAAUGGAUUACAUAUUGUCAUCUUAGAAAUAAUCGUUCAAGUUACAAAAUUAAAGCUUAUAAAGUGGACAUUCCAACAGUGAGACUGCAAACAGUUCUGUUCAAUGAUCCAACAAAACUCAGUAAUAUCAUUAUCUAUCUUAUACACUUAAAUAUACAUGCAGUUAUAUCGUUUAGAGCACUUUCUUUUCCUCUCUUUUGUACAAUGACAAUUACUCAUUUUGGGUUUUGUUGCUCCCACAGUUCUUAUUACUUUUUUGGAAGAGAGUAGAACCAAAUGUUACAUAACAGAACAGAGUCAGUCAAAUCAAAAGGGUGGACAUACUAGGUAAUGUAAAAGCAUAAUACAAGGUGAUCAACAAUGGUUACCAGAAUGCCUCCUGCUAUCUCUAAUAGAAUUGCCUAUAUCAUCAGUUAUAAUAAAAUUGAACAAAACAGUAAAGAACAAAGCCAACAAAACCAAAACAUUGGAGAGAUUAUAGGUCUUCAAAAGUAGAUAAUAGUCAACCGGAAUGGGCGUCAUAAUGAAUCCCACUGUCUUCACAGCUGUUGCCUAAACUUUCGAACCUGGUACUAUCAAACAAAACAGAAUAGAGGGACAUCAGUCAAAACAAGAUGGUGAGAGCAAUACAGGGCUUUAAAUCAAGAUAAUGGAGAGUCAAAGUAGGUUACUAUAAUAUAUCCUGCUAUUUUUUUUAUUUUUCCCUUAAAAGGAUAAAAAUAAAAAUGUAAAUAAUAAAAUGGAGAUUGAGAUAAAAGAGGGCAUAGCAACAAAACAGCACAGAUCAAAACAUAACCAUUUAAGCAAAAUAGUGUUUCACCACAAGAUAAUCCCGACAUAAAAGUAGUUACCAUAUUGUCUCUUUCCUUGAAAUCUUUGAGUAUAACUUCAUAUAUUGUAGCAUCAAAUAUAUGUAAUUAAAAAACUUAAUGGAAUGAUUUCAGAGGUGACCACACACAUUACAAGUGUUACGGAAAAAAAUAUUUGUAUCACUCCAAAAUCCAUAUGUGGAAUCCUUAACACACAAAGUGGUUAUAUUUGGUGUGAAGAAAUAAAGUUAAGGGAGAUCUUAAGGGUGGGACCCCAUCAAUAAGAUUAGUGCCCUUGUCAGAACAGGUACUAAAGAGCUCCCUCAGGCUGGGCACACAGUGAGAAGGUGCCUGCCUGCAAAGUAAGAAGAAGACAAUCACUGGAAAUGGAAAAGGCCAGCAUCUUCAUCUUGAAUUCACAGCUCUAGAUCUGUCAGAAAAUGAAUUUCUAUUGCAAUACGUAAAAGAACAAAAUUCUGCACUGGAGAAAGCAAAAUUGUUAAGUGUUUCCUUUAUAUAUGCCCUUUGGCCUAUUUGUACAACCUUGUCCAUUUGCAGGUAGGCUUAAUAAACUGUGGGUGUAUUCCUAGCUUGUUGAAGCUUAGGGGCCAGUUUAAUGUCAUGUGUAUGUGCACACACUAGAAUCCCCUGGCCUAGCUCCAGUCUAGCUCUGCACCUUGGGCAGGCCAUUUAACCUCCCCCUAAACUGCCAGAUGAAGAUAAUAGUGACAACUUCCUGGAGUCAUUGUAAGGUUUUACAUGAAGUCCUGCAUAGAAAGCACAUAGUGUGGGGCUCGUGGUACAUGGUAAUGGUUACAUCUUCACACAAAAUGGCUCCUUCAGGCAAAAUAUCUGACAUAGCUGUGUAUAAUUGUUUUCUUUUUUGUUUCGUUUUGUUUUGGGGGAGUUUUUCGUAGAUUGUGGUUCACAAUUAUUAGCUGACUUCAGCUCUGACUAUACAUAACAGGAACUAAUAAAACCCCUCAGUCUAGGCAGGGGGCAUAGCUCAGUGAUAGGGCAAAUGCUAAGCGAGUGUGAGGCCCUGUGCUCUAUCCUCAGCACAAAAUAAAACAAAUACCCUCCAUCUAAUGCUGACGUUUUUUCCCUCUGACGUUUCAAAGAGUCAGAGACAAGAUGUUCUAGCUCCCCAGAUCUUAGCUCCAUCAUGGCAGCAGGCUUCAUCUGACCAGGAGUAGCAAAGCCAAGCACACUUGGAGAAGCAAGCACGCUUACUUUCUUGAACCUGGCACACAAAACACUCACAAUAAAGGCCCUGUUGUCUUUCAGGUAACAGGUAGUAGCAGGAGUACCACACUGUUCUGGCAGAAUUUAAUUUUCACAUCUAUCACAAAGCAGUCAAUCAUAAUCCGGUGAGUGGAAUGAAAUCUAGUGGACCAUUAUGCUUCCUAGAUCUAGAAGGAUAAGCUCACCCAGCCCUAAAUCAAUGACUUUUCCUUGUCCUUUGGGGAGGGGGCAGAGCUGCUAGAAGCAGCAGAGAACAUAGUAGAAAUGUGAAUUGUGAUCAUGUCUGAGCAUGAUCACAAAAGAAUUAGCUGUUAUGACACUGUCUUACAAGUCAUAGAAGCAAGCCCUGAAGCAUCAAGACUUUAUUUCUAACAUCAACAUCCUCAUCACACUAGAUUCUCUCACCAGAGCGUCCGUCAGUUUCACAUUUAAUGAAUCAGUCUGUCAUCACAGGUGACAUGGAAGUGAAAGAACAAAGUGAAGACUGUAAAUGAGGCUCCACAGAGAUUAUUUUUCAGAUCUUUAUCAAGUCGUGUUCUGCCACGUCCCUCUAACGGGACCAGUAAAUGAAGAAGGAAGUGAUUCCUUUGCAUCUUGCAGCUCUCAGAAGAGACAGCUGUUAGAAUUUGAAAUUGUCUGUGCCGGUUACAACAGAUAGAAGAAUGCACCUGCAAAUUGUGAUAUAAACUCCUAAGAUGUGCAGCCUGGUGCUGGCAAAAGUUUGUCCCCUAACUUGCUUCUGACAUACCAUGUUAAGGAUGGACUCCAGGAGUAGCACAGCCUGUUUCCCAAAUUCAGACUCCUUAAUUUCUGCAAAAGAAAGUAUGUAGCUUUUAUUGCAUGAUAAUCACCCUCCCUUUCAUCCUCAGGAAUUAAUUUAAUGACCAACUGCAUGAGUUCAUUAUAUGGUGGCUGAGUCUUUUGUCUUCCUCCAAGGCUUUCAGAGGUACGAUGAGAGGAACUAGUGAGAAUGUCUUCUGCAUGUUUUUGUUUGGGGAACAUAAGACAUAUUUUAAAAUGGGGGUAAGAAUUCCAGUGCAGUUUCACCAUGUAACCACAGCCCAAAUCAAAAGAGUAAAUUACUAUCAGCACUCAGGAGCUCCCUCCAUGCCUUUCUAUUGUUUAUCGGUACCGGGGAUUGAACUCACGACCACCUACUUUUAAGGCAGGUUCUUAUGUGGCUGAGCUAAAUCCCCAGCCCCCCUCCAUGCCUUUCUGACUGCAGUUACCUCCUUCCAGGUUGAAGCUGUUGCUCUGGUUUUUAUUGGAGGCAUUUUCUGUGCUUUUCUCUGCAUCUCUACAUUAUGUAUUUAGUUUGGCCCAUUUUUGAACUUUCUACAAACAGAAUGAUAGUCCAUGUGUUCUUUCAUCUCGCUUUUUGUACUAAAUAUUUUAAAAGUAAUGUUUUUGUGUGUUUAUUUUUUUGUUUUGUUUUGAAAAUUGUCAAACAUAGGAGCUGGGAAUAUAGCUUAGUGGCACAAGUGCCUGCUUGCCUGUCAAGCAUGAAGUUGUGAGUUUGAUCCCCAGUACCCAAAAAAUAAAAAGGAACAUACAGACACCAAGAGGAUUGUAUAAUAGAAUAGCCAUCAUCUAACAGUUACUAAAUUUUGACCAUAUUUGUUGCUUUUUUCCCCAUUCUGGAGUAAAUUGCAGACAAUUGUAAAUCUAUAAAAAAAAAUUAAGAAAAAGAGCCUACAUGAACAUAAACCAUUAUCAUGGAUAGUAAAGCUAAGAAUAAUUAUCUAACAUGAUCUCAUAUGUAGCCUGAAUUUACCUAGUUGGCCCCCAGAGUGCUUUCUCAGCUGGCUUGUUGCAAACUGAUUUGCAGCUGAGAUUCUUAAAGGACGAGCCUGUAAAGCUCGGCUUACAGCUUAAAGAGAGACAGUGUCUCUUCCUUUUUCACACCCAUCACAUCAAUCAGGAGUGCUGCCUGGGGACCUGGCUUCAGGCAGUUCUGCCUGAGCAAGUGGAGCCCAGCCAGCCCCCUCCGCUGGUCUUAGUUCCAUGCUCUGUCGCUGCGGAGGAAAUCACACUGUCUCAGUGAUUAUCAGAAGACAUUCUAGCUAUCAAUCAUAUCAAAACCAGAAUUGUUCCAAUGGGCAGACGCUCGGUGGUAUUAGACGGCUCAAGGUUAGUUGUGCAUGUGCCAUGUCACUGGGUAGGAGAGCUGGCUGUACCUGCGGAAGGUUUUACCAGGACCGCAGUAGCCCUGUACAGGGAAACAGUGCGCAAGUCCAUUAUAGAAAAUGCUGUAGCGUUUGCCACAACCUGUUCACAUCCUCCUGUGUACUUUAAUCAUCUCUAGGUCACUUACAAUAUUUUAUACAAUGUAAAUGCUGUGUAUGAAAAUCCUUAUUGAAAGUGUUAUACAGAAUAAUAACCAGAAAAGGUUUGCACAGAUACAAAAAUUGUUUUUGUGUGAGCCAGAGAUUUACUCAGUGUCACAAGUACCUGCCUAACAAGCACAAGGUCAUGAAUUUGAUCCCUGGUACCAAAAGAAAAAAAAUUGUUUUUGUAAUAGUCAUACUGGGGACUAAACCCAAGACCUUCAACCAAGUUAUAUUCCCAUCCAUUUAUUUAUGUAUGAAAGAAUCAGAGAGGAUCUUGUUAAGUCACUAAAUUGACCACUCUCGGUCCAACUUGCGAUCCUCUUGCAUCAGAGAGUGCAGGAAUUACAAACCUAUUUCACCUUUUCCAGCUCUGAAUAUUUUUGAUCUACAGUUAAACUGGCUGAAUUUACUUCUGUAGAACCUGCAGAGACUGAGGAUGAGCGUCUGACUCUGUAGAGAGCACUGGCCUCCCUGGGAGAUUUUUACAACACAUCGCAGUCAGGCAAGUUGGAUCCUUGUCCAGCAUCCUCCAGAAGAUUUUUGUCACAGCCCAAGUCCCUUGUGCUUAAAAGAGUGUAGAAAAUUGGAAAGAAACUCUGGGUUACACUGAGUCUUUUACACAGGUCUCCCAGAGCACACUGUGAUUCUCCAAUGAUACGGGGCAUUUCCCCCAAAAUUAUUCAUCCCUUUCUGCAAGCACCUUGGAAGUCAAAAUUCUGCAAAAAUAGGCUUUGGAAAGUCCUGCUCUGGAUGGCUUACAUUUCAUCACAAGUUCCAUAGUUGGGUCGCCAUGUUGGGUAUGAGGGAUUUUGACCAUGUGAUCUGCACUGGAGUCACCCUAAUACCUGCAACAGGAGACUUCCUACAAGGGGACCCCAACCCUCCCCUACAGGUUGGCUGGAAUUGCACAGAAAGGAGCACUAAAAGGCCAGAGAGACCAGCCCAGUGCAUUUGUUAGGGGAACCACCAAAGCGCUGUGGUGUCUCCUAGGCAACAGGGACUAAAGGUUCAGGAUGUUCCACUUGGAUGGGCCUGCAGGAGGGGUCAGGGAUGGAGGUCAGUGAAGGUUUGAGGACUCUGGCUCAGGCUCACAGCCAAUCUCUUUCAGUUGAGGAUACCAAUAUCUACCUUUUGGUUUCCCUGGGCUACACUUGACUAAGAGUUGUUUGGGUCCCAUGUAAUCAUGCAGUAAUGGUUAACAUGUGUAAGAAUAGCCCUUUUUAAAAAGUAUUUUUAGCUUACUAAAUUACUUUACAAAACAAUACACCAAGUCCAAGUUUAAUAAUAAAAUACAACUUGCCUGUCUGCUUCAUACGAUAAAUGCCUGUGUUCCCAGAUACACGUGAGUGCAGGUAGAUUGAAAUACGCUGCCGUGGUCCCUGAGCACAGGUUAGGCCAGGUGCAGGUUCUGAUUCCACUGACUGGCAGGCGCAGGAGGCAAAGUUAGCUCUGUGCCAUGCCCUCCCCCAACACCCCAAGUAGAGCCAUAAGAAAUAUUGCUAAAAGUCACAUGAUGGUGUUAAAGGUAAACUGUCUUAUGUCGUAUUACUAGUAGUCCAGAGUUGCAGGGGGCCCAUCGGCCAUGAAUUGGACAUACCUGGUUUUCAUAGCAACCUAGAUACCUUUAUCAAUGCCUACAGAUGUUAAAGCCCACUGGAAAAAACUGCCAUUGGUCACAGAGCUGAAAAAGAACCCUGUGACUUCUGGCCAGGACAUAAAAGGAGAGUAAGGGGCUGACCACUGGGUGCCCCAUCCCUCUCUACUUGGACUUCUGUUGGAGUUCUUAUUGUGACAAUGCAGAAGAAGCCCUUGGGUGACAGUGACAGAGAUUAGGGCCUGCCUUUAUCAUCAUGUGACAAGAACACUUAGACCUCAGAUUCUUUCAGAUGAUUUCCACAAGGUUCAGAUUUUUAUAGGGACAAAAAGCUUCUAAAGGGAUCAACCUUUCUGAUUUUGAAGAUCCCUUGGUGUUAAUUGCCAAGUGUGAAAAGUGUUUUUAUUUUCUCACCUUGCAUUAGUGACACAAUAAACUCUCCUUGGAUAAUCAAGUAACUGGAACCCUUUCUACAUAGUAGUAACUAGGCUUACUAGUCAAUGCUUAGAUGUUGUAGAACUCUUAUGAAUUAGUGAAAGAUAAGUACUUGUUGCUCUUAAAAAUUAGAUUACUAUGGCCUUACCCUGCAUAUAUUUUUCAUACUGUAAGACAACCAGAAGCUUUUUAAAAUUGUUUUUUCUUUUUAUCUUUUCUUUUCCAACUUAGUAUUUAGACUUUGUCACUUUGCAUGUUAAUUUCCUUGUGAAAUAAAAAAUCAACUGACCUGAGCUAUGUAACCUUGUGAAAUGCAAGACCUUUACCACACAGUUCCCAUUUCUCCAAAUCCUUGCUUCCCUUUCUCUUCCUUCAUCUAUGGUAUCUAUAAAUUUAAUAGUGAAAGUUUCUUCAUCUUUAAAAAAAAUUAAAGCAUUUUCUCUAAAGAUAGCAUACACAUUGGUUGGUGUCUCAUUUGGGUUUUCUGGGAGAUCAUGGUUGUGUCGUGUGAGCGUGUGGGCUGAGUGUUCUCCUUAGGGGUCUCUUUAGUAUCAUGUCAGAGUCCCUGUUUUCAUGAGGCCAGAUGGGAAGUGGAGGCAUGUUCGGGGUUCUGGGUUCUGGGUUCUGGGUUCUGGGUUCUGGGUCCUGGAAACUCAUUGCAUUUGUAGAUUUCCAGUUUAAAAUUCCAUGUCCCUAGGAUUGUAAAAAUUUAAAUGGAUAAAAACUACAGAUUGUACUUGCAAGUUGACUGUUUUAAAUUGAAGGUAUAAGACUGCAGUAAGCUUAUGCACAGUUUAUUUCUCAGUUGCUUUUCUCCUUCAAACUUACGUUCCCUUCGGAAUGUAAUUUAAAGGCACUUGAGCAGGAAAUUCAACAGAGAUGGAUUAUCCUAAAGGAAAAAUCUAAACGAGUCUCGCCAUGUUACUCUUAGCGGGGCAAAAUGACACAUUCCAGCCUCAAAAUUGCUUUUUGUCCUCCACUUUCCUAUCUUUUUUUAAAAAUAAAAAACAGUACUUAAAAGUUUAUAAAACAUAGGAGCAUAUAAAAAAUUGACCUGCCCAGAAAUUGUACAUCUAACUACAUAGCCUGGAAAAAUUCUAAUACAUGUUUACAUUGGUACCUGAAUGCAUGAGUUCAUAGAAGUGGUGUCCAUGCCAAGUCUGGAAGGAAUGUCAAUUUCCUUCUUUUCAUGACUGAUUAAAUAAAUUAUUAUGCAUCCUGAGGAAUGUAUACAGUGUUUUUAUUUAUUUUAUCUGUAGUGCUGGAAUUCAAAAGCAGGGCCUCAUGCAUGCUUGGCAAGUACUGUAGCGUCAAGCUGCACCCCAAAUUCAGAUGCUUAUUUUAAAUGUGUUGAUAUCACUGUAGCACAGGAGUCCUUGACCCAUCACAAAUCUAUGUCACUAGAAAGAAUGAAAAAUUAAAGAGAGAUGGGAACUGGAUGUUAGAGUGUGUGUCAUAGGCUGCAGUGGAGGAUCAGAAGAGGACUUUACUAAAAUGAUGAGACUAGAACUUUGUCACUGUGUCAUUAGAGUUACUCUCUAGGCUGUUUUCACUGGGCCUCCUUUGGAAACCACUUGUUCACAGCUACACAGAUUUCAGAAGAAAAAAGGGAAACUUUAGGCUGUGGGAUGCCCCCUGGUUCUUCCUUCCUUACAAACCAGUGUAAGGAUAGGUGUGUUUUAAAAUGUAGAUGUAUCUCACUUCACUAGGGAAAAAGUACCUUAUACUCAGCGUAAAGCAAGAGAGGUUUAUUUUGGCUGAUAAUUUCAGAGGAUUCAGUCCAUGGUUGGCUGGAUCCAAGGCAGAAAUGGCAGAAAUGGUGAGAGAGCCUGGAGGAGCAGAGCUGGUCAACUCAUGGCAAGCAAGACACAGAGCACGGGGACAGAGGAAGGUUCUAGGACCAGAUGUGGUCCUCAGAGUCACAACUCCAGGUGCCACCCAGACAUAUCCAGAAGUGUGCUUGACUAGGCGGCUCACAAGACACUCAAACUGACCAUCCAGCUUAACCGUCACAGUAGCCGUUCUUACUGCCCUGCUGGGGUAAGGCCAUUGAAAACACAGUCUGGUAUAUUCUCAGAUCAGGGCCACCCAGGGAAGCAGGGGACAGGGGAGUAGGAGGCUCUGUGGGCAAGAGUCUUUAUUGUGGGUUCCACGGGCAGGAGUAGGCGCUAUGAAGCAAGCAGGUUCAGGACUGUGAAAUACUGUCAAUGGGCUGUGAAGCCUUGGGACUGUGUCUAGGUGCCUGGUGCCUGGCUCUGGGGCAGUUAGAACAAACACACAGUGACCUGAGUAUCGGGACUGGACAGAGCGGGUGGGACUGUGGCUCUGGAUGGGCUGCCCUGCAUAUGAAAGGCACACUCCAGGCAAGUCACUCCUGGCUCCAGGAGCUGGCCUACCCCAGGAAAAGUGGCCCACCCAGGUUCAGGCAAGGACCCACGAUGUCCACACAUCACAAUUAUAGAAGGGAAAUCUUCUGCUAAAGCCCAGAGGUGAAUGAAGCAAAGAUAAUUAUGCCUUUUGAGGUUUCCUGCCUAGUUCUUGCAUCAAGGUCAAUGGCGAAUUGACAGUCUUCCUUGGACAUCUUAACCUUUUUGAAUAUGGUUCUGGUGAGCCAUUUAAAGCUACUUUUUUUUUUUUUUUUUUUUUUUUUUUUGUCUUUUUCCUUUUUAUCGGUACCAGGGAUCGAACUCACGACUGCCUGCUUGCAAGGCAGGCGCUUAUGCCGCUGAGCUAAAUCCCCAGCCCCUAUUUGAAGCUACUUUUAGUGCAGUAAUCGGGAAUCCUCCUCCCACAUAUUUUAGGCAAGAGGGAUAUGUGAAGCGGCCUGGUGUGUUUGGAUCCACUCCACCAAGUCGUGGGUCUAGGAAAGCAAAUCAGUGCUGGUUUCUCCCUUCUCACUUUGGGCUGCCUCCCUGUGGUCUGGAGAUCUCAGGCUGUGUCUGCAGCUCUCCGUGUUCCAUUUGGAUGCUUCAUUUGCCACAGAGCCAUCAUAAAGCCUGUGACGAUGUGUUUACUGCAAACUGGAAAAUUGGGUUUUUUCCAAAGAUCAAGGCAUGGCAUUGGCUGCUAUACAAACUGCAUAUUCAUUCUGCAAAAAUGGGUUCAUGCUUUUUCUAUUUUGGAUCUGUUGGUUAAUUGUUGGAGUUUAAAACAAAAAAAGAACUCUGCUUUUCUAAGAGAUCUAUCUUAACGUGCAGUGUUUUUAAUCCUUUUAAUUCUAUUAUUUUGCUUUCAGUGACUCAAGGUUUAUAAAUUUUUAAUGGCCUAUUUUGACUUACUAUUUAAAUUUUUAAAUCAAUGUGUUGUCAUCCUGGCCAUUUUUCCUUCAUAGUUACUGUUUCUGCCCCUCUUUUUUAAAUAGCCUAAUUGAGGUAUCAUUUACAUAACAUAAAAUUAACUCACUGAAGUGUACAACUGUAUGAGCAACAGCCUCCCAGUACUCUGGGGGGCUGAGUGGAUCUGGGGACAGAGGUCCUGUGUCUGGCUUCAUGUCCUGAUGUUUUUCUCAGUAGCAGCCUGCCGACAGCAUGCCAAGCCUCCCCACCACAGCUACUCACCCAGAAUUGAAGGUGAAAUCACAUUCAUCAAAAUGACUGUCUUUUAGGUGAUACAAAAGUUGUUUUGAAGAUUUGACAAAAUAACCUGAUUUUGAAAGCUUAUCAAAAUAAAAUAAUGUAAUGAAAAGACAAGGUGAUGCAGCCCUGUAAUCCCAGCUACUCAGGAGGCAGAGACAGGAGGACCACAAGUUCUAACCCAGCCUGAGCAUCUUAGCAAGACCCUGUCUCAAACAAUUAAAAGGGCUGGGACUUUUUCUUCUCUUUAUUUGUAAUUUGGGCUUCUCAUCUAAGAGACACUAUGUGAUAUUUCGGCUUAUGUGUCUUAUUUCACGUAGCCUUAUGGUCUCAAGAUGCAUCCAUUUUCCGAUAAAUGACACAAGUGUGUCUUUAUGGCAAAGUAGUACUCCAUUGUGUGAUAAUACCACGUUUUCAUUAUCCAUUUACCUGUUAAUGGACAUAGAGGCUGCUUCCAAGAUUUAGCUCUUGAGGGUUGUGCUGCUAUAAACAUGGGUGUGUGUGUAUCACUGUAAUAUGGUGUCUUUAACUCUUUGGAGGAGACAGCUAAGAGAACGGCUGGGUCAAUGGAAUUUCUAGCUUUGGUUCUUCAGGACUCCACACUGACUUGCGUAGUGGUUGUAUUAAAUGGACAGGAACAAGAGACGGACGGAGGGGCGGGAAGGGCGGAAAAGAGGACUGAAGACGUCUUGUGCACAUGGACCAACUCUACUCAGGGGAUGGAAAUAGCAUAAACUGCUAAUAAAAAAAAUUUAAAUUAUUAUUUAUAAAUCACUCCUUGGUCGGAUCCCCAGUACCACACACGCACAAAAUAGUAAUAAUAAUAAUUCCUUUUUAAGAAGUCUCAGCAAAGCAUCAAAAAGUAUUAAUCAUGUUAGCAAUGCAUCAUGCACAGAGGUUUUCUCUUGCAUUUUAUUGCAUAUCAAGACUGCUGUCUGAAAAAAGCAAAGCAUUGCCCUCACCUGUUCACACCUGCAUGUCUGUCUGUCUGUCUUGCUCACAGCCCUGGAGAGGAAGAUCUCGAUGAGGCAGAGCAGAGAGGAGCUGAUCAAGCGGGGCGUCCUGAAGGAAAUCUACGACAAA